AUGGAAGGACAAGCGCUGUUGUUGAUCUCUCUCUUUUCUCUUGGAUCAGUGUUUGGGCAAGUCAGCUACAGUAUUCCAGAGGAAAUGGCAAAGGGCUCUUUUGUCGGUAACAUAGCACAGGAUUUGGGGUUGGAAAUUAAACGUCUGGCAUCCGGUAAAGCUCGAAUUUAUACCGGAGACAGUGACGAGUACAUCGAGCUGAACAGAGAAAGAGGACUCCUCCUUGUUAAACAGAGAAUCGACAGAGAGGCGCUUUGCAGACAGACGACGCCGUGUGCUUUACAUUUUCAGAUUAUUUUAGAAAAUCCAAUGGAGUUUUACAGUGUUACAGUUCAGAUCACUGACAUCAAUGAUAAUGCACCGAGCUUUGGAGACGGGGAAAUUAGAUUUAAUAUAAGCGAGUCAGCAGUGGUUGGGGCAAAAUUUGUUCUGGAAAGAGCUGUGGAUUACGAUGUUGGAACGAAUGGUCUUCAAAGGUAUGAGUUAAAACCUACAGAUAACUUUGCUCUUAAACUGCACAACAGUGCUGACGGCAAUAUAAACGUCGAGAUGGUGCUGCAGAAACCUUUAGACAGAGAGAAACAGGAGCAGAUUUCUCUGGUGUUAACAGCCGUAGAUGGAGGAGAGCCGCAGAUGUCAGGAACAAUGCUGAUUGUCAUCACAGUUUUAGACGCCAAUGAUAAUGCUCCUGUUUUUACCCAACAAACAUACAAGGCUACAGUCACUGAGAAUUCACCUAAAGGGACCAUUGUUGCCACUGUAACAGCCUCUGAUGCAGAUCAAGGCGCGAACAGUCGAAUUACUUACUCUAUAACAAAUAAAUUUGAUGACAUCAGUGAAUUAUUUAACAUUAACAGGAAAAAUGGUGAAAUUAUAUUAGUUGGAAAUAUUGACUUUGAGUUAUCAAGAACCUAUCAAAUAAAUGUACGUGCUUCUGAUGAAGGAGGACUAACAGACACGUGUAAGGUAAAAGUAGAUGUGCAAGACGUGAAUGACAACAAGCCUAAGAUCAAUAUAAUGUCAAAGUCUACACAAGUAUCAGAGGAUGCGAAACUUCAUACGGUAGUGACGAUGAUAAACACGGAAGAUAAAGACACUGGAGUUAACGGGCAAGUGCAGUGUAACAUAAACGAAAAUUUACCCUUUAUUUUAAAAACUUCAACAAAUAACUUCUAUAGUUUGGUAACAGACAGUGAUUUAGACAGAGAGAGAGCCUCUGAGUAUAACAUCACAGUGACCUGCUCUGAUGAGGGAGUGCCCUCCCUCUCCAGCAGCGUCACUCUCACCUUACAGAUCUCUGAUGUGAAUGACAACGCGCCUGUCUUUGAGAGGAGCUCAUAUGAGGCCUACAUUGUAGAAAACAACACACCAGGUCUCUCGAUAUUCACAGUGAAAGCCAGAGACGCUGACUGGAACCAGAAUGCCCGAGUUUCUUACAUCCUGGAGGACUCCUCUUUUAACGGAGUGCCAGUCUCCUCAUAUGUGUCGGUUAGUGCUGAUAGUGGAGUCAUCCAUGCAGUUCGCUCUUUUGACUACGAGCAGAUCAAAGACUUCCACUUCCGUGUCAAAGCUCAGGAUGGAGGCUCCCCUCCACUCAGCAGCAACGUGACAGUGAAAAUAGUGAUCCAGGACCAGAACGACAACCCCCCUCAGGUCCUGUACCCGGUCCUGACUGGUGGCUCUCUGGUGGCUGAGAUGGUGCCUCGUGCAGCAGAUGUGGGCUAUCUGGUGACUAAAGUGGUGGCUGUGGAUGUGGACUCUGGACAGAAUGCCUGGCUGUCGUAUAAACUGCAGAAAGCCACAGACAGGGCGCUGUUUGAAGUGGGAUUACAGAAUGGAGAGAUCCGAACUAUCCGCCAAGUGAGUGAUAAAGAUGCUGUGAAACAAAGACUGACUGUUAUAGUGGAGGACAACGGGCAGCCGUCUCGUUCAGCUACCGUCAUUGUGAACGUGGCGGUGGCGGACAGCUUCCCUGAAGUGCUGUCAGAGUUCACUGACUUUACACACGACAAGGAGUACAAUGACAACCUGACUUUUUACUUAGUGCUGGCUUUGGCUGUAGUGUCCUUCCUCUUCAUCACGUGUUUGGUGGUCAUUAUAUCAGUGAAAAUCUACAGAUGGAGACAGUCUCGUAUCCUGUAUCACUCCAGUCUCCCAGUGAUUCCCUAUUAUCCUCCACGUUACUCAGACACUCUGGGCACAGGGUCUCUUCCACACGUGUACAAUUACGAGGUGUGCAGGACGACUGACUCGAGAAAGAGUGACUGUAAGUUCGGCAGAGCUGGUAGUCAGAACGUGCUGAUAAUGGACCCCAGUUCUACAGGGACCAUGCAGAGGAUACAGAGUGAGAAGAGCAUCCUGGAUGAACCAGACUCUCCACUAGAGGUUAGACCUUUUCAAAAAUGCUUUGACUCACUUUUUUGAUGGCACUUACUUCUCACGCUGACCCCUUUUAAUGCCACUAUGGAUUCAUUGUACCUGAAUUAGAACAGUUUUUUUUUAUUUCAGUUAAAAAUUCUGUGUUUUAACUUGUCACAGCAGUCAUUUUGGUGUUGUUAGAAUAUUUGUUCCAUGUUUGAUUUGUUCGGACCUUAAUGUGGAGCUCACAGCGUUCGGUACAGAUUUAUUUGGUUAGAUGAUAUUAUGUUACCCAGAGGAUCAUACCGUUUUCAGGUGACCACGCUCUUUUUGGGAACGCUUUGCAUUUUUUUCUGUACUCCCUGCAGCACUUUAACACCAAUGUAGAGUUCCUGACUAAAACAAACGUUUACAGACUGACGAGUUUUUUAAAAAUGCAGAAAGUUCUCGACACUGUCCACUUCUUUGGUUAUAAUGAUUUCUUUUGGCAUAUAACGUUAUUUUUGCACUACCAAUCGUAUAUUUUGAGACAACUCGUGGAGUGAUUUUCUGUCAUCAAAGAGUAUCUCUUCAGGACCUCGGAGAGCGACAUGUACUCUCGUUGCCCCCCUGGCCUCCAAUAUCUAAUCCCUAUCCGUUUUGUUUAUAUCUCAUUACUCCUUUUUCAGUAAGAUAAAAAAUUAUCCAACGUCCUGUGAUUUUGAAUGAUUACAGUUGAAACUGUUUCCAAAGUUUGAAUAUUUAAUAAAUAACGUGCUUUUCAAAGAGACUAAAAAAUGCAUGGCUGUUGGGAAAAAGUCUGUUUUUUUCCAAGGAUAAAAAAACAUUUACAGUGCAUUUAGAAUUGAAAUGGCUUCAUUUAUCUGUGGUCAUAUAUGAGAGGCUGUACUGAACAGAGAGCUGACUGCGUCUGUUUUUUGCAGUUUUACGCAGUGAACUCUUAGGGCCGCUGUUGACCAGAGUGUGAACGGCUGGCUGCGGGGUUGAAGCGGAACCUCCCAUAUAACCAACAUAGUAGAGAACGAGCACGACAAAGAAGAAUCCUCGCUCGAUUUAUGACGGAUUUUUAUUGAGGGACCUUGCAUUUGUACCUGUUUUUUUCCAUUGUGUGGAUCACAAGGUGAAGAGAUAACGUUUGAUACUUGGAUAACUGUAACGUUUAUGGGACAUAAGAUACCGAUAACGUUUAUUUUUUUCGCCUAGAACAAUGGGAAGGCAAGUACUGCUGUUUUUCUGUCUGUUCUCAGUCGACAUGGUGCUGGGACAAGUCAGCUACAGUAUUCCAGAGGAAAUGGCGAAGGGCUCUUUAGUCGGAAACAUUGCACAAGAUUUAGGCCUACAAACACAACGUUUGGCAUCCGGUAAAGCUCGGAUUUAUACCAGAGACAGCGACGAGUACAUCGAGCUGAACAGAGUAAGAGGACUCCUCCUUGUUAAACAGAGAAUCGACAGAGAGGCGCUUUGCAGACAGACGACGCCGUGUGCUUUACAUUUUCAGAUUAUUUUAGAAAAUCCAAUGGAGUUUUACAGUGUUACAGUCCAGAUCACAGACAUCAAUGAUAAUGCACCAGCUUUUGAAAAAAGUGAGAUGAAAUUCAAGAUUAGUGAGUCAGCGGCGGUUGGGGCGAAAUUUGUUUUAGAAAGAGCUGUGGAUCUCGAUGUAGAAGUAAAUGAUCUUAAAAGUUACGAGUUAAAACCUACAGAUAACUUUGCUCUUAAACUGCAGAAUAAUGCUGCAGGAAAUAAAAACGUCGAGAUGGUGCUGCAGAAGCCUUUAGACAGAGAGAAACAGGAGCAGAUUUCUCUGGUGUUAACAGCCGUAGAUGGAGGAGAGCCGCAGAUGUCAGGAACAAUGCUGAUUGUCAUCACAGUUUUAGACGCCAAUGAUAAUGCUCCUGUUUUUACCCAACAAACAUACAAGGCUACAGUAACUGAGAAUUCACCUAAAGGGACCAUUGUUGCCACUGUAACAGCCUCUGAUGCAGAUCAAGGCGCGAACAGUAAAAUAACGUACUCUAUCACAAACACAUUAGAUGAUAUCAGGAAAGUGUUUGAGGUGAAUGAGGAAAAUGGUGAAAUAAUUUUGAUUGGAAAUGUUGACUUUGAAGAAUCGCGAAACUAUCAGAUAAAUAUACGUGCGAGUGAUGAAGGAGGACUAACAGAUUCCUGUAAGUUAAUAGUUGAUGUUCAAGAUGUUAAUGACAACAAACCUGAAAUUGACAUCAUGUCGAAAUCAACUGUUAUUGCAGAGGAUGCAAAACCGAAUACAGUGGUAACAAUGAUUAACAUUGAUGAUAAGGACUCAGGAGAAAAUGGAAACGUAAAAUGUUUCAAUGAGGAAAAUAUUCCUUUCACGUUAAAAGCUUUAACACAUAAUUUCUAUAGUUUGUCAACGGACAGCAACUUAGAUAGAGAGAGAGCCUCUGAGUAUAACAUCACAGUGACCUGCUCUGAUGAGGGAGUGCCCUCCCUCUCCAGCAGCGUCACUCUCACCUUACAGAUCUCUGAUGUGAAUGACAACGCGCCUGUCUUUGAGAGGAGCUCAUAUGAGGCCUACAUUGUAGAAAACAACACACCAGGUCUCUCGAUAUUCACAGUGAAAGCCAGAGACGCUGACUGGAACCAGAAUGCCCGAGUUUCUUACAUCCUGGAGGACUCCUCUGUUAACGGAGUGCCAGUCUCCUCAUAUGUGUCGGUUAGUGCUGAUAGUGGAGUCAUCCAUGCAGUUCGCUCUUUUGACUACGAGCAGAUCAAAGACUUCCACUUCCGUGUCAAAGCUCAGGAUGGAGGCUCCCCUCCACUCAGCAGCAACGUGACAGUGAAAAUAGUGAUCCAGGACCAGAACGACAACCCCCCUCAGGUCCUGUACCCGGUCCUGACUGGUGGCUCUCUGGUGGCUGAGAUGGUGCCUCGUGCAGCAGAUGUGGGCUAUCUGGUGACUAAAGUGGUGGCUGUGGAUGUGGACUCUGGACAGAAUGCCUGGCUGUCGUAUAAACUGCAGAAAGCCACAGACAGGGCGCUGUUUGAAGUGGGCUUACAGAAUGGAGAAAUCCGAACUAUCCGCCAAGUGAGUGAUAAAGAUGCUGUGAAACAAAGACUGACUGUGAUAGUGGAGGACAACGGGCAGCCGUCUCGUUCAGCUACAGUCAUUGUGAACGUGGCGGUGGCAGACAGCUUCCCUGAAGUGCUGUCAGAGUUCACUGACUUUACACACGACAAGGAGUACAAUGACAACCUGACUUUUUACUUAGUGCUGGCUUUGGCUGUAGUGUCCUUCCUCUUCAUCACGUGUUUGGUGGUCAUUAUAUCCGUGAAAAUCUACAGAUGGAGACAGUCUCGUAUCCUGUAUCACUCCAGUCUCCCAGUGAUUCCCUAUUAUCCUCCACGUUACUCAGACACUCUGGGCACAGGGACUCUUCCACACGUGUACAAUUACGAGGUGUGCAGGACGACUGACUCGAGAAAGAGUGACUGUAAGUUCGGCAGAGCUGGUAGUCAGAACGUGCUGAUAAUGGACCCCAGUUCUACAGGGACCAUGCAGAGGAUACAGAAUGAGAAGAGCAUCCUGGACGAACCAGACUCUCCUCUGGAGGUGAGGUUUCCCUAGUCAAAUCAGUUACUUUUAUCAAGUCACAUAGGAGAAAAAAGGAGGAGGGGGUGAUGUUUUUUCGUCCAAUUUUUAUCUAUUUAUUUAUAUAUUUACUUUCUUUGUUUGUCCUUUAUGAGGUUCAGUUGCAUGUUUUUCAGCACCAUGGACAGCAUCCCACUCAAACUUUACUGCGUUAGGAUAAAGGUGUGUGUGUCUGUGCGUGUGAAAGAGAGAAAGUGAGAGUGAUGUGUCAGGUUUGCCUUUAUUUGAUUGUUGCUGCAGCAGUUUCGUGACAGUGAUUUACUAUGGUCUCUUUUUGAUAAAGGUAUCGAGUCUAGGCUUCCAGUUGUGUUGUCGUAAAUUAUCUUAAACAAACUUGAAUUCCGGAAAACGCAUUCAACAGUGUAAAGAUCACACUUUUGCCAAUAUCUCUAAAGCUGCCGGUGCUCAGACUCCAUAUUGUUUUAGUUUCAUGCAGUUCCGUGCUCUGUACUCUUAGAGACGCUGUUGGCCAGAGUGUGGUGGUGUCUCUGCAGAUUUCAGCAGCACCUCCCUAGAUCAUUUGAAUGAAUAGCGAGAUCGACACAACACACAGUCCGACUUACCGAGAGGACUAUACAGACGGACAAAGGGAUUACAUAUAUUGCUCUCGGUUCAUCAAUAUAUUUUUGUCACUUUUCACUUGAUGCAUUUUGUGGCUCGCGACUGGGUCAUUUGCGGAUUGUUUUCUGAUUCAUGUUGAUCGUGGAGAACCGCGAGGAAACAAUGAAAGGGCAAGUACUAUUGUUUAUCUUGACGCUCUCUCUCUGUCCUGUGCUCGGGCAGGUCAGCUACUCUAUACCAGAGGAAAUGUCGAAAGGCUCAUUGAUCGGCAACAUAGCACAGGAUUUGGGUUUAGAUUUAAAGAGGCUGAGGUCGGGAAAAGCUCGCUUGCAUGUCGGAAGCAGUGCCGAGUACGUCGAGCUGAAUAAAGAAAGAGGACUCCUUCUCAUCAAGGACAGAAUAGACAGGGAGGCUUUGUGCAAACAAACGACUCCGUGUGCUUUACAUUUUCAAAUCAUCUUAGAAAAUCCCAUCGAGUUUUAUCACGUCACGGUAGAAAUAGCUGACAUAAACGACAACGCUCCUAUAUUCAGAAUGAACAAUAUGGAAUUUGAGAUCAGUGAAUCUGCUGUCAAAGGGGGGAGGUUUGUGUUAGAAAAAGCGAUAGAUUAUGAUGUUGGUAUAAACGGGCUGAAAAGCUAUUCACUUAACCCAACAGAUAAUUUCGUUUUAAACCUUGACGGCAACGCAGGAAGAGAGAAUGAGGUCGAGAUGGUCUUAGAGAAACCUCUUGAUCGUGAAAAACAGGAACAUUUGACUCUCACACUCACUGCUGUCGACGGAGGUGAACCUCAGCUAACAGGAACCGUUAAAAUCCACGUUACAGUAUUAGAUGCCAAUGACAAUGCCCCAGUCUUCACGCAGAAAACAUACAAAGCUAGUCUCUUGGAAAAUUCCCAAAAGGGGACUUUAAUAAUGACUGUAACAGCCACAGAUGGAGAUCAAGGCUCUAAUGGUUUCGUGACGUACUCCAUAUCGAGCAACAGUGAGGGGAUCUCAGAUUUUUUUGAAAUACAUGAAACAAGUGGUGAGGUACGUUUGGUUGGAGAGAUAGAUUUUGAAACAUCAAAACAUCAUCAGCUAACUGUGAAGGCAAGAGAUCAAGGUGGGCUCACAGAUUCGUGUAAAAUUUCAUUAGAUAUUGUAGAUGUAAAUGACAACGCCCCAGUAAUUGAUUUAAUGUCGACCACACGAUCAAUAGCGGAGAACUCCAAGUUAAAAACUGUCGUGGCUGUCAUGCAUGUACAUGAUGCGGAUUCGGAUAUAAACGGUAACGUUAACUGUUUCCUUGGCGAACCUGAGCCUUUUGUAAUCGACAAAACAUCAAACGGCUUCUAUAGCAUACAUACAGACAGUGAUUUAGACAGAGAGAGAGCGUCUGAGUAUAACAUCACAGUGACCUGCUCUGAUGAGGGAGUGCCCUCCCUCUCCAGCAGCGUCACUCUCACCUUACAGAUCUCUGAUGUGAAUGACAACGCGCCUGUCUUUGAGAGGAGCUCAUAUGAGGCCUACAUUGUAGAAAACAACACACCAGGUCUCUCGAUAUUCACAGUGAAAGCCAGAGACGCUGACUGGAACCAGAAUGCCCGAGUUUCUUACAUCCUGGAGGACUCCUCUGUUAACGGAGUGCCAGUCUCCUCAUAUGUGUCGGUUAGUGCUGAUAGUGGAGUCAUCCAUGCAGUUCGCUCUUUUGACUACGAGCAGAUCAAAGACUUCCACUUCCGUGUCAAAGCUCAGGAUGGAGGCUCCCCUCCACUCAGCAGCAACGUGACAGUGAAAAUAGUGAUCCAGGACCAGAACGACAACCCCCCUCAGGUCCUGUACCCGGUCCUGACUGGUGGCUCUCUGGUGGCUGAGAUGGUCCCUCGUGCAGCAGAUGUGGGCUAUCUGGUGACUAAAGUGGUGGCUGUGGAUGUGGACUCUGGACAGAAUGCCUGGCUGUCGUAUAAACUGCAGAAAGCCACAGACAGGGCGCUGUUUGAAGUGGGCUUACAGAAUGGAGAAAUCCGAACUAUCCGCCAAGUGAGUGAUAAAGAUGCUGUGAAACAAAGACUGACUGUUAUAGUGGAGGACAACGGGCAGCCGUCUCGUUCAGCUACAGUCAUUGUGAACGUGGCGGUGGCGGACAGCUUCCCUGAAGUGCUGUCAGAGUUCACUGACUUUACACACGACAAGGAGUACAAUGACAACCUGACUUUUUACUUAGUGCUGGCUUUGGCUGUAGUGUCCUUCCUCUUCAUCACGUGUUUGGUGGUCAUUAUAUCCGUGAAAAUCUACAGAUGGAGACAGUCUCGUAUCCUGUAUCACUCCAGUCUUCCAGUGAUUCCCUAUUAUCCUCCACGUUACUCAGACACUCUGGGCACAGGGACUCUUCCACACGUGUACAAUUACGAGGUGUGCAGGACGACUGACUCGAGAAAGAGUGACUGUAAGUUCGGCAGAGCUGGUAGUCAGAACGUGCUGAUAAUGGACCCCAGUUCUACAGGGACCAUGCAGAGGAUACAGAGCGAGAAGAGCAUCCUAGACGAACCAGACUCUCCACUAGAGGUUAGUCGUUUAGGCUAUCAAACUGUGUUUGAAAAGUUUUUGAAAACAUUAUUUAUGCCUGUCAUCAACUGCAGGUGUUGUGUAUUGAAAAAAAACCGAACAUUACAUUUUUUCAACCCUGCAAAAUAUAUUGCGAUAAUAAAAAAUAGCGGAAUUUUCACCAGAUGAUCUGAAUAGCACUUUAUGCUAUGCUGCACUGCUGAAAUCUUGUGGACAAUUAGCCUCCACUGAUCUUACCUCUUUUGGUGAAUGUUAAUGGCUUCUGUCUGUCUUAGAGAUCUUUUUAGCUUGCUUUUAUCUUGCUCAGACGUUAUUGUGGCAACAGAUGAAAGGCACUGCCGACACAGAACAGGUGUUUGGUGAGGUCUUUCUUGUAACCGCAAUAAUUACAGAUAAGUGAUGUUGCUUUUCUUUUUGUCAACAAGUAUUCAUCUUCGGCGGUUUUCUUUUGUUCAUGUCUCAUUUUGCAAUCUUUGAUGUUGUGCCGAGAAACACAUGCCCACUGAGGAUUGCAUGCACCUAGCAGAGACGAGGACUGCUUAUAGUAGAGUGGUCCAUGGAAAUGUACAAUAUAAAAUGUACUCUCAAACCAUCAGUGAGUUUAUUUUUGCUGCAGAGCUUUUCUUGAAGCUUUAAAAAAUUUUCUCAUUUUAUUUUUUCUUCUUUUUCUAUGCUUCAGUAUUUGGCCAUGUAAAUAUUACGGUUUAAAGGUACCCGGCACAAACAGACAUACUAACUCCUCUGAGGUGGUAUACUGACAUUGUCUGUUGUAUCCUAGAAACAUUUAUUGCAGUAAGAUUGGUUGUGCUGUUGUUGUACACAGAAAGGCAGAAUGAAUUAGCUUUUGUUAGCUUCUAUAUUCUUUGACUGUUAUCCAUUUGUCUUAUUCAGUGUUUUGUCGUGAUUUAGUUUCUUUCAAUGUGUCUUUUAAAUCACGUUGUACUGACUUGAAACCGUACUUCUUUCUUAAACUGCACCUCCCUCUGCAUGGCGUAGUUGACUGCAGUGCGAGUGUUUGGACUCUCAGGGCCGCUGUUGACCACUGUAGAGCCUCCCUCUUGUUAUUUGGUCUUUCAAACAGAGAAAAAGACCGUCAUAUUGCACACGAGCUUCGACGCAGGAAACAGGGAGAUGUCGGUGCAGAGAUUCAUUCGCGUUUAACAACAAAAAGAAGGCGAGGAUUAUCAUUUUAUCCGUGGAAUACUCUACGAUAUAAAAAUUUAAACGCUGUGGAAUACGUCUCUCCUUUACAGCUUCAGUAUUUGUCGAGGAUAUAAUACCGGACGGAACAAUGAGACGGCAAGUGUUGUUGUUCAUCUUGAUUGUCUCCCUGAGCUCGGUGUUUGGGCAGGUCACCUACUCCAUCCCGGAGGAAAUGUCUAGAGGCUCUUUGGUCGGUAAAAUAGCGCAGGAUUUGGGGUUAGAUGUGAAAAGACUGAAGUCGGGUAAAGCCCGCAUAUAUACAGAGGACAAUGUGGAAUACAUCGAGCUGAGUAAAGACAGAGGCGUCCUGCUUGUGAAAGAGCGAAUCGACAGAGAGGCGUUGUGUGGGCAGACAACACCUUGUGCUUUACAUCUUCAAAUAACACUUGAAGACCCGAUUGAAUUCUAUACAGUUACAGUAGAAAUAAAUGAUAUUAACGACAACGCACCUCAUUUCAAAAAAGAAGAGAUGGAAUUUGGGAUUAGUGAGUCGGCUAUGAUUGGAGCAAAAUUUGUGUUGGAGAGAGCUAUGGAUCUGGAUGUCGGUGUGAAUGGUUUGCAGGGUUACUCUUUAAAACCCACAGAUCACUUUAAUCUAAAGCUCCAAAACCAGCAAGAUGGGAGUAAAAAGGUGGAGAUGGUUUUGCAAAAGAAUCUGGAUAGAGAGGCACAAGAGCACCUCUCUUUAACUCUCACAGCCACGGAUGGUGGCGAUCCCCAGCUGUCCGGAACAAUGCGAAUAGAAAUUUCAGUGUUAGAUGCAAAUGACAAUGCUCCAGUAUUCACGCAGGAAGUAUAUAAGGUCACUAUAAUGGAGACUGCUCCAGUGGGCACAAUUUUGAGUACUGUUAGUGCUGUGGAUGCAGACCAAGGCUCGAAUGGUAAGGUCUCAUAUUCAAUAACAAACACAGUAGAUGAUGUCUCUGCUUUGUUUCAAAUCGAUAAAGAAAAUGGUGUGGUAGUUUUAUCCGAAAAUCUUGAUUAUGAAAAGGCACAGCAACAUGAAAUCCACGUACAAGCUACUGAUGAUGGAGGACUCACGGAUUCAUGUAGGAUUGUUGUUGAAGUUACAGACACGAACGAUAAUCAUCCGUCUAUAAAUAUCAUGUCUAAAACUAAUUCAAUAUCAGAAAAUUCUAAACCAGGAACUGUUAUUACAAUAAUAAAUGUUCAAGAUCCUGAUUCUGGAGAAAAUGGAAAAGUGUCUUGUAAUAUCGAGGAACCAAUGCCAUUUCUAAUGAAAACAACGACAAAAAAGAUUUUCAGCCUAGUUACAGACAGUGAUUUAGACAGAGAAAGAGCCUCUGAGUAUAACAUCACAGUGACCUGCUCUGAUGAGGGAGUGCCCUCCCUCUCCAGCAGCGUCACUCUCACCUUACAGAUCUCUGAUGUGAAUGACAACGCGCCUGUCUUUGAGAGGAGCUCAUAUGAGGCCUACAUUGUAGAAAACAACACACCAGGUCUCUCGAUAUUCACAGUGAAAGCCAGAGACGCUGACUGGAACCAGAAUGCCCGAGUUUCUUACAUCCUGGAGGACUCCUCUGUUAACGGAGUGCCAGUCUCCUCAUAUGUGUCGGUUAGUGCUGAUAGUGGAGUCAUCCAUGCAGUUCGCUCUUUUGACUACGAGCAGAUCAAAGACUUCCACUUCCGUGUCAAAGCUCAGGAUGGAGGCUCCCCUCCACUCAGCAGCAACGUGACAGUGAAAAUAGUGAUCCAGGACCAGAACGACAACCCUCCUCAGGUCCUGUACCCGGUCCAGACUGGUGGCUCUCUGGUGGCUGAGAUGGUUCCUCGUGCGGCAGAUGUGGGCUAUCUGGUGACUAAAGUGGUGGCUGUGGAUGUGGACUCUGGACAGAAUGCCUGGCUGUCGUAUAAACUGCAGAAAGCCACAGACAGGGCGCUGUUUGAAGUGGGCUUACAGAAUGGAGAGAUCCGAACUAUCCGCCAAGUGAGUGAUAAAGAUGCUGUGAAACAAAGACUGACUGUUAUAGUGGAGGACAACGGGCAGCCGUCUCGUUCAGCUACAGUCAUUGUGAACGUGGCGGUGGCGGACAGCUUCCCUGAAGUGCUGUCAGAGUUCACUGACUUUACACACGACAAGGAGUACAAUGACAACCUGACUUUUUACUUAGUGCUGGCUUUGGCUGUAGUGUCCUUCCUCUUCAUCACGUGUUUGGUGGUCAUUAUAUCCGUGAAAAUCUACAGAUGGAGACAGUCUCGUAUCCUGUAUCACUCCAGUCUUCCAGUGAUUCCCUAUUAUCCUCCACGUUACUCAGACACUCUGGGCACAGGGACUCUUCCACACGUGUACAAUUACGAGGUGUGCAGGACGACUGACUCGAGAAAGAGUGACUGUAAGUUCGGCAGAGCUGGUAGUCAGAACGUGCUGAUAAUGGACCCCAGUUCUACAGGGACCAUGCAGAGGAUACAGAGUGAGAUGAGCAUCCUGGAUGAACCAGACUCUCCUCUAGAGGUUGGUUAUAUGUGAUUACUUUGGUACCCGUUUCAUACGUUCUGUGAUGUUUCAGUUUUACUGGCGCCUUCUUGGUAAUAUACUUUCAGCACCAUGGACAGAGUCACGGGCCUCAACUCCUGACUUUUUCCUGAGUUAUUCAAGUUUUGUAGUUGAUGUUUUUGCCAAUUUAACACUUUGAAAAUGUGUUCACGUGUGUGCGAGCGGUUUUAUUGAUCAUGAUGCAGUCAAGACUCUCGGGUGUCAUGUUCAAUGCUGUCACUGGUGGUUGAUUACGCGAUGUGUUUUUGACAAGUUGCAACAAGUUUUUAUCUAUCUAUCUAUCUAUCUAUCUAUCUAUCUAUCUAUCUAUCUAUCUAUCUAUCUAUCUAUCUAUCUAUCUAUCUAUCUAUCUAUCUAUCUAUCUAUCUAUCUAUCUAUCUAUCUAUCUAUCUAUCUAUCUAUCUAUCUAUCUAUCUAUCUAUCUAUCUAUCUAUCUAUCUAUCUAUCUAUCUAUCUAUCUAUCUAUCUAUCUAUCUAUCUAUCUUUCUAUCUAUCUAUCUAUCUAUCUAUCUAUCUAUCUAUCUAUCUAUCUAAUAUAUUAUCUUAUCUUAUCUGUCUAUCAUCCUAUCUAUCAUCUUAUCUAUCUUUCUAUCUAUCUAUUUGUUUGGUUUUCUGACAGAAAUCAUGACCACUGAUCUUAAUCAAGAAGUUAAGUAAGCCUACUUUCACUCAAUUUGUUUGUGUUGUUAGUUAUACUACAUUAUCCUCCUUCCGUUCAUAUGAGCACAUGUUUUAUAGUGUUCAUUUUUCAGACCUGUCUGUGCAGUUCAUUGCUCUGUACUCUUAGGGCCGCUGUUGGCCACCGUGUUGGAGGUGCAUAGGGCCGAUUUAAAGGGAAACCUCCCUCAUGAGGAUGUCAGAGGGACAAAGCCCGACACGGAGAAAGAACGUCGACGAACAUUUCAACGAAGACAGACCAGAAGCCUUUUUUCGAUGUUGACGAUUAUGGAGUAAAAUGCUCUACUAUACGUUUCAUUAAACGUAGCGGGAAAUAAUAAUCGGUAAACAAGGAAUACAAUUCGCUGUGUAACAUUACGCGGGGAAAAAUCGGACUGAACAAUGAGACGGCAAGUACUGUUAUUCUUCUUCAUGAUACAUGCGAGAUCGGUGCUCGCCCAGGUCAGCUACUCUAUCCCUGAGGAAAUGCCGAGUGGCUCCCUGGUCGGUAACAUAGCUCAGGAUUUGGGUUUAGAAAUAAGACGACUAAAGUCUGGCCAUGCUCGGGUGUAUACAGGAGACGGUGCGGAACACAUCGAGCUGAAUAAAGACAGAGGAGUUCUUCUUAUCAAGGACAGAAUAGACAGGGAAGCGAUUUGCAAACAGAUAACGCCUUGUGCAUUACAUUUUCAGAUAAUUUUGGAAAACCCCAUGGAGUUUUACAGCAUAACAGUCGAGAUAACAGAUAUCAAUGACAACCCUCCCACCUUUGAAAAAAACGAAGUCAGUUUCAAAAUCAGCGAAUCCGCUGUAAUUGGAGCAAAAUUUGUGUUAGACAGAGCCAUAGAUUUGGAUGUCGGCAAAAAUAGCCUUCAAAAGUACGAGUUAAAGCCUAGUGAUAAUUUUGUUCUGAAACGAAAUAGUCAAGGUGAUGCAACAGAGAAGGCUGAAAUGUUUUUACAGAAGCCACUGGAUAGAGAAAAGGAAGAGAUCAUUUCUUUGAUUUUGACAGCUUUUGAUGGAGGAGACCCGCAAAUGUCAGGAACAAUUCGAAUAUUGAUCACGGUGCAAGAUGCAAACGAUAAUGCCCCUGUUUUUACACAGUCCACCUACUCAGCCACUGUCUUUGAGAAUGCUCCAGAGGGAACUGUUGUUACCAGUGUCGCUGCGUCAGACGCCGAUUCUGGAAUAAAUGGUCAGAUAAAAUAUUCAAUCACAAACAGCUUGGAUCAAGCUCAUGCCCUGUUUCAGAUAAACGAAGACAGUGGCGAAAUUAAAUUAAGUGGACAUAUUGAUUACGAAAAUGCACGGAAUUAUCAUCUUAACAUCCGUGCAAGUGAUGAUGGUGGAUUAACAGAUUCAUGUAAAGUCAUAGUUGAAGUGGUUGACAUAAACGACAACAAACCAACCAUCAACAUCAUGUCAAAAUCGAGCAUUAUAUCUGAACAUUCUGAACCAAACACCGUAGUGGCGAUACUAAAUAUAAAUGAUCCAGAUUCAAAUGAUAAUGGUAAAGUUCGCUGUUUUAUAAACGAUAACAACCCUUUGACUAUUAAGUCCACAUCAAGUAACUUCUAUAGUUUAGUAACAGACAGUGAUUUAGACAGAGAGAGAGCCUCUGAGUAUAACAUCACAGUGACCUGCUCUGAUGAAGGAGUGCCCUCCCUCUCCAGCAGCGUCACUCUCACCUUACAGAUCUCUGAUGUGAAUGACAACGCGCCUGUCUUUGAGAGGAGCUCAUAUGAGGCCUACAUUGUAGAAAACAACACACCAGGUCUCUCGAUAUUCACAGUGAAAGCCAGAGACGCUGACUGGAACCAGAAUGCCCGAGUUUCUUACAUCCUGGAGGACUCCUCUGUUAACGGAGUGCCAGUCUCCUCAUAUGUGUCGGUUAGUGCUGAUAGUGGAGUCAUCCAUGCAGUUCGCUCUUUUGACUACGAGCAGAUCAAAGACUUCCACUUCCGUGUCAAAGCUCAGGAUGGAGGCUCCCCUCCACUCAGCAGCAACGUGACAGUGAAAAUAGUGAUCCAGGACCAGAACGACAACCCCCCUCAGGUCCUGUACCCGGUCCAGACUGGUGGUUCACUGGUGGCUGAGAUGGUGCCUCGUGCAGCAGAUGUGGGCUACCUGGUGACUAAAGUGGUGGCUGUGGAUGUGGACUCUGGACAGAAUGCCUGGCUGUCGUAUAAACUGCAGAAAGCCACAGACAGGGCGCUGUUUGAAGUGGGCGUACAGAAUGGAGAAAUCCGAACUAUCCGCCAAGUGAGUGAUAAAGAUGCUGUGAAACAAAGACUGACUGUGAUAGUGGAGGACAACGGGCAGCCGUCUCGUUCAGCUACAGUCAUUGUGAACGUGGCGGUGGCGGACAGCUUCCCUGAAGUGCUGUCAGAGUUCACUGACUUUACACACGACAAGGAGUACAAUGACAACCUGACUUUUUACUUAGUGCUGGCUUUGGCUGUAGUGUCCUUCCUCUUCAUCACGUGUUUGGUGGUCAUUAUAUCAGUGAAAAUCUACAGAUGGAGACAGUCUCGUAUCCUGUAUCACUCCAGUCUUCCAGUGAUUCCCUAUUAUCCUCCACGUUACUCAGACACUCUGGGCACAGGGACUCUUCCACACGUGUACAAUUACGAGGUGUGCCGGACGACUGACUCGAGAAAGAGUGACUGUAAGUUCGGCAGAGCUGGUAGUCAGAACGUGCUGAUAAUGGACCCCAGUUCUACAGGGACCAUGCAGAGGAUACAGAGUGAGAAGAGCAUCCUGGAUGAACCAGACUCUCCACUAGAGGUUAGAAAUGUGUUAUUCUUGUUUUUAAUCGUGGAAUUUAAAGUUGUACUCUGAUGCUUCAUUUCAACCUUCAAUUGUCUUAAUUUGUCCUUUAAAUAGACCGUAUGUAAAUUAUUGGAGAAGUUUACGAAACAUUUUUCAGCACCAUGGAUAGCGACCUUGUAGUUUUAGUGAGCAGCUCUUCGUGUGAUGCUUUUCCCUCCAAGAUUUUUUGUUGGCCUUCACUUAUGCUUAUAAAAUUGCAACUCUUAACAAAACUUUUGUAAUCUCAGUAUUCACUCUCAGUAUUGAAGUUGUUAUUUGACACCUAUUAAUUUCUUUAUUGUAAGUAUUACAUGAAAUUAUCUGGAUUUUAAACCAUUGGCCAAAUCGCCUUUUUCAGUUAAUUUGUCAUUAUAUGCCUCUGUACUGCAGUGGAUACAUUUGGUUUAACUUGUUGUAAUAUGGAUUUUCGACUCAGAGCGUCGCUGUUGGCAAGCGUGUCACGAUUGAGCGAUGUGUUUAUUCUCUGUGCCCUUCCCCUCGUGUAGAUACGUAUAAAGUGAGGCAGAGAAAGGUAAUAUACACAGUUCUUGCUCGCAAGGAGCCCUGGUGGGAUUAGUAUCGAUGGAUGUAUCUUCUUUUUUCUUGCACUGAUUGUGGACUACCCUAUAUUUUUGUUUACCGUCACGGUGAUUGCAGUUAAGGGUUCUUUUGUUUUCAUGGCGCAGGAUACGACUUCCAACCAAACAAUGAAACGGCAAGUACUGUUGUUCCUCUCGGUGCUGUGUCUCAGUUGCGUGCUCGGCCAGGUCAGCUAUUCUAUUCCUGAGGAAAUGUCCAAAGGCUCUGUAGUCGGUGACAUAGCGAAUGAUUUAGGUUUGGAUUUUAAAAGGCUGAAAUCAGGAAAAGCUCGUGUUCACACGGGGGGCAGCAUAGAAUACAUCGGGCUGAAUAAAGAAAGAGGAGUCCUCCUCAUCCAGGAGAGGAUAGAUAGAGAGGCUUUAUGUGGAGAGACGACGCCUUGUGCUCUACAUUUUCAGCUUAUUCUGGAAAACCCAAUGGAAUUAUUUCGUAUAACAGUGGAGAUUACUGACAUAAACGAUAAUACGCCCACUUUUACAAACGCAGAGAAACGAUUUGAAAUAAGCGAAUCUGCUGUGAUAGGAUCGAAAUUCAUAUUAGAGAAAGCCAUUGAUUCAGACAUUGGGAUGAACGGAUUACAGCGAUACGUACUCACUCCUACAGAUAACUUCAUUUUAAAACUUGGAAACCAGGCAGAUCGAACUAAAAGGGUGGAGAUGGUUUUACAGAAACCUUUAGAUCGAGAAAAGCAGGAACAUAUCACACUGUUAUUAACUGCUGUGGAUGGAGGGGAGCCGCAGAUGUCUGGGACAAUGCAGAUAUUUGUUCACGUACUAGAUGUGAAUGACAAUGCACCUACAUUUGCCAAACCGUUAUAUAAGGCAAAAAUACAAGAAAAUUCCCCCAAAGGCACCAGUGUAACGACUGUAAGUGCGUCUGAUAAAGACAUCAGCGUGAACGGAGAGGUGUCAUACUCAAUACCAACUAGCGACCGGGUUUUAACUAAGCUCUUUCGGAUUGAUCCAAAAACUGGUACAAUUGUGCUCGUCGGUGAUGUAGAUUAUGAAAAGGCAAGGAGUUAUGAAAUAGACGUUGAUGUUGUGGAUAGUGGGGGUCUUUCUGAUUCUACAAAAGUCAUAGUCGAUGUAAUUGAUGAAAAUGAUAACCAUCCUUAUAUAAAUGUCCUUUCCAAGUCAGAAUCUAUAUUAGAGAGCUCCCCUCUGGGUACAACAAUUGCUAUGCUAAGUAUUAACGAUCCAGAUUCUGAAAAUAAUGGAGAGGUAGUGUGUGCUAUAGACAGUGAUAUUCCGUUUAAAAUACAAACAACAUUAAGUGGAUUUUAUAGUUUGGUAACAGACAGUGACUUAGACAGAGAGAGAGACUCUGGGUAUAACAUCACAGUGACCUGCUCUGAUGAGGGAGGGCCCUCCCUCUCCAGCAGCGUCACUCUCACCUUACAGAUCUCUGAUGUGAAUGACAACGCGCCUGUCUUUGAGAGGAGCUCAUAUGAGGCCUACAUUGUAGAAAACAACACACCAGGUCUCUCGAUAUUCACAGUGAAAGCCAGAGACGCUGACUGGAACCAGAAUGCCCGAGUUUCUUACAUCCUGGAGGACUCCUCUGUUAACGGAGUGCCAGUGUCCUCAUAUGUGUCGGUUAGUGCUGAUAGUGGAGUCAUCCAUGCAGUUCGCUCUUUUGACUACGAGCAGAUCAAAGACUUCCACUUCCGUGUCAAAGCUCAGGACGGAGGCUCCCCUCCACUCAGCAGCAACGUGACAGUGAAAAUAGUGAUCCAGGACCAGAACGACAACCCCCCUCAGGUCCUGUACCCGGUCCAGACUGGUGGCUCUCUGGUGGCUGAGAUGGUGCCUCGUGCAGCAGAUGUGGGCUAUCUGGUGACUAAAGUGGUGGCUGUGGAUGUGGACUCUGGACAGAAUGCCUGGCUGUCGUAUAAACUGCAGAAAGCCACAGACAGGGCGCUGUUUGAAGUGGGCUUACAGAAUGGAGAAAUCCGAACUAUCCGCCAAGUGAGUGAUAAAGAUGCUGUGAAACAAAGACUGACUGUGAUAGUGGAGGACAACGGGCAGCCGUCUCGUUCAGCUACAGUCAUUGUGAACGUGGCGGUGGCGGACAGCUUCCCUGAAGUGCUGUCAGAGUUCACUGACUUUACACACGACAAGGAGUACAAUGACAACCUGACUUUUUACUUAGUGCUGGCUUUGGCUGUAGUGUCCUUCCUCUUCAUCACGUGUUUGGUGGUCAUUAUAUCAGUGAAAAUCUACAGAUGGAGACAGUCUCGUAUCCUGUAUCACUCCAGUCUUCCAGUGAUUCCCUAUUAUCCUCCACGUUACUCAGACACUCUGGGCACAGGGACUCUUCCACACGUGUACAAUUACGAGGUGUGCAGGACGACUGACUCGAGAAAGAGUGACUGUAAGUUCGGCAGAGCUGGUAGUCAGAACGUGCUGAUAAUGGACCCCAGUUCUACAGGGACCAUGCAGAGGAUACAGAGUGAGAAGAGCAUCCUGGAUGAACCAGACUCUCCUCUAGAGGUGAGGAAUCUGUGACCAUCCUUAAAAUUUUAGGUUUGAUUUUAAAACAUAACAACGGUUGUUGUUUUUCUGUUUUUAUUAUAUUUUAAUUUUAAGGCUGUUUUACUGCAAUGGUCUUUUUGAAGGCUCAAACGGUGUGUAUGCCCUGUUCGUUUUCACAUUUCUAGUUUCCUCUUAAGCACCAUGGACAGCGACGUUUUGCGUUGCCUCUGAGUACAUGUCAAAAAGCAUACUCUUGCCCUUUAAAAACAUCAAAAAUAAUUGCCUUUGUUUAUGAGUUUAACAAUUCAGUCUCUUUUUUUUCAAUUAAUCCAAACAACAAUAAUUAAACUAUUAAUAAUAUCAAUUUUGAUAGUUUUCUAAUACAGCCCCAUGAUUCACAGCACUUUUUACUUAUCCCAUUCCUCUUUUUGCUGUUCGGUGUGUUGAACAGAGAGGUCCGCUGUUGGCCAGAGUGUGGCAGUCUUUGACUGGGCUAGAAAUGGUACCUCCCUCCAAUACUGUGUCACAGUAGACAACAAAACGGGCACGGAAAGCUGCUCUUUGUCUAAUGUAAAACAGCUCGCGGACAUCUACAGUCGUAGGAUAUUGAUAUUUGCACCAAGACACGUUCGGAAAUUUCCCUUUGUUCAUGUGGAUUACAGUUUUACCGAGACGAUACUGGGAUAAAACAACUAAACAAUGAGACGGCAAGUACUGUUGUUGACUUCGGUUCUCUCCCUCUCCUUGGUUCUCGGGCAGGUCAGCUACUCCAUUCCCGAGGAAAUGGAGAUUGGCUCCUUAGUCUGUAAUAUAGCUCAGGACCUGGGUUUAGAUGUUAAAAGGCUCAAAUCCGGGAGAGCUCGUAUUUACUCGGGAGGCAGCGCAGAAUAUAUCGAGCUGAAUAGAGAAAGAGGAGUCCUCCUCAUAAAGGAGAGAAUAGACAGAGAGACGCUGUGUGGAGAAACGACGCCCUGUGCUUUGCACCUACAAAUAAUUCUAGAAAAUCCGAUGGAAUUAUUUCGUAUAACGAUAGAAAUCAAAGAUAUAAACGACAAUGCUCCCAGGUUCGCAUCAAAUGAGAAACAUUUUGAAAUCAGCGAGUCAGCUGUGAUUGGAUCUAAAUUUGUACUGGAGGAAGCCAUAGAUGCUGACAUCGGUACAAAUGAUCUCCAGAGCUAUGUGCUUAACCCAACAAAAAACUUUGCAUUGAAACUAGAUAAUCAAGCAGACGGGAGCAAAAAGGUAGAAAUGGUUCUUCAGAAGCCUCUGGAUCGAGAGCAGCAGGAGCAGAUAUCUCUUUCAUUGACUGCAGUAGAUGGUGGACAGCCGCGUCUGUCAGGUACAAUGCAGAUAUCUGUAAAUGUGUUAGAUGCGAACGACAAUGCUCCAGUUUUCAGCAAGCCAGUAUACAAGGCAACAAUAACGGAGAAUUCACCUAAAGGCACUAGUGUUAUAACUGUUAGUGCAACUGACAAAGAUGGAGGUUCUAAUGGAGAAAUAUCAUACGCAAUUUCAAAAAGCAUGCGCCGAUUAUCUGAAGUGUUUGAAAUAAACAGACAAACAGGAGAGGUUAUCUUGAUCGGUGACAUAGAUUAUGAGAAAGCAAAGCUUUUCCAAAUUGCUAUCGAAGCAAAAGAUAAUGGAGGACUCUCUGAUUCCAGUAAGAUCCUUAUCGAUGUCAUUGAUGUGAACGACAACAGUCCGCAGAUUAAAAUUCUGUCUAAAUCAGAAAGUGUUUUUGAAGACUCCCCAGAAGAUACAGUCAUUGCCAUGCUGAGCAUAAAUGACCCUGACUCUGACCGGAAUGGAGUCGUGAAGUGUCAGAUAAAUGAUGACAUUCCCUUUAAAAUACAAACUACAAUGAAUGGGAUCUAUAGCUUAGCUACAGAGGUAGCUUUAGAUAGGGAGAUGGCUCCUCAGUAUAACAUCACAGUGACCUGCUCUGAUGAAGGAGUGCCCUCCCUCUCCAGCAGCGUCACUCUCACCUUACAGAUCUCUGAUGUGAAUGACAACGCGCCUGUCUUUGAGAGGAGCUCAUAUGAGGCCUACAUUGUAGAAAACAACACACCAGGUCUCUCGAUAUUCACAGUGAAAGCCAGAGACGCUGACUGGAACCAGAAUGCCCGAGUUUCUUACAUCCUGGAGGACUCCUCUGUUAACGGAGUGCCAGUCUCCUCAUAUGUGUCGGUUAGUGCUGAUAGUGGAGUCAUCCAUGCAGUUCGCUCUUUUGACUACGAGCAGAUCAAAGACUUCCACUUCCGUGUCAAAGCUCAGGAUGGAGGCUCCCCUCCACUCAGCAGCAACGUGACAGUGAAAAUAGUGAUCCAGGACCAGAACGACAACCCCCCUCAGGUCCUGUACCCGGUCCAGACUGGUGGCUCUCUGGUGGCUGAGAUGGUUCCUCGUGCAGCAGAUGUGGGCUAUCUGGUGACUAAAGUGGUGGCUGUGGAUGUGGACUCUGGACAGAAUGCCUGGCUGUCGUAUAAACUGCAGAAAGCCACAGACAGGGCGCUGUUUGAAGUGGGCUUACAGAAUGGAGAAAUCCGAACUAUCCGCCAAGUGAGUGAUAAAGAUGCUGUGAAACAAAGACUGACUGUGAUAGUGGAGGACAACGGGCAGCCGUCUCGUUCAGCUACAGUCAUUGUGAACGUGGCGGUGGCGGACAGCUUCCCUGAAGUGCUGUCAGAGUUCACUGACUUUACACACGACAAGGAGUACAAUGACAACCUGACUUUUUACUUAGUGCUGGCUUUGGCUGUAGUGUCCUUCCUCUUCAUCACGUGUUUGGUGGUCAUUAUAUCAGUGAAAAUCUACAGAUGGAGACAGUCUCGUAUCCUGUAUCACUCCAGUCUUCCAGUGAUUCCCUAUUAUCCUCCACGUUACUCAGACACUCUGGGCACAGGGACUCUUCCACACGUGUACAAUUACGAAGUGUGCAGGACGACUGACUCGAGAAAGAGUGACUGUAAGUUCGGCAGAGCUGGUAGUCAGAACGUGCUGAUAAUGGACCCCAGUUCUAUAGGGACCAUGCAGAGGAUACAGAGUGAGAAGAGCAUCCUGGACGAACCAGACUCUCCACUAGAGGUGAGGAAUCUGUGACCAACCUUAAAUCGUUCGGUUCAAUUAAAAAAAAAAGGGUUUUGUUGCGUUAUUAAUAUAUUUUAUUUUUAAAUUCUUAAGGGUGUUAUACUCCAAUGGUUUUUUGAAGGCAAAAACGGUGUGUAUGUCCUGUAAGUUUUUCACAUUUCUAGUGUCCCCUUCAGGACCACGGACAGUGAUUUUUUUUUCGUUGCCCCUAGUACAAGUCAUAAAGCAAACUUCUGUCCUUUUAAAACGUCUAUAGUUUAUUGUUUUUGUUCAUUAGGUUAACAAUUCAGUCUAUAUUUUUUCAAUACAUACAAACAACAAUAUUUGAACUAUUUAUAAUAAUUCCUUUUUAUCGUUCAUUUAUACUUCCCCAUGAUUCACAGCACUUUUUACUUAUCCCAUUCCUCUUUUUGUUGUUCGGUGUGUUGAACAGAGAGGGCCGCUGUUGGCCAGAGUGUGGCAGUCUUUGACUGGGCUAGAAAUGGUACCUCCCUCCAAUACUGUGUCACAGUAGACAACAAAACGGGCACGGAAAGCUGGUCUUUGUCUAAUGUAAAAAAGCUCGCGGACAUCUACAGUCGUAGGUUAUUGAUAUUUGCACCAAGACACGAUCGGAAAUUUACCUUUGUUCAUGUGGAUUACAGUUUUACCGAGACGACACUGGAAUACAGCGACUAAACAAUGAGACGGCAAGUACUGUUGUUGAGUUCGGUUCUCUCCCUCUCCUUGGUUCUCGGGCAGGUCAGCUACUCCAUUCCCGAGGAAAUGGAGAUUGGCUCCUUAGUCUGUAAUAUAGCUCAGGACUUAGGUUUAGAUGUUAAAAGGCUCAAAUCUGGAAGAGCUCGUAUUUACUCGGGAGGCAGCGCAGAAUAUAUCGAGCUGAAUAGAGAAAGAGGAGUCCUCCUCAUAAAGGAGAGAAUAGACAGAGAGACGCUGUGUGGAGAAACGACGCCCUGUGCUUUGCAUCCACAAAUAAUUCUAGAAAAUCCGAUGGAAUUAUUUCGUAUAACGAUAGAAAUCAAAGAUAUAAACGACAAUGCUCCCAGGUUCUCAUCGAGUGAGAAACGUUUUGAAAUCAGCGAGUCAGCUGUGAUUGGAUCUAAAUUUGUGCUGGAGAAAGCCAUCGAUGCUGACAUCGGUACAAAUGAUCUCCAGAGCUAUGUGCUUAACCCAACAAAAAACUUUGCAUUGAAACUAGAUAAUCAAGCAGACGGCAGCAAAAAGGUAGAAAUGGUUCUUCAGAAGCCUCUGGAUCGAGAGCAGCAGGAGCAGAUAUCUCUUUCAUUGACUGCAGUAGAUGGUGGACAGCCGCGUCUGUCAGGUACAAUGCAGAUAUCUGUAAAUGUGUUAGAUGCGAACGACAAUGCUCCAGUUUUCAGCAAGCCAGUAUACAAGGCAACAAUAACGGAGAAUUCACCUAAAGGCACUAGUGUUAUAACUGUUAGUGCAACUGACAAAGAUGGAGGUUCUAAUGGAGAAAUAUCAUACGCAAUUUCAAAAAGCAUGCGCCGAUUAUCUGAAGUGUUUGAAAUAAACAGACAAACAGGAGAGGUUAUCUUGAUCGGUGACAUAGAUUAUGAAAAAGCAAAGCUUUUCCAAAUUGACAUCGAGGCUAUAGAUAAUGGAGGACUCUCUGAUUCCAGUAAGAUCCUUAUCGAUGUCAUUGAUGUGAACGACAACAGUCCGCAGAUAGAAAUUCUGUCUAAAUCAGAAAGUGUUUUUGAAGACUCCCCAGAGGAUACAGUCAUUGCCAUGCUGAGCAUAAAUGACCCUGACUCUGACCGGAAUGGAGUCGUGAAGUGUCAGAUAAAUGAUGACAUUCCCUUUAAAAUACAAACUACAAUGAACGGGUUCUAUAGCUUAGCUACAGAGGUAGCUUUAGAUAGGGAGAUGGCUCCUCAGUAUAACAUCACAGUGACCUGCUCUGAUGAGGGAGUGCCCUCCCUCUCCAGCAGCGUCACUCUCACCUUACAGAUCUCUGAUGUGAAUGACAACGCGCCUGUCUUUGAGAGGAGCUCAUAUGAGGCCUACAUUGUAGAAAACAACACACCAGGUCUCUCGAUAUUCACAGUGAAAGCCAGAGACGCUGACUGGAACCAGAAUGCCCAAGUUUCUUACAUCCUGGAGGACUCCUCUGUUAACGGAGUGCCAGUCUCCUCAUAUGUGUCGGUUAGUGCUGAUAGUGGAGUCAUCCAUGCAGUUCGCUCUUUUGACUACGAGCAGAUCAAAGACUUCCACUUCCGUGUCAAAGCUCAGGAUGGAGGCUCCCCUCCACUCAGCAGCAACGUGACAGUGAAAAUAGUGAUCCAGGACCAGAACGACAACCCCCCUCAGGUCCUGUACCCGGUCCAGACUGGUGGCUCUCUGGUGGCUGAGAUGGUGCCUCGUGCAGCAGAUGUGGGCUAUCUGGUGACUAAAGUGGUGGCCGUGGAUGUGGACUCUGGACAGAAUGCCUGGCUGUCGUAUAAACUGCAGAAAGCCACAGACAGGGCGCUGUUUGAAGUGGGCUUACAGAAUGGAGAAAUCCGAACUAUCCGCCAAGUGAGUGAUAAAGAUGCUGUGAAACAAAGACUGACUGUGAUAGUGGAGGACAACGGGCAGCCGUCUCGUUCAGCUACAGUCAUUGUGAACGUGGCGGUGGCGGACAGCUUCCCUGAAGUGCUGUCAGAGUUCACUGACUUUACACACGACAAGGAGUACAAUGACAACCUGACUUUUUACUUAGUGCUGGCUUUGGCUGUAGUGUCCUUCCUCUUCAUCACGUGUUUGGUGGUCAUUAUAUCCGUGAAAAUCUACAGAUGGAGACAGUCUCGUAUCCUGUAUCACUCCAGUCUUCCAGUGAUUCCCUAUUAUCCUCCACGUUACUCAGACACUCUGGGCACAGGGACUCUUCCACACGUGUACAAUUACGAGGUGUGCAGGACGACUGACUCUAGAAAGAGUGACUGUAAGUUCGGCAGAGCUGGUAGUCAGAACGUGCUGAUAAUGGACCCUAGUUCAACAGGGACCAUGCAGAGGAUACAGAGUGAGAAGAGCAUCCUGGAUGAACCAGACUCUCCUCUCGAGGUGAGGAUUCUGUGACCAUCCUUAAAAUUUUAGGUUUGAUUUUAAAAGAUAACAACGGUUUUAGUUUUAAUAUUAUUAUGUUUCAAUUUUAAGGCUGUUAUACUGCAAUGGUCUUUUUGAAGGCUAAAACGGUGUGUAUGUCCUGUUAGUUUUUCACAUAUCGAGUUUCCCCUUAAGCACCAUGGACAGCGAUUUUUUGCGCUGAGCCUAGUACAAUUAAUCAACCAUAAUGUUGUCCUUAGAAAAUGUCAUACUUUAUUGCCUUUGUCUAUGAGUUUAACACUUCAGUCUUUAUUUUUUCAAUUCAUACAAACAACAAUAAAUAAACUAUUGAUAAUAAUCCAUUUGAUAGUUUUCUAAUACUCCCCCAUGAUUCACAGCACUUUUUAUUUACCCCAUUCCUCUUUUUGUUGUUCGGUGUGUUGAACAGAGAGGGCCGCUGUUGGCCAGAGUGUGGCAGUCUUUGACUGGGCUAGAAAUGGUACCUCCCUCCAAUACUGUGUCACAGUAGACAACAAAACGGGCACGGAAAGCUGGUCUUUGUCUAAUGUAAAACAGCUCGCGGACAUCUGCAGUCGUAGGAUAUUGAUACUUGCACCAAGACACGAUCGGAAAUUUACCUUUGUUCAUGUGGAUUACAGUUUUACCGAGACGACACUGGAAUACAGCGACUAAACAAUGAGACGGCAAGUACUGUUGUUGAGUUCGGUUCUCUCCCUCUCCUUGGUUCUCGGGCAGGUCAGCUACUCCAUUCCCGAGGAAAUGGAGAUUGGCUCCUUAGUCUGUAAUAUAGCUCAGGACCUGGGUUUAGAUGUUAAAAGGCUCAAAUCCGGGAGAGCUCGUAUUUACUCGGGAGACAGCGCAGAAUACAUCGAGCUGAAUAGAGAAAGAGGAGUCCUCCUCAUAAAGGAGAGAAUAGACAGAGAGACGCUGUGUGGAGAAACGACGCCCUGUGCUUUGCACCUACAAAUAAUUCUAGAAAAUCCGAUGGAAUUAUUUCGUAUAACGAUAGAAAUCAAAGAUAUAAACGACAAUGCUCCAAGCUUUGAAUCGAGUGAGAAACGUUUUGAAAUCAGCGAGUCAGCUGUGAUUGGAUCUAAAUUUGUGCUGGAGGAAGCCAUCGAUGCUGACAUCGGUACAAAUGAUCUCCAGAGCUAUGUGCUAAACCCAACAAAAAACUUUGCAUUGAAACUAGAUAAUCAAGCAGACGGCAGCAAAAAGGUAGAAAUGGUUCUUCAGAAGCCUCUGGAUCGAGAGCAGCAGGAGCAGAUAUCUCUUUCAUUGACUGCAGUAGAUGGAGGACAGCCGCGUCUGUCGGGUACAAUGCAGAUAUUUGUAAAUGUGUUAGAUGUGAACGACAAUGCACCGGUUUUCAGCAAGCCAGUAUACAAGGCAACAAUAACGGAGAAUUCACCUAAAGGCACUAGUGUUAUAACUGUUAGUGCAACUGACAAAGAUGGAGGCUCUAAUGGAGAAAUAUCAUACGCAAUUUCAAAAAGUAAACGUCGAUUAUCUGAAGUGUUUCAGAUUAACAGACAAACCGGAGAGGUUAUCUUGAUCGGUGACAUAGAUUAUGAAAAAGCAAAGCUUUUUCAAAUUGAUAUCGAGGCUAUAGAUAAUGGAGGACUCUCUGAUUCCAGUAAGAUCCUUAUCGAUGUCAUUGAUGUGAACGACAACAGUCCUCAGAUUAAAAUUCUGUCUAAAUCAGAAAGUGUUUUUGAAGACUCCCCAGAGGAUACAGUCAUUGCCAUGCUGAGCAUAAACGACCCCGACUCUGAACGUAAUGGAGUCGUGAAGUGUCAGAUAAAUGAUGACAUUCCCUUUAAAAUACAAAAUACAAUGAACGGGUUUUAUAGCUUAGCCACCGAGGUAGCUUUAGAUAGGGAGAUGGCUCCUCAGUAUAACAUCACAGUGACCUGCUCUGACGAAGGAGUGCCCUCCCUCUCCAGUAGCGUCACUCUCACCUUACAGAUCUCUGAUGUGAAUGACAACGCGCCUGUCUUUGAGAGGAGCUCAUAUGAGGCCUACAUUGUAGAAAACAACACACCAGGUCUCUCGAUAUUCACAGUGAAAGCCAGAGACGCUGACUGGAACCAGAAUGCCCGAGUUUCUUACAUCCUGGAGGACUCCUCUGUUAACGGAGUGCCAGUCUCCUCAUAUGUGUCGGUUAGUGCUGAUAGUGGAGUCAUCCACGCAGUGCGCUCUUUUGACUACGAGCAGAUCAAAGACUUCCACUUCCGUGUCAAAGCUCAGGAUGGAGGCUCCCCUCCACUCAGCAGCAACGUGACAGUAAAAAUAGUGAUCCAGGAUCAGAACGACAACCCCCCUCAGGUCCUCUAUCCGGUCCAGACUGGUGGCUCUCUGGUGGCUGAGAUGGUGCCUCGCGCAGCAGAUGUGGGCUAUCUGGUGACCAAAGUGGUGGCCGUGGAUGUGGACUCUGGACAGAAUGCCUGGCUGUCGUAUAAACUGCAGAAAGCCACAGACAGGGCGCUGUUUGAAGUGGGCUUACAGAAUGGAGAAAUCCGAACUAUCCGCCAAGUUAGUGAUAAAGAUGCUGUGAAACAAAGACUGACUGUGAUAGUGGAGGACAACGGGCAGCCGUCUCGUUCAGCUACAGUCAUUGUGAACGUGGCGGUGGCGGACAGCUUCCCUGAAGUGCUGUCAGAGUUCACUGACUUUACACACGACAAGGAGUACAAUGACAACCUGACUUUUUACUUAGUGCUGGCUUUGGCUGUAGUGUCCUUCCUCUUCAUCACGUGUUUGGUGGUCAUUAUAUCAGUGAAAAUCUACAGAUGGAGACAGUCUCGUAUCCUGUAUCACUCCAGUCUUCCAGUGAUUCCCUAUUAUCCUCCACGUUACUCAGACACUCUGGGCACAGGGACUCUUCCACACGUGUACAAUUACGAGGUGUGCAGGACGACUGACUCGAGAAAGAGUGACUGUAAGUUCGGCAGAGCUGGUAGUCAGAACGUGCUGAUAAUGGACCCCAGUUCUACAGGGACCAUGCAGAGGAUACAGAGUGAGAAGAGCAUCCUGGACGAACCAGACUCUCCACUAGAGGUUAGAAUGUCACAAAAGUCAUGAAUUACCACCUAUAUCUCAUCUGUAUUCUGAAGUUCUGAAAUAAUAUUAGAUACAAAUGUAAGACACAUUUACAUCCAAUAUUAUUUCAGUACCCUGGACAGCGUCACAACGGUUUCUACCUUUAUUUUUUUCUUCAGUGUAUUUGGACAUUACUUGUGUCUUCCUCACAAAACACUUAAUUACCAUUGUAUUCUGCUGAAUUUGAUUAUAACGCACUGAUUAAAACGCGGAGCCAUUCAAUAUGAUUUGCCGAGGAAUUUCACCUCAUUUGUCACUCGUUUGGCCGGUUUGUUGAGGACAAACUGUGGUUGUAACAGAUGUAACAACAUUUCUUCACAAGUCGUGUAGUUUCGUGCUCUGAACUCAGUGGGCCGCUGUCUACCAGCGUCUUGUUGUUCCAGGCUGUAUUUAUGUACUAGGACAUCCCCUCUCCACUCACAACGGCGAAGGACUCCGAAUCAUCACGCAUAUCCGUCGGUGGAAUAUACAACAUGCACGAAAAGUCGAACUGGACUGAUUUAUUCGUCUGUUUUUGAUAAACAGAUCGGCCUCUGUGUUUGACUGGCAUCAUUGCGCGUAUAGAGGGACGGAAAACACGCUAUAUUUGUUCGACGUAUGUGCCUGACAGAACAAUGGGGUGGCAAGUACUGCUUUUUUUCUUGGUCGUCAGUCUGAGUUCAGUGCUCGCCCAGGUCAGCUACUCUAUACCUGAAGAAAUGGGGAAGGGGUCUUUGGUCGGUAACAUAGCUCAGGAUUUGGGUUUGGACAUCAGACGUCUGCAGUCAGGUAAAGCUCGCAUCCACACCGGAGACAGCGCAGAAUAUAUACAACUUAACAAGGAAAAGGGGCUCCUCAUUAUCAGCCAGAGAAUAGACCGCGAAGCUCUCUGUGGUCAGACAACGCCUUGUGCUUUGCAUUUUCAGAUAGCCCUGGAGAACCCAAUAGAAAUAUUCCCGAUAACAAUCGAAAUUACAGACAUAAAUGAUAAUGCCCCCGUGUUCGAAAAAGAAGAGAGGAGGUUUGAAAUCAGCGAGUCUGCAGUUAUCGGCUCAAAAUUCAUACUCGAGAAAGCAAUAGACCCUGAUAUAGGACUAAAUGGUCUACAGAGCUACACACUAAAGCCCAGUGACCAUUUUAUGCUAAAAUUGCACAGUCAAUCUGAUGGUGGUAAAAAGGUCGAAAUGAUUUUACAGAAACCUCUGGACAGAGAGAGGCAGGAAUUUGUGUCAUUGUUAUUGACAGCUAUAGAUGGAGGAGAGCCGCAGAGGUCUGGGACAAUGCAGAUUCAUAUUACUGUUCUAGACGCUAAUGAUAACGCUCCUGUUUUUACGCACAACGUGUACAAAGCUAGUGUAAAAGAAAAUUCACCCAAAGGAACACUUAUAACAAAAGUCAGUGCCUCUGACGCAGAUAAAGGCUCCAAUGGAGAGGUUAGCUACGUUAUUGUAAACAGCGUAAGAAGCAUUUCAAAUCUUUUCAACAUAACUGAAGAUGGGAGUCUUAUAUUAAAUGGCCAUAUUGAUUAUGAAAAAGCAAAAAAGUAUGAGAUUGAUGUAGAGGCAGUUGACCGAGGAGGCUUAUCUGAAUCAAGCAAAGUAAUCAUUGAAGUAGGAGACAUAAAUGACAAUACUCCAGUCAUUAAUAUGAUCUCGUCAUCUAAUUCAAUAGGAGAAGAUUCGCGCUUAAACACGGUGGUAGCUGUAAUGAGUGUAAAUGAUCCUGAUUCUGAAGAAAAUGGGAAAGUACGGUGUGUUAUAAAUAAAAAUAUACCGUUUGAAAUUUCACCUACAUCGAGUAAUUUCUAUAGAAUCGUGACAGACAGUGAUUUAGACAGAGAGAGAGCCUCUGAGUAUAACAUCACAGUGACCUGCUCUGAUGAGGGAGUGCCCUCCCUCUCCAGCAGCGUCACUCUCACCUUACAGAUCUCUGAUGUGAAUGACAACGCGCCUGUCUUUGAGAGGAGCUCAUAUGAGGCCUACAUUGUAGAAAACAACACACCAGGUCUCUCGAUUUUCACAGUGAAAGCCAGAGACGCUGACUGGAACCAGAAUGCCCGAGUUUCUUACAUCCUGGGGGACUCCUCUGUCAACGGAGUGCCAGUCUCCUCAUAUGUGUCGGUUAGUGCUGAUAGUGGAGUCAUCCAUGCAGUUCGCUCUUUUGACUACGAGCAGAUCAAAGACUUCCACUUCCGUGUCAAAGCUCAGGAUGGAGGCUCCCCUCCACUCAGCAGCAACGUGACAGUGAAAAUAGUGAUCCAGGACCAGAACGACAACCCCCCUCAGGUCCUGUACCCGGUCCAGACUGGUGGCUCUCUGGUGGCUGAGAUGGUGCCUCGUGCAGCAGAUGUGGGCUAUCUGGUGACUAAAGUGGUGGCUGUGGAUGUGGACUCUGGACAGAAUGCCUGGCUGUCGUAUAAACUGCAGAAAGCCACAGACAGGGCGCUGUUUGAAGUGGGCUUACAGAAUGGAGAAAUCCGAACCAUCCGCCAAGUGAGUGAUAAAGAUGCUGUGAAACAAAGACUAACUGUGAUAGUGGAGGACAACGGGCAGCCGUCUCGUUCAGCUACAGUCAUUGUGAACGUGGCGGUGGCGGACAGCUUCCCUGAAGUGCUGUCAGAGUUCACUGACUUUACACACGACAAGGAGUACAAUGACAACCUGACUUUUUACUUAGUGCUGGCUUUGGCUGUAGUGUCCUUCCUCUUCAUCACGUGUUUGGUGGUCAUUAUAUCAGUGAAAAUCUACAGAUGGAGACAGUCUCGUAUCCUGUAUCACUCCAGUCUUCCAGUGAUUCCCUAUUAUCCUCCACGUUACUCAGACACUCUGGGCACAGGGACUCUUCCACACGUGUACAAUUACGAGGUGUGCAGGACGACUGACUCGAGAAAGAGUGACUGUAAGUUCGGCAGAGCUGGUAGUCAGAACGUGCUGAUAAUGGACCCCAGUUCUACAGGAACCAUGCAGAGGAUACAGAGUGAGAAGAGCAUCCUGGACGAGCCAGACUCUCCUCUAGAGGUUGGAAUAAUGUCUGUUUUCUUAAACUAGACACUAGCAAACUUUUUUACUUAAUGUGCCAUGGUUUUGGUAGAUUACGUUGUUUUUUUUUAUUCAUUUCAGCACGUUGGAUAGCACCAGAAAGCAGACGAGAACAUGUUUUAGAUUUUAGUCAGUCAACCAAAUCUUCAUUUUCUAUCCUUUGUUCAUGAAUAUAUUUCAGAUCCAAUUAAACAUUUUGUAAAUAUACAUUGCCUUUUAAAUCACGUUGGUUUAAAUCGUAAUCUGUAAUUGUGCAAAACUUUUUAACCUUUUGAAAUUCUCAUCUUUACUUUACCCCUCUCUGCUCUUAUAUUAAAACUUGUGCAGUUUUGCUUUUAGAACUCAGUGGGCCGCUGUUGCCUCGUCUGUGACUGCUACAUUAUUUUAACAGGAGUACCGCCUUUUCAUUUCGAUGUGUUAGAGUUAGGGCAGGCGCACAUCGCAUUGUCUUCGGUAGCGAAGCGAGCACACACUGCGAAGCACAACUACUGUUCUUUCGCCAAAAAUGGACUGAUUUCUUUUCCCAUUUUGGAGGAAAGCUUGGAUCUUUUUUCAGACGGAUUUGUAUGAGGUUACUGAGUCCUUUUGUCGACACCAUUUCAAACAAUGAGACGGCAAGUACUGCUGAUUAUUUUGAUCCUCCAUCUCAGCUCGGUCUCCGGGCAGGUCAGCUACUCUAUUCCAGAGGAAAUGACUAAAGGCUCUUUAGUUGGAAAUAUCGCACAGGAUUUAGGUUUGGACGUAAAACGACUGAGGCAGGGAAAUGCUCGUGUUUAUUCCGGUGACAGCAGCGAAUACGUCGAGCUGAACAACGAGAGAGGAGUCCUCCUUCUUAAAGAGAGAAUAGACAGAGAGGCGUUGUGCGGUGAGACGACACCCUGUGCUAUUCAUUUUCAGAUUGUGUUAGAGAAUCCAAUGGAGUUUUACAGUGUUACGGUUGAGAUCACAGAUGUCAACGAUAAUGCACCGACAUUUGAAAAAGAUGAGAUUAAAUUUAUGAUAAGCGAGUCUGCAGUUGUUGGGGCCAAGUUUGUGUUGGAAAGAGCUGUAGAUUUGGAUGUAGGUACAAAUAGUCUCCAAAGUUAUGUACUGAAGCCAGGUGAUAAUUUUUUACUUAGGUUUCACAAUCAAGCCGACGGCACAAAGAAUGUAGAAAUGGUCCUACAAAAACCCCUGGACAGAGAAAAAAAGGAGACGAUUUCCUUGGCUUUGACGGCCGUAGAUGGGGGAGAGCCUCAGUUGUCUGGGACGAUGCAGAUUGUCAUUACUGUGUUAGACGUGAAUGACAAUGCACCUGUUUUUACACAGCCUGUAUACAAAGGCUCUGUUGCUGAAAACGCCGCAAAAGGCACGUUAGUGACCACGGUAAGUGCGUCAGAUGCUGAUCACGGUUUAAACGGGAAAAUAACGUAUUCAAUCACAAAUACCUUAGAUGACAUUAGACACAUGUUUGAGGUAAAUGAAGAAAGCGGUGAGGUUAGGUUGAUUGGUGUUUUAGACUAUGAAAAGAAAAGAAAUUUCCAGAUUAAUGUACGAGCCAUGGAUAACGGGGGACUAACUGACUCGAGUAAAGUGAUCGUUGAUGUCAUUGAUAUAAAUGAUAAUGUACCAACAAUUAAAAUUAUGUCCAAAUCAGCUAUUAUUUCAGAGAAUGCUAUACCAAACACAGUCGUUACGAUGAUAAAUGUCCAAGAUCCAGACUCAGGGGAGAAUGGUAAAGUUAAUUGUUUUAUUAAUGACAAUAUACCUUUUGUAAUGAAAUCAACAUCCAAUAACUUCUAUAGAUUGGUGACGGACAGUGAUUUAGACCGAGAGAGAGCCUCUGUGUAUAACAUCACAGUGACCUGCUCUGAUGAGGGAGUGCCCUCCCUCUCCAGCAGCGUCACUCUCACCUUACAGAUCUCUGAUGUGAAUGACAACGCGCCUGUCUUUGAGAGGAGCUCAUAUGAGGCCUACAUUGUAGAAAACAACACACCAGGUCUUUCGAUAUUCACAGUGAAAGCCAGAGACGCUGACUGGAACCAGAAUGCCCGAGUUUCUUACAUCCUGGAGGACUCCUCUGUUAACGGAGUGCCAGUCUCCUCAUAUGUGUCGGUAAGUGCUGAUAGUGGAGUCAUCCAUGCAGUUCGCUCUUUUGACUACGAGCAGAUCAAAGACUUCCACUUCCGUGUCAAAGCUCAGGAUGGAGGCUCCCCUCCACUCAGCAGCAACGUGACAGUGAAAAUAGUGAUCCAGGACCAGAACGACAACCCCCCUCAGGUCCUGUACCCGGUCCAGACUGGUGGCUCUCUGGUGGCUGAGAUGGUGCCUCGUGCAGCAGAUGUGGGCUAUCUGGUGACUAAAGUGGUGGCUGUGGAUGUGGACUCUGGACAGAAUGCCUGGCUGUCGUAUAAACUGCAGAAAGCCACAGACAGGGCGCUGUUUGAAGUGGGCUUACAGAAUGGAGAAAUCCGAACUAUCCGCCAAGUGAGUGAUAAAGAUGCUGUGAAACAAAGACUGACUGUGAUAGUGGAGGACAACGGGCAGCCGUCUCGUUCAGCUACAGUCAUUGUGAACGUGGCGGUGGCGGACAGCUUCCCUGAAGUGCUGUCAGAGUUCACUGACUUUACACACGACAAGGAGUACAAUGACAACCUGACUUUUUACUUAGUGCUGGCUUUGGCUGUAGUGUCCUUCCUCUUCAUCACGUGUUUGGUGGUCAUUAUAUCAGUGAAAAUCUACAGAUGGAGACAGUCUCGUAUCCUGUAUCACUCCAGUCUUCCAGUGAUUCCCUAUUAUCCUCCACGUUACUCAGACACUCUGGGCACAGGGACUCUUCCACACGUGUACAAUUACGAGGUGUGCAGGACGACUGACUCGAGAAAGAGUGACUGUAAGUUCGGCAGAGCUGGUAGUCAGAACGUGCUGAUAAUGGACCCCAGUUCUACAGGGACCAUGCAGAGGAUACAGAGUGAGAAGAGCAUCCUGGAUGAACCAGACUCUCCUCUAGAGGUUAGAAACUGCCUAAACUGAUUUAAUUUAAAUCAAACUGUCGAUCGCUUGAAAUGUUGUCGUUUCAGUACCAUGGUCAGCGGCACAUAUAAUUUCAUCCGUUGCAUCCCUCCUCUUGUCUAUUAGCUCGCUCUCAAAGUGGUUUGUAUAUCCAUUUACAAAAUGCAAAUUUUUCACAUUUAAUAUCUCAGGGAUUGUUAUAUAAAGGUCACAGGAGAGGCGACUCCUCUUGCUUUUUCUCAUUCCUUUUCUGAAGACACCAGAGUAUGAUUGCACAGUGGACAUGCAAUUCUUUUUGUGAACUCGGCGUGCCGCUGUUGGCCAGUGUGUAAUAGUUAAACCGCAUACUAAAUGUUGUUCCUCCCAUCAUGGCUUUAUUAUUUGAGAGAGAAAGAGACUGAAGCGAGGGACGCCGUUUGGAUUUUGUGAGUGAUACGAGAAAGGAAAGCUUUUUCUUUUUGGGGAUUUGCUUUGGAACUUACAAUUACUCUAAAUUAGGUGUACAAAAUACUGGACAAGACAUGGUUUACCCUGGACCAACGUUGGACAGAACAAUGACUGGGCGAGUACUGCUGAUUUUCUCCGUCCUUUCCGUCAGCUCGGUGUUCGGACAGGUUAGCUACUCCAUUCCCGAGGAAAUGCCUAAAGGUUCUCUGGUAGGAAACAUGGCAAGGGAUUUUGGCUUAGAUAUAAAGAGACUAAAAUCGGGUAAGGCUCGCAUUUUUACUCGUGAUAGUGACGAAUAUAUUGAGCUGAAUAAAGAAAGAGGAGUCCUCCUCAUCAAAGAGAGAAUAGACAGAGAGACGCUAUGUGGACAAACGACGCCCUGUGCUUUACAUUUCCAGAUUAUCUUGGAAAAUCCAAUGGAAUUUUAUAGUGUUACUGUUGAGAUCACAGAUGUUAAUGACAACCCUCCUUCAUUUGAAAAGAACGACGUCAAAUUUAAGAUUAGUGAGUCUGCUGUUAGUGGGGCUAAAUUCAUAUUAGAUCGUGCAGUUGAUCCCGAUGUCGGAUCAAAUGGAUUGCAGACGUAUAGACUCGAACCGACAUCUAAUUUUGUAGUGAAAUUACACGAUCAAGCUGAUGGGACGAAAAAAGUAGAAAUGGUAUUAGUGAAACCUCUUGACAGAGAAAAAAACGAACACGUAUCUCUCGUUCUGACGGCGGUGGAUGGAGGAGAGCCGCAGAUGUCAGGAACAAUGCAGAUUCUGAUCACCGUUUUAGACGUGAACGAUAAUGCUCCUGUUUUUACACAAUCUGUUUAUAAAGCAUCUAUAGAAGAAAAUGCCCCAGUUGGGACGGUUAUUGUGACUGUCACUGCGACAGAUAAAGAUUACGGAUCCAACGGAAAGAUAACUUAUUCAAUUUCAAGUAUAUUAGAUCAAGCACGUGGGUUAUUUGAAAUAAACGACGAAAAUGGUGAAAUAAGUCUAAAAGGAAAAGUUGACUAUGAAAAAGCUCGAACAUUUCAGAUAAAUAUUAGAGCUAGUGAUGAUGGAGGUCUGGCUGACUCGUGCAAGGUGAUCAUCGAUGUCACUGACAUAAAUGACAACAAGCCUGAUAUCAAAAUAAUGUCGAAAUCAAACAUCAUAUCAGAGGAAGCUGAGCCUGGUACUGUUGUAACAAUGAUCAAUAUUGAGGACGCGGAUUCAGGCGACAAUGGAAAGGUGCAAUGCAGUAUCACUGAUGACAUACCUUUUACGAUGAAAUCAACACACAAUGAUUUCUAUAGAUUAAUAACAGACAGUGGUUUAGAUCGGGAAAGAGCCUCUGAGUAUAACAUUACAGUGACCUGCUCUGAUGAGGGAGUGCCCUCCCUCUCCAGCAGCGUCACUCUCACCUUACAGAUCUCUGAUGUGAAUGACAACGCGCCUGUCUUUGAGAGGAGCUCAUAUGAGGCCUACAUUGUAGAAAACAACACACCAGGUCUCUCGAUAUUCACAGUGAAAGCCAGAGACGCUGACUGGAACCAGAAUGCCCGAGUUUCUUACAUCCUGGAGGACUCCUCUGUUAACGGAGUGCCAGUCUCGUCAUAUGUGUCGGUUAGUGCUGAUAGUGGAGUCAUCCAUGCAGUUCGCUCUUUUGACUACGAGCAGAUCAAAGACUUCCACUUCCGUGUCAAAGCUCAGGAUGGAGGCUCCCCUCCACUCAGCAGCAACGUGACAGUGAAAAUAGUGAUCCAGGACCAGAACGACAACCCUCCUCAGGUCCUGUACCCGGUCCAGACUGGUGGCUCUCUGGUGGCUGAGAUGGUUCCUCGUGCAGCAGAUGUGGGCUAUCUGGUGACUAAAGUGGUGGCUGUGGAUGUGGACUCUGGACAGAAUGCCUGGCUGUCGUAUAAACUGCAGAAAGCCACAGACAGGGCGCUGUUUGAAGUGGGCUUACAGAAUGGAGAAAUCCGAACUAUCCGCCAAGUGAGUGAUAAAGAUGCUGUGAAACAAAGACUGACUGUUAUAGUGGAGGACAACGGGCAGCCGUCUCGUUCAGCUACAGUCAUUGUGAACGUGGCGGUGGCGGACAGCUUCCCUGAAGUGCUGUCAGAGUUCACUGACUUUACACACGACAAGGAGUACAAUGACAACCUGACUUUUUACUUAGUGCUGGCUUUGGCUGUAGUGUCCUUCCUCUUCAUCACGUGUUUGGUGGUCAUUAUAUCCGUGAAAAUCUACAGAUGGAGACAGUCUCGUAUCCUGUAUCACUCCAGUCUUCCAGUGAUUCCCUAUUAUCCUCCACGUUACUCAGACACUCUGGGCACAGGGACUCUUCCACACGUGUACAAUUACGAGGUGUGCAGGACGUCUGACUCGAGAAAGAGUGACUGUAAGUUCGGCAGAGCUGGUAGUCAGAACGUGCUGAUAAUGGACCCCAGUUCAACAGGGACCAUGCAGAGGAUACAGAGUGAGAAGAGCAUCCUGGAUGAACCAGACUCUCCUCUAGAGGUUGGGAUAAUGUCUGUUUUCUUAUACAUGCCACUAGCAAACGCUUCUUCUAAAUGUGCCAUGAUUUUUGUAAAUCACAUGGUUCUUUUUAUUUCAGAACGUUGGAGAGCACCACAAACCACAUUGUAUCCUCAAUUGAUACAGAAACACAAUGCAGUCGAUUUUUAUUUUUCAGCACCAUGGAUAGAUCUAUCUAUCUAUCUAUCUAUCUAUCUAUCUAUCUAUCUAUCUAUCUAUCUAUCUAUCUAUCUAUCUAUCUAUCUAUCUAUCUAUCUAUCUAUCUAUCUAUCUAUCUAUCUAUCUAUCUAUCUAUCUAUCUAUCUAUCUAUCUAUCUAUCUUCCUUCAAGUGUCCUCCCUCUUGUAUUUGAAGAGAGCAUUUUCAAUUUAGUCUGUAUUUACACAAACCUGCAGUUUUCUUUUACGUCUCUAAGUGCCGCUGUUGGCAUUAAAAGGCCUUUUUUUCACAGCGAUCAGCUUUUUUGUCUGAUGCGUUGUUGAAGCUCCAUUUUAAUCGGAACCUGUGUCUGACAUAGCCAGGCUCGCUGCCUUUACCGAUGAGCUCGUGAUCAGUCCUUAUUUUGAUCUCGAUUUUUUUCCCAUUUACGUUUUUCGAAGGCUCUCAUCAUGAUGGAUGGUCUUUGUUGUGUGCCCAGUAAAAAACCCUUGCCAUGGUGGCUGCUGCUUCUUUGCAUUUUCGUCGCAGGAAACGCUUUUGGACAGGUCCGUUAUUCUAUACCCGAGGAGAUGGCGGCGGGCUCAGUUGUCGGGAAUAUCAUUCAGGACCUGGGCUUGGAUGUUAAAAGGCUGAGAUCUGGGAGGGCUAGGAUAUUUACGGAGGACGGCAGUGAGUACAUCAGUCUGAAUGCAGAAAGGGGCACUCUGGUUGUCGCCAAAAGAAUAGACAGAGAGGAAUUGUGCGCGCAAGAAUCUCCCUGCUCUCUUUAUUUCCAAAUCAUCUUAGAAAGUCCAAUGGAGCUGCAUAGAAUCGACGUAGAGAUCACAGAUAUCAAUGACAAUGCUCCGUUUUUCCUCAAAAGGGAAUAUAGUUUUCAGGUUAGUGAAUCUGCCUCACUCGGGGCUCGCUUUGCACUUGAGAGUGCGAUAGACACCGAUGUGGCACAAAACACCAUUCAAACAUACAAGCUCAAUCCUGCAGAUCAUUUCAAAUUAAACAUCGUUUCUCGUUCUGAUGGGACAAAAUAUAUCGAAAUGGUUCUUCACACGUCUCUUGACAGAGAGAAACAUGAAGAGCAUAAAUUAACUCUCACUGCAUUUGACGGAGGUAACCCUCAGAAAUCAGGAUCUGUCAAAAUUAACGUCGUCGUUUUGGAUGCGAAUGACAAUGCACCCGUAUUCAGCCAGUCUGUUUACAAAGUAACAGUUCCUGAAAAUGCGUCGAAGGGUACUGUUAUAUUGAGAGCCAGUGCUACUGAUAAUGACAAGGGAGCAAAUGAAGAGGUUGUCUAUUCAUUUUCCCAGCAUACCCACAGAGCAUCGUCCUUGUUUAACAUAGACCCUCAAACCGGGGAAAUGAGCGUAAUUGGCGUGUUGGAUUACGAAAAAGCUAAAAGUUACGAGAUUGAUAUCGAAGCUGCAGACAAAGGAGGGCUGACAGACACAAGCAAGGUGCUGAUUGAUGUGACAGACCUCAAUGACAAUGCUCCUAUUAUAAGCAUCAUCUCCAUCUCCAAUCCUAUUCCAGAAGAUGCAGCUCCAGAAACAGUUAUAGCAAUGCUCAACAUCAAGGACCUGGACUCUGGUAAAAACGGACAGGUUAACUGUUUCAUAAGCCCACAUUUACCUUUCAAAAUCAAGUCAUCGUCGACUAAUUUUUACAGUCUGAUGUCUGAUGAUGUUUUAGACCGUGAAACAAUCCCGGAAUACAAUAUAACAAUAACAGCAAAGGAUAAGGGUGUCCCUUCUUAUGCCACAAACAAAACUAUCAAUUUAAGAAUAUCAGACGUAAAUGACCACGCCCCAAUGUUCCCACAACAAUUUAUGACCGCUUAUAUACUUGAGAAUAAUUCUCCUGGUAUUUCUGUCCAAACUGUUAAAGCAAGUGAUAAAGACUCAGGAAACAAUGCACGGAUUUCUUACUUCCUUGAAGACAGCCAUACAAAUGGGAUGUCAGACUCAGCUUAUUUUUCAGUAAAUGCAGAGAGUGGAGUCAUCCAUGCAGUUCGCUCUUUUGACUACGAGCAGACUAAAGACUUCCUUAUCCGAGUCAAAGCUCAGGAUGGAGGCUCCCCUCCACUCAGCAGCAACGUGACAGUGAAAAUAGUGAUCCAGGACCAGAACGACAACCCACCUCAGGUGCUCUAUCCGGUCCAGACUGGUGGCUCUCUGGUGGCUGAGAUGGUUCCUCGUGCAGCAGAUGUGGGCUAUCUGGUGACUAAAGUGGUGGCUGUGGAUGUGGACUCUGGACAAAAUGCCUGGCUGUCGUAUAAACUGCAGAAAGCCACAGACAGGGCGCUGUUUGAAGUGGGCUUACAGAAUGGAGAGAUCCGAACUAUCCGCCAAGUGAGUGAUAAAGAUGCUGUGAAACAAAGACUGAUUGUUAUAGUGGAGGACAACGGGCAGCCGUCUCGUUCAGCUACAGUCAUUGUGAACGUGGCGGUGGCGGACAGCUUCCCUGAAGUGCUGUCAGAGUUCACUGACUUUACACAUGACAAGGAGUACAAUGACAACCUGACUUUUUACUUAGUGCUGGCUUUGGCUGUAGUGUCCUUCCUCUUCAUCACGUGUUUGGUGGUCAUUAUAUCAGUCAAAAUCUACAGAUGGAGACGCGAGCGUAUGUUUUAUAAAUCCAGCGGGAAUCUUCCUGUCAUUCCCUAUUACCCGCCCCUUUACGCAGACGUAGGAGGCACUGGUACGUUGAAACCAGCAUAUAGUUACGAGGUGUAUGGAACUACUGACUCCCGGAAGAGUGACAUUAAAUGUGCUCGACCCUUCAGUGAAAGCACUUUGAAUGUUGACCACAGUGUCACCAGGACAGUGCCCAGGCAUAACACAGAGCCAGAGAGUAUGUUUACAGAGGUGAGAUAAUCCCUUUUCUUGCCCCAUCAAAACACUUGUUCUUUAUUUUUGUUUGUGUUUUUGUUCUUGUUUAGUUCUGUGAAGGCAUCUCUCACUUACCUUGUGGAUAGUCCUGGUAAUAUACCAGCAUUAAAUACUCAAUGAAUAGAAUGAAUGAAUUAGAAGUUGUCCACAAGUCUUGUGUUUCCUUCUAUUUUCCAUAAAAUUUUGCAGCUGGGUUUUGUUUUGACUUAUAUUGGAGUACAGACAUUUCAAAAACCAAGUUAGGCAUAUGAGUCUAUAUAUGAUCCCUAUCUGUCACUCUUGCAUCUAAUUUUCAUACUGGAGUAUUUUAUUUUCCCCUUUUCCUACCCCUUUCUGUUGGCCCAACUGGUAAAAUACAUUGAUAAAUCAAAAUAUAAAGAGUAAAACAAGCAAUGUCACUGAGAAAUCAUGCAGAUCAGGUUCCCUGGUUUCACUGUCCUUUGCAUUCUGUCUUCAAAAUACUGCUUUAUGUUAUUUCCUUAAUAUAACACUGUUAACAUUAAGACUCUUGAGCAUGCUUCGGUCAGACACAUCAUUCUUAUGGUUCUUAACUCUUUUGGUUAAAAGUUAGACAAAACUAGACAAAAGUUGCAAAAAAACAAAACAAAAAAAACAUUCUGAUAUUAAAAUAAUGACAAAAGGGAGGGGGAUACCAGUUAUAAUCAACAUUAUUUGGACACCACAUUUCUGUUUUUGUUAGUUUCGGCUGUUGUAUUGUGUUUGAGAAGAUAUGAUUGCGCGAGGUGGUGCAGAGAGGAAUCAGCUGUGGAUGAACAGCAGAAAAAAGCAGGUGUUAUGAAACAGGAUCUUAUUGACCCUUUGUGCUGAUAUGAUGUUCUUGUGUUAUGCGGUUUGUUAAAAGACUGAGGCUAUGGUUAAUCUAUCAUCUUAUUCUGUUAUAUGGUUUUCUUGGCCACAUUUACUACAAGGAGGAAAGCACACAGAUGUUGUGGGAUAGCGAGUGAGGAGAGAUGGGGGAUGAAUGUUGAUUUUGGACAGCCUAACCAUAUUAUCUUGGAUUGAUGAUAGCACCUCCUUUAUCAUUCUCUCUGUUUGAUAAAUUUACCAGAAGGUGCUGGGAAUUAUACCCUAUGUAACACUGAUUUUUGCCACCCAAUAUUGAUAAUAUAGAACACAAAUGUUUUCACCAAUUUUCACUUUAAGAGACUGCAUGUGUAAGACAACAACACAACUUUUGUUGGACGAUUAAAAACUGUGGGCUCCAUCCUUGAUAAAGUAUUGCUAUAUAUUUUUCCCACUGAGAAUCAGACAAGCACACAGUGCACUACUUCUCAGUGACCUAGUUCCUUCAUAACAUGCUGCAGCCACGGGCAUCAGGGUGCCUGCACACAGUCACGAAGCAGAAUUGAUGAAAUAACCAAAAUGUGCAGCAACUGAUUCAAAAUAUUAUAACAAAGAGUGACUCUUAAACAUGAGAGUAAAGAGAUUUACAUUGUGAUUGAAAGGGUGCAGUCUCUGCUGGCAGUAGGAAGACUGAGAACUGGGGCGAUAAGCAGCGUGAUGGAGAGGAAGAGAGAGGCAGCGGGGGAGGGGAAGAGGCACGUGGUAACACUCAGUCUCCACCAUCCCUGAGUAGCAUUUGUGUUACUGAUGCACGGCAGCCAUUUUGAUCUGCAGCCUCUUUGUCUGCUGAGAUACAGAGCUAAGACAAGCCCCAUGUGUCAAACAGAUGUUUCAAAGUGUAUUGGUGAUUGCCUCUUAGUGUGUGUGUGAUGAGUUAGAGCUAUUUUACCUGACUGUAACAUAAUGGAAACAUGAGAUAACAAGGGAGGGAGGGAGGUAGAGACCUACACCAGUUAUAUAACAAAUGCCAAGGGAUGUCAAAAAUUAGGACAGAGGCUGAAUGUGUAUGAGGAGAAAUAUUCAGGGACAAAGAACAACUAACCUAGAUUAGAUUCAUAUCUGGCAGUGCACACUACUUCAUAUGAACCACCCAUAGCAGCUACACAGUAACACUCUAAUGUUGUGCCUCAUGUGACAGGCUUCACUGAGUGAAAGGUGUUAUAACCGGAAUAUGGAGACAGUGUUUUCUGUUCAGACCAAAAGUGGCAGUGAAGUUAAUCUGACGCAUAUAACCCUGUAUUUAUAAUGAUGCCUGUGCUGCAGUGAAUGGCAUGUGUAAAUAUGUUUUAAUUUCAUUUUCAUAAUAUAUAAUAUAUGUCGUUAAAAGGCCUCUUUAAGCUUUACUUCUAUCUUUACAUGUGUGAUGAAUAAAUGCGUGUAUUUUGUUUCGUUCUGUAUCUGAAAGGGUAUUUUAUCACCCUAUUUUCCUCCUCUAGUUGCUCGGGGUGGUGUAUGUGUUGAAGCAGUAAAACCUGCAUGGUGUGCAGGAUGUAUGCAUGUGAAAACAGAAGUUUACAAACUACAGAGCUUUAACGGGGGUUAUUUGUGUUAACCUCCAUAUCCACAGGAAGCAGUUCAUCAUCAUAAACUCACAUCUGCGCCUGCUUUACCUGUUACAGCUGUGUUUAUGUCUCCUUUUCUCAGGUUUGUUAAAGAUGAAAGUUUUUACUGAACACCAUAAAUUCUUUUGGUCACUUUCUCCUUAGGGGUCAAAGCUCACUGAAAUGUCUUAACAAGUAGCUAAAUGGUUCAGCCUGUUUGAUAUCCUGUUCCCCUUCUGCGCUUUGUUGUUAAAGGAUCCCACCUGUAACUGUUGUUGUGUAUUGUGGAUCUCUGACAGUCCUAGCAAUCAUCUUGUUUGACUUUGUUUGACCACAAAACUAUGAUGAUGGGUAGAAGCCUUUUAUUAUUCCCGUCGUCUCAGGCUCUUGUUUGUGUGUGCACGUGUGUAUGCUUGUGGGCUCAUCAACAUACUGCCCUCUAUGUGGGUUUGGAAAUUGUGGUCAAUACAUAAGUGUUGUGCAUUCUCUUUACCAGCUGUUGUAUGUCUGUCUGUGGCUGUCGCAGUGGAGAGCCAGCCUCGAGCUGUUCUCCACUGUGUAUGCAUGAUGCUCAUAUGUCAAGAGAAGAUAACCAUUCUGCAGCUGAACCUGACUUUUUUUUCUCCCUUGAAAGGCCUGAAUAUGUUUUUUUUUCUCUUUCUCUUAUAGAACUGUAGACUAAAGUGUAAUAGAUUGUUAGUGAAGAAAGUUUUUUGCUUGAAAGCUUCUCAGUGGCUUUGUUGAUUAUAAUGCUGCAGAUCUUAAUGUUAUAAGUGCAUUAGCAGAAAACAAGGAACUUGGAAAGAUAACAAGCGUGCACAUGAAAGUUGAGGUGUAACUGUCGGACAAUCAGACAUAUUUCUUAAGAAAUAAGUUUCAGUGUUGUUGGUGGUCCUGUACUGAGUGGCUGGUGUUCUGUGCUGUCUGAUUCUCUGGCACGGAUUACACAAGGGAUUACUUAGAAUAGAAUAAACUUGGGUAAUGGCCAAGUGGUGUCAAGCACAUACAAAUUCCUACAGAUACUGAUUUUCUUUAUUGAUACAAUCCCAAAUGUAAAAUCCCUGUUAUUUUGAUUAUAUUACAAUGUAUGUUAGUAUGUGCAUUUUUUCCUGCAUUAAACACACACAGGCUCUUAUCAGAUCAUUAAAUGUCUGCCCUACUGAAGACAGAUAGUCUUGUUUUCUACGGGGUUUGAUGCUGUGUAUUGUAAUUAUUUUGACAGUAAAGCUACAUUGUGUAACUUUCAUUAAAUCAUCAUGUUUACUUUGUUAAUUUAUGCCAUCAUGUAUGAUGACAUAUAUAUAUGAUGACACAGACUAAGCAAAAUAUUGUUGAUCUACAUUCAAACAAUCAUUGGAGUCAACAAAUUGCAUAUGAAACUGAAUGGCCACUGCUCAGCAGUCACCCUUGGUUUUCAGCAGCCUUCCCUUUUCCUCCUGAUCUCAUUUUCUGCAUCCCUCCCCUCCCCCUCUCCAGCUGCACCAUUCUGCUGCAGAGAGAGAGAGGCACAGAGAGAAAGGAAGAAGCUCAGUGAAGGACAUUUUUUUCUGUUUAUAUAAAACAAUUUUAAUGCCAUCAGUUGUCAAUUCAUCCAUGUUAGGGCUGGCAUGUUUUUCAAGGAAAAAACUGACAGUCUUUUUACCACUUCUCUGCUAUAUAUAAAAAGAUUAUUACCCAGCAGUGUAUUAAAAUGUCCUUUGAUUGGACAGGAUAUCAUCACUGCACAAAUGUCUGUCUUGGUGGGCAUCAUGUUGCCUCCUUUCCUCUAUCUUAUUUCUCAUCAUUUAUGUUGUUUUUGUUGCUGCCUUUUUGUCACCAUCCAGCUCAGAGGAAGCAGGGUGGGAUGCAAGCAGAGCAAGGGAGGUGGGUUGUGUUACCAUAGCAACAAGCUGACUCACUGGCAGGACUGUACCAUGUCUUGUUUAGCCACAGGGUGUCAGCAGCAGACACAGCCUCUGAGUUAUUUAUGGCCUGAUACCUCCGUGAUUCUGGGAGGACAAGAGACACCCCUAUGUUGGGUAAAUGGGUCCAGCACCAUCAGACACUGGGUUGCUAGUGGAGGAGAAAGAGGAGGGGUGGAGGGUGAUCAUGGCUGCUUUUAAUAGAUUCUGUAAUGGGUGCUGCCCUAUUUGUUUUGCCUUACCCUGUUUCAGCAGGCAUAGUCACAGUCAGUGUAUUGACUCUAUUCUAAGAUUUAGUCAUUUUUAAAGUAUACUAUAUUUCUUUUAAAUGAAAAGGACAUUGCUCAUUUUUUAUUUCCUUGCAUCAUGUGUUCCAAGUGGACCUGUUUAUUGUGCACGUGUCUCUUUUACCAGUACAAUAUUCAUGUGUUUCAGCGUACAUCUUGUAAUGUAAACAAAAGGUACCAUUCGCUGAAGGGAAUCAUUCAAUUAUACUUAGUCCAGUCUGUUUGAAGGAUUGGCUUCUUUGAUUUGUCUAAGAAGCUUAGAUUUGCCCCCACAUAGACACACACAUGAUCUGGGACAAACAUGGGGUCUCAGAGCAAAGACCUUCAUUAAUAAGGCAUAGAUUUGUCUGGGGGCUUCGCCUUGAUGCCCCCUGCUGUUGCUUUGAGGGUAGUGGCUUUAUGCAGCAGUGCAGUGCAGUAUGAUGGUAGUGAUUUACUCAUUCAUGGUUUUAUAAGGGGUAGAACUGUAAAGAUGAUGUUUUUUUAACAUACUAAAGUAUGUUUAUAGUUAUAUUUAAGGAAUAAUUUGAUUACUGUAAGAGUUAUUCUCAGAAACAUGACACAUACAUAUUUUUGAUGAAGCUCUGACCGUGACCUUUUACUCUGGAUUGUAUAAUCUCAUUUUUUUUAUUUAUUAACAGAGGAUCUUUUUCUUUGUCACUAUUGUUAUCAAAUCUUUUCUAAUCAAGGGACCAAUGUUUCUCUAAAUCUCUAUCCUCUCUCUUUUUCUUUCUAUCAUUCACCGUCAUGAACUCACUAACACUCCAAUAAAACACCUUGUCUUAUAUGAUGAGUUAGACACUCAGGGCCUUGUGACUUCUUUUGUGCCCAGUUUGGUUCUUACUUUUAUUUAUCAAAUUAUACCUCUGUAUUUUUUUUUACAUGCCACUUUAAUUUGUUUUUGUUCCAGUGCAUAAAUCUAACUUUGUCCUCCCUUUGUAUAUUUUUGCUUUUUCAGCCACGAGAAUUUUUCAAAUUUUAUAUAAUGUUACAGUAUAUGUUGAAGAUCAUUGUUAUUGUGCUGAACAAAGACUGACACAGACAAAUGGUGAAACAAAAUAUUUUUCAUCAUUAAUAAACUUUAUACAUUUCAUUCACACAAAGUGAGCUGUAUUAAACUUUGUGAACAAAGUUUUUACAAAGUCUAUGAAUCACCACACAAAAUCUCACCCUGUGUCUCUAAGGCAAGGCGGUAAGUAUGCUGGUUUUCUGGACUUCCCAAAGCCAGAGAAAUAUGAUAACCACCAGUCUAACCGACAUCCUUUCUGUCUUGUUUUUCUCUUUCAUGUGUCCCCCUGCCACCUGCUGCUCUUCCUGUUUUCUCCUUGACCUCUGAAAAUGUUUGCCUCUCCAAAAAGGUAAGAAAUAGUUUUCAUGUAUUUUAUUUGCACCAACACCACAGCAGAAAACACCAUUAUUCGUACAAACAACACAAAUAACUGAUAUACAGACAACAAAGGAAUAAAAGUCUGGACCAUAAUGAACUUAAAGGAUUAAAAAAAUACACUUUAAACCUAAGAUUUACAGUAUCCAAAUAUAUCUGUUCACAUAUUUUCCAAAACAUCUAUCAUAAAUCAUGAGUGUUUCUAUUGACAGAAACUUCGCUGGCAACAGAUCAUGUGUGACUGUAUGGAUUACUAGACAACUGCAAAAUGAUAUUGUGUGUUCAUCUAAAAGGUUUGUCACACCAAUAAAGCCUGUUAACCUUAUCUAACGAUAUUUAAGAGGGUUACAUUUUUGGACAACCAUUUUUCAACAGAAUUUUUAAAAAUCAGUUUCCUAUCUCCUCCAUUUCAUUCUUUCUUCUCCAGGGAGCAAAAGUUCAUGGCAUUUAAAGGACACAUUAGAAAAAGACAGCCCUCCCUUCUAACAGGCUUAUAAGGUUUAAGGAAAGAUUUAGCAGGAAAUACCAGCUGCUAAGGUACAUCAUGGCUAAAAGUAGCAAUGUUUUCACCGCCCAUCAUUAUAUUUUGGAUUUUAGCUUGUGUUUACAUACGUCAGACCUCCUACCAGUUGCUAUAGCUCAUCAGUGAGCAUAAAUUUGCAGUCAUUAAAUGAAGUAUCAUGAUGCAGUUGGUCAAAAAAGUGUAACACAAAUAUCAAUACAGAAAACAGGAAGUGUAUGACAAAAAUAACAGCAACAUUUUUGCCUACAUCUUAGUGAUUAGAAGAAGUUUGAUAGAAACAACAAUCAGUAAAACACAAUAUAGAUGAGCAGCAGUUUAGAUGGAAGUCUCCAAAAUGACCAUGUUCUUCACUUAAUAUGUCCAUGAAAUAAUUAGCAAAACCUAAACAUGAGUAGCUUUGAGGAUUUACUGCAGGAUUGUUGUCAGUACUAAAUUUAUUGUAGCUGUUAAUUUAAUUAACUGAACUGUUUUUAUCAGGUAAAAAAAAGAGAGUAUAGAAAAGAAGUUCAUAUAAAACAGAGUAUCACCAAACCCACACAUUGCAGUUUGAAGACAUACCAUGUAAUGCAUUUAGCACAUAAAUAUGCAGUUUAAUGACCAACCCCUAACUAAAGUUAAAUGCAACAUCUUUUCGGUUUUAUUUGAAAAAAUAUAUAAUUUUAUAUAUUUAUAUAUAUUUAAUAUUAUAUAUUAAUACUUAUUUUUAAACCUAAACACCCUACAUGUUCUGCUCUUUUUCAAACCAUGUAGUGCUAGUUAACUUGAUACAGCCCAGGGUACUAGUAUUUGUUACCUUUAUUGGCAUAUUUAUGUCAAAUUACUAGCAUAAGAGAUGAUUACAGUUGUGGUCUUCUUGUCUCCUGCCAAUAAGUUUGACUCUUCUUGUCAACUGAGGUCUGUCUUUGAAGUGUAAAUGUUCCACAAAAUGUUUGUGUGUAAGGUUGCAUGUUUGUUGAUGUGUAUUGAAUCUAUUUAGUGUGUGCCACACCCUUUGUCCUGUGUGAGGUGGCAGAAGUUCCACCUCUCACAAGACAAGUGUGUAUAAAAGAUGGAUGGAUGUGAGCUUUGAUUAAAAAAUGUUUUGAUUACCAAAAAUAUCAGCACUAUAAAUAGUUAUCCAGCUGAACGCAUUCAGAUUUUCCCACUUUGAUGUAAGCACACUAAUUUUAUUAUUAAUUUUUAAUAUUAUCUGACAUUUCUAAAUGCUGCUUUCCUUCAUUAAGAACACUCCACGAGAAUAAUAAUACAUCAAAUAAUACAUCUAAGGUGAAUAUCUGAAUAUUUAAAUUAGCAAGCACAUUUCCAAGCUUAUUUUAGUUUUCUGUUAAUUGUCUGGUUUUAUAAUCAAUAGCAGAUAAAUAACACAUUUGAUGUUCAGAUAAAUCAAAUAGUUCUAAUCAGGGCAACAUGUUCCCGGGCUUAAUAUAUUAUUUCGCCAUUCAUAUUCAUUAGUUUCAUAACCUGCAGCAGUGUAAUUUAUUUCGGAGUACCUUGCAGAUGAUUUGCUGUAUUUAUUUCUGUGUUUAGUGAGAAAUACUGAGAGGAGGUAAACGGUCAUAUUCAUGGUUGUUUGUUUUCUUCCUUGAGAGCAUGGGAGGCCGUGUGCCUCUACAGCAACAUGCUGCAGCAGCAGCAGUUAGCCGCCUGUGUGGCGCUGUCCACUAUUGUGGUGCUGAAAACAACUCUGCGCUCCCCGUCCCUCUCGCUCUCCCUGACACUGCCUCUAUAUCUCCCUCUGCCGCCCACUUCUAUUUAAACCAGAUCACUGUUGUAAAUACUUACUCCUUUAACUGUCCCUGUCCCUAUAUUUAAAAUAUAUACUGUACAUAUAUAUACAAGCCAAUGACAAUUCCAUAUUAAUCUGUAUGUAUUAUAAGCUUUGAUCCGUUUAGAGUGUUAUCUUAAGAUUUCCUUUCAAACCCUGGUUUAAUGAAAAAUAUGCUUUUUGUCAGCAUGUUGUCAAUAAGGGAGAUAUUGAAUGAUUGCGGUGCGUGUAUUCAACAAUGUUCUAAUCGUGAGUGAAGUGCUGACCAAAUCAAUGACGAACCAUAAUGUACAUAUUCUACUCAUGACGUUUAACAUUUAAUAACAAUAUAAUGUGUUAUAGUGUGGGUUAAUAAAGGUGUGCUUAUUUGCAUGAGAGAGAGAGAGAGAGAGAGAGAGAGAGAGAGAGAGAGAGAGAGAGAGAGAGAGAGAGAGAAUUAGAGCAAACGCCUUCCUACACCAUCUGCGCUCCCCCUCCCCUUUUCAUUUGCUCUACAGACCUCCAUACGGGUAUUUGACGUUGUCUGCUGACGGAAUUAUUUCUCCACGGCUUGUUGGGAGCCGUGAAAACGUAAUGACGUAUAGAGGCUGCAUUUGCUUUCUCUGACCACAGGAAGGCAAUGAAGAGCCUUGUCGGUCACUGUAGUCUGUGCAUGCAUCCCUGUGCAUGCAAGCAGGAGGACAGAUGAAUAGACACAAAGCAUUAUGUUAUUGAUCAUGAGUUGAUCAUUAUAUGAUGAUUAAAUAAUGAUAAAACACUGCUUCAUUAUACAAAGCUUUUAUCCGUAUUUUUUGUUAUUUUGUAUAUUUUUAAACCCUUCAAAUAUUCUUCAUAUAUACACAUUUUUUAAGUCAUGCACGGUCUGUUGAAUGAUUAUUUACACCAGUAUCAUAUGUAUGAAUAUUAUGAUAUUUUCAUAUGAUAGGCUACUAUCACAAUAACCUGUUUUUUUUUCUGUGAAUCUCACUUGUGCGUCACUGUUUGCUGAUGCUUUACUAUUGGUUAGAACAGCUUGAGGCUGUCCACCAAUGAAAUCCAGAGCUGUACAAAGAGAUCUACUCCGUCUCAUCGAGUAGCUUCGGCGUCGUAACCACUACAAUGUUCUGCAGAGGAGGAGAGGGAUGCAUAUGCAGACACAAAGCAUGACACUGUCAUGUAUGAGGACGCAUCUACAUUGGAUCAUAGACCUUCCAUUCUUACUCUGAUAAGAAAUUGGGAUUGGAGUAAAAAGACAUGGGAUUUAAGGAAGGAGGAAUAAUGCGGAACAAAUUGGCUGCAUGGCAGGUGUUUCUAUGGUGGCAUCAUUUCUUUCUCUUGUGGACUACAAUAGACGGACAGACUCGUUACAGCAUCCCGGAAGAGCUGAAACAGGGCUCUGUGGUAGGAAAUCUAGCCAAGGAUCUGGGGUUGGUUGUAUCGGAGCUGUAUAGACGUAAGUUGCGGAUUACCUCGGAAUCUGGUAAGCAGUACUUCAGCAUAGACUUGGGGAAGGGAGAACUGGUUGUUGUAGACAGGAUUGAUAGGGAGGAACUGUGUGGACAAAGACCCUCAUGUUUGCUGCCUUUGGAACUAGUAAUAGAUAACCCUCUUCAGCUUCAUAGAGUCGAAAUUGAAAUCCUGGAUACAAACGAUAACUCUCCUAGUUUUCUUUCGAAAGAGAAGGUGGUGAAAAUUGCAGAGCUGGUAAAUCCAGGGGCACGAUUUCCUUUGGAAAGUGCACAGGAUCCAGAUGUUGGUGUUAAUUCUGUGCGCUCUUACCUCAUAAGCAAAAAUGAAAACUUCAAACUGAUGAUUAAAAACCACAAAGACGGCAGGAAAAUCCCAGAACUGGUCCUUGAAAAGCCCCUUGAUCGAGAAAAGCUGCCUGUGCAUACUCUUAUACUCACUGCUGUAGAUGGUGGGGAUCCGGCGCGCUCAGGAACAUCUGAAAUUAAAAUCAUAGUACUUGACAACAAUGACAAUGCUCCACAGUUUGAGAAACAAGUAUACGACGCUAAUGUUAGCGAAAAUGCAACACCUGGAACCGAAGUCUUGCAUGUUAAAGCCACAGAUGCAGACGAAGGGCCGAACGGAGAAGUCGAAUAUUUUUUUGCAGAGCAAACUUCUGAUUUGAUUUUGUCAUUAUUCGACAUUGUACCUACCACUGGAGCUGUUGUUAUUAAAGGACUCUUAGAUCGUGAAACUAACCCCUUACAUAGAUUUGACGUAACAGCUAAAGACAAAGGCAAUCCUGAAAUGGAUGGACACUGCGGCGUCGAAAUUAAGGUGAAUGACAUAAAUGACAAUGUUCCUGAGAUAAUUGUGACAUCUUUAACAACGCCUGUUCCUGAGGAUUCUGCCGUAGGUACAGUUGUUGCAUUGAUAAGUGCGAAGGAUCCAGACUCGGGUGACAAUGGAAGGGUAAUGUUAAACUUGUCUUCAAAAUCCCCCUUUAGAUUAAAACCAUCAGUCUCUAACCAUUAUUCAUUAGUGACCAACGGGCCCCUAGACCGUGAGAAAAAUGACCAAUACAGUGUAAAAAUUACUGCUACAGAUUCUGGAAAACCUCCUUUAUCAAGUGAAAAAACAAUAGUUGUGAAACUGUUAGAUGUCAAUGACAACCCACCAGUUUUCUCCCAAACUUCUUAUGCUAUUCAUGUUAAAGAAAAUCAUGCCCCUGGAAUGAUUCUGUGUUCAGUAUCAGCAUCUGAUCCUGAUUUAGGCGAAAACGCUAAAAUCUCAUACUCUAUACUGGACUCUAAAGUUCAGGACGUGUCUGUGUCCUCUUAUGUUUACAUCAACUCAGAUAAUGGCAGCAUCUACAGCAUGCACUCGUUUGACUAUGAGAAACUGAAGGUGUUUCAGAUUCAGGUUCAGGCGAAGGACCAGGGCUCUCCGUCUCUCAGCAGCAACGCCACUGUCCAUGUUUUUAUCCUGGACCAGAACGACAAUGCCCCCGCUGUUAUUUACCCCUCCUCGGCUGCCCUGGGCUCCCUCUCUCAUCAGAGGAUGCCUCGUUCCGCAAAAGCGGGUCACCUGGUUACUAAGGUGACGGCCGUGGACGCAGACUCGGGUCAUAACGCGUGGAUCUCGUACAAAUUAGCAGAGGCCACAGACGCCUCUCUGUUCACUGUCAAUCUGUACACAGGAGAGGUGAGGACUAAACGCGCUGUGUCCGAGCAGGACGACUCAUCUCAGAGACUGCUCAUAGAGAUUAAGGACGACGGGGAACCGGUCCAGUCCUCCACCGUCACGGUGUCUAUCCUGCUGGAGGACGGCCUCCAUGAGCCCAUCUUAGACCUGCGACAUAAAGCGGCCGAGCCCAGCAAGAAAAACGGCAGAAUCACCCUUUAUUUGAUCCUCUCUCUGGCCUCGGUGUCCGUGCUGUCUCUGGUGACUUUUCUCAUCUUAGCGGUCAAAUGCAUGAGGAACAGCAGAAGCAGCGCGAGUUGCUGCUCCAGACGGAGCGACUGUGACGAUUACAAGAACCCCAACAGAAACCUGCAGAUUCAGCUCAACACUGAUGGACCUAUAAAGUACGUGGAGGUCCUGGGAGGAGACAUGUUGUCUCAGAGUCAGUCCUUCAGGUCCUGUAUGUCCCCCAUGUCAGAGUACAGUGAUUUCACUCUGAUUAAACCCAGCAGCACCACUGACUUUAAGGAGGUCAUCAGUGUCCUGGAUGCGUCUUUACCCGACAGUACCUGGACAUUUGAGAGCCAGCAGGUGAGCACAAAGUGAUCGUUAAACUUUGAUAUCAAUUGGGGGGGAUAUCUAUCUAUCUAUCUAUCUAUCUAUCUAUCUAUCUAUCUAUCUAUCUAUCUAUCUAUCUAUCUAUCUAUCUAUCUAUCUAUCUAUCUAUCUAUCUAUCUAUCUAUCUAUCUAUCUAUCUAUCUAUCUAUCUAUCUAUCUAUCUAUCUAUCUAUCAUCAUUUUUUUAGUGUUUCAGUGGGUCAGACUGAACUUACUACCUAAAAAAUGUAUUGAUUUCAUCCUCAUAACCCCACACUCCACCACUUUUAAAACCAUUCCUCAAAAUUGAAAUACAGUAGACAGCAACUUUUAGGUGAAUGUAGGUGCUUUAAUGCCCCUGUUCAAAGUUGAGGAGGGUUUUAGUCCCUUAUAGUAAUGAUCUCUUAAGUCACCUCUCUUCCUAACCUUGUUUUAAGUUUUCAAUAAAAAGGGGAGCUCUCAGUGUGGUAUCCAUGAAAGUUGCCAAGUGUUCUUGUAUUAGUCUUGUUUCUCUACCAUCCUUUUCAGCUUUACACUUUUCAUGUCAAAGGGUGUAUAUUUUGGCAGAAGGCUUCUACUGCUAAGAUCGCCCGUAGUGUUAACACCCCCUUUGUCUCAUAAGGAAUUUCUAGUGAUGACAGUAAACGUGUACAAUAUGAAUGGAUGUUGCCGCUUUAAGAGUGUCGAUUAUCCCCCUCCUCACUGGAUGAUGCACAGUGAAGCUAUCAUCCAAUAGGAAUCAGAACUGUACAAAGAAAUCUUGUCCCUGCCCCCAUGCAGCCUUGCGCUUUACCACGUAGAAAACGAGGAGACAGGAGAGAGAGGCAACAAUGAGCUACCGUUUUAUACUGUUGGGAAUUUAAUAAUUAUAGCAACGAUCAUGUGCGUUGUAUUUAGAAAUUUGGUUUUGGAAUAACAUCUGCAGCUAUGGAUUUUACGGCUGUUCAUUGCAUGAUGUCGAUUGGAAUAGAUGUAUCCUAGAGGACCGAGGAUGACAAAGACAAUAGGAUACCGAGACUGGAGAUGGCAGGCGCUUUGGUGGCUUUAUUUCUUUCUCUUGUGGACUACAAUAGACGGACAGACUCGUUACAGCAUCCCAGAGGAACUAAAACCAGGCUCUGUGGUUGGAAAUCUAGCCAAAGAUCUGGGUUUGGGACUGUCGGAGAUAUUUGAGCGUAAGCUCCGUGUCGCCUCUGAGGGUGAAAAGCAGUAUUUCAGUGUGGAUGCGGGGAAGGGCGAGCUGGUGGUGAAUGACAGAAUAGACAGAGAGGCUUUAUGUGGAAAGAGCACUAGCUGUGUUUUACCUCUGCAGGUCGUCAUCGAGGACCCUUUACAACUUUUUCGUGUUGAGGUAGAAUUUCAAGACAUUAAUGAUAAUGCGCCUAAAUUUCCGUCUAAUGAUAUUACACUGGAGGUUGCAGAAUCUUUGGCUAUCGGGACAAGUUUUUCGUUGGAAAGCGCCACAGACCCAGAUGUUGGGAGUAAUUCAGUGAAAUCAUACAUCCUGAGUAAAGAUGAAUGCUUUAAUGUUAGAGUGAAAGAGGUAGCCGGUGGAAGAAAAGUUCCUGAAUUGAUUUUAGCAAAAACUUUGGAUCGAGAGAAAAAGGCUGUCCAUAAGCUUUUGCUGACAGCUCUAGAUGGUGGUAAUCCUGUAAGAUCAGGGACAGCUCAGUUAUCUAUCACAGUCAUUGACACGAACGAUAACGUCCCAGUCUUUGAAAAGAAGAUGUAUAAAGUAUCCAUUAGUGAAAAUGCUGCAAAGGGAGCACUAAUAGUACAAACUAAAGCGACAGACAUGGACGAAGGGCAAAACGGGGAGAUAGAAUAUUCAUUUGGAGCUCACACAUCAGAUGCUGCUCUCGCUGUUUUCACCAUUGAGCAAAGAUCAGGAACAAUAUUUCUGAAAGACGAUCUAGAUUUUGAAAGGACUACAAAUUAUGAAUUGGAAAUUAGUGCAAAAGAUAAAGGCAGUCCGAGAAUGGAGGGACGUUGCACUGUGCAUGUUGAAGUUUUAGACGUUAAUGAUAAUGUCCCAGAAAUAACACUAACCUCUCGUCCGAAGUUAGUACGGGAAGACUCACCAAAUGGGACCGUGGUGGCUUUGCUCAGUGCACGAGAUCUUGACGCAGGCAUUAACGGUAAAGUAAUCUUGCAGCUAUCAAAGCAAUCUCCAUUUGCCUUAAAACCAUCAUUUUCCCAUAAUUAUGCACUUAUUACGAGUGGCGUAUUAGAUCGUGAAAACGUAUCUGAAUAUAAUAUUGAGAUAACAGCCACUGAUUCAGGGUCUCCUCCUCUGUCCAGUAAGAAAACUAUACCUGUCAGUAUCACUGAUGUGAAUGAUAACCCUCCUGUCUUCACUCAGUCCUCAUAUACUGUGUAUUUAAAAGAGAAUGGAGUACCAGGCUCGAUACUGUUCUCAGUAUCAGCAUCUGACCUGGAUUUUGGUGAUAACGCUAAAAUCUCUUACUCUAUACUGGACUCUAAAGUUCAGGACGUGUCAGUGUCCUCGUAUGUUUACAUCAACUCAGAUAAUGGCAGCAUCUACAGCAUGCACUCGUUUGACUAUGAGAAACUGAAGGUGUUUCAGAUUCAGGUUCAAGCGAAGGACCAGGGCUCUCCGUCUCUCAGCAGCAACGCCACUGUCCAUGUUUUUAUCCUGGACCAGAACGACAAUGCCCCCGCUGUUAUUUACCCCUCCUCGGCUGCCCUGGGCUCCCUCUCUCAUCAGAGGAUGCCUCGUUCCGCGAAAGCGGGUCACCUGGUUACGAAGGUGACGGCCGUGGACGCUGACUCGGGCCAUAACGCGUGGAUCUCGUACAAAUUAGCAGAGGCCACAGACGCCUCUCUGUUCACUGUCAAUCUGUACACAGGAGAGGUGAGGACUAAACGCGCUGUGUCCGAGCAGGACGACUCCUCUCAGAGACUGCUCAUAGAGAUUAAGGACGACGGGGAACCGGUCCAGUCCUCCACCGUCACGGUGUCUAUCCUGCUGGAGGACGGCCUCCAUGAGCCCAUCUUAGACCUGCGACAUAAAGUGGUCGAGCCCAGCAAGAAAAACGGCAGAAUCACCCUUUAUUUGAUCCUCUCUCUGGCCUCGGUGUCCGUGCUGUCUCUGGUGACUUUUCUCAUCUUAGCGGUCAAAUGCAUGAGGAACAGCAGAAGCAGCGCGAGUUGCUGCUCCAGACGGAGCGACUGUGACGAUUACAAGAACCCCAACAGAAACCUGCAGAUUCAGCUCAACACUGAUGGACCUAUAAAGUACGUGGAGGUCCUGGGAGGAGACAUGUUGUCUCAGAGUCAGUCCUUCAGGUCCUGUAUGUCCCCCAUGUCAGAGUACAGUGAUUUCACUCUGAUUAAACCCAGCAGCACCACUGACUUUAAGGAGGUCAUCAGUGUCCUGGAUGCGUCUUUACCCGACAGUACCUGGACCUUUGAGAGCCAGCAGGUGAGCACCAAAUGAUCGUUAAAGUUUGAUAUCAGUGGGGGGAAACUAUCACCCGAAUUCUUAUCAUGUAGCACAGGUUUAUAAUAAAUCUCUCUCUCUCUCUCUCUCUCUCUCUCUCUCUCUCUCUCUCUCUCUCUCUCUCUCUCUCUCUCUCUCUCUCUCUCUCUCUCGGGCUUCCUCUCUAAGAAGUGGCUGGAUCUUUACUUCUCAAAGCUCUGCAUCAACAUUUGUCUAUACUUUUCUCUGUUUCUGUGUCUGUAGUUUAACUAGAUUUGUCAGGACAGAAAAUUAUCUGUAUUAUCUGUGAACGGGGAGAGUUAAAAUAGUUGUUUUGUAGCCACGUGUAUGCUUUUGCUUUAACAUCUGAACGGUUUCACAAUUCAGCACCACAAAGCUGGACAGCGACAAUGAGACCCAGAUCAUAAGUAGAUGAUUUCUAAAGACUCCUUUUUAAAUGAAUAUAAAUGUUGCAAUUUAAUGUACUGUGCAAGCUGUGCACAAGCUAACAGCAGUGUAUGGUAUUCAUAGUGAAUUAGCGUUUCCAGCAACCAUCUAAGAUGAGAACUCACAGAGAGAAUAGAUGCUGCUACUUUAAGAGUGUCGAUCAGUCCUCCUCUCAUUGGAUGGUGGGUAGGAUGCUGUGCACCAAUAGGAAUCAGAACUGUACAAAGCAAUCUUGUCCCUGCCCCCAUGCAGCCUCACUGCUUAUAGCACAAGUACUGACGGACUGAAGGAGAGAGACCGCUGAAGCUCGUAUUUUUUUCAUUUAGAUAUAUUAAUUUUACCCAUAAAACCAUGCAACUAUGUGGUGGCAAUCUUUCUUUGAGGGUGACUCCGACUCUCUUGGAUUUCAACAAUAAUUUUAAAAGGAUCCCUAUUGGAAUAAAUGUUUUGUAGCGGACCGAGGAUGACAAAGACAAUAGGAUACAGAGACUGGAGAUGGCAGGCGCUUUGGUGGCUUCACUUCUUCCUCUUGUGGACUACAAUAGACGGACAGACUCGUUACAGCAUCCCAGAGGAACUAAAACAGGGCUCUGUGGUUGGAAAUCUGGCUAAAGAUCUUGGUUUGGGAUUAUCAGACAUUUUUGAUCGUAAACUGCGUGUCGCCUCUGAGGCUGGUAAGCAGUAUUUCAGUGUGGAUGUGGGGAAGGGCGAGCUGGUGGUGAAUGACAGAAUAGACAGAGAGGCUUUAUGUGGAAAGAGCAACACCUGUGUUCUCCCUCUUCAAGUGGUCAUCGAAAACCCGUUACAAUCUCAUCGUGUUGAGGUGGAAAUAAGAGACAUAAAUGACAAUUCCCCUAGUUUUGUAACACAGGAAAUUCAUCUUAAAAUACCAGAAUCCGUGGCACUUGGUACCCGUUUUCCCUUAGAAAGCGCAGAGGAUCCAGAUGUUGGAGUCAAUGCUUUAAAAACGUAUUCUCUAAGCAAAAACGAUUAUUUUUCUCUGAAAUUUAAGGAAACAAAAAACAGCAAAGCUGUCCCAGAAUUAGUUUUGGAAAAGCCAUUAGACAGGGAAAAGGUUGCCUCCCAUCAACUGCUGCUAACAGCUUUAGAUGGGGGAAACCCUGUUAAAUCGGGAACAUGUAAAAUUAUUAUCACUGUCAUUGAUAUCAACGACAAUUUUCCAGUAUUUAAUGAAAACGAGUACAAAGUUUCUCUGAAGGAAAACAGCACCAAAGGAACCCCUGUAAUCAAACUUUCAGCUACAGAUGCCGAUGAGGGUCUUAAUGGUGAAGUUAAAUAUUAUUUUGGGUCUCGUACUCCAGACUUUGUGUUAUCAACAUUUGAAAUAAAUGAAAUGACAGGAGAGUUCAUUUUAAAGGGAGCUUUAGAUUAUGAGAGUAAUCAAUCCUUCCUGAUUGACAUAACUGGAAAAGACAAAGGCACUCCCGAGAUGGAGGGACACUGUCGAGUUCACUUAGAAGUAGAGGACAUAAAUGAUAAUGCGCCAGAAAUUGUGGUUACUUCCAAACCCAGUGCUGUACCUGAAGAUGCUCCAAGUGGCACCGUGGUGGCUCUGAUCAGUGCACGAGACCUUGAUUCUGGUGAUAAUGGUAAAGUAACCUUACAGCUCCCCAAAGGUUCUCCCUUUACACUUAGGCCAUCUUUUUCUAACAAUUACGAACUGCUUACAAGAGGUCCUUUAGACAGAGAAAGUUUCCCUGAAUAUAAUAUUGAGAUAACAGCCACUGAUUCAGGGUCUGCUCCUCUGUCCAGUAAGAAAACUAUACCUGUCAGUAUCACUGAUGUGAAUGAUAACCCUCCUGUCUUCACUCAGUCCUCCUAUACUGUGUAUUUAAAAGAGAAUGGAGUACCAGGCUCGAUACUGUUCUCAGUAUCAGCAUCUGACCUGGAUUUUGGUGAUAAUGCUAAAAUCUCUUACUCUAUACUGGACUCUAAAGUUCAGGACGUGUCGGUGUCCUCUUAUGUUUACAUCAACUCAGAUAAUGGCAGCAUCUACAGCAUGCACUCGUUUGACUAUGAGAAACUGAAGGUGUUUCAGAUUCAGGUUCAAGCGAAGGACCAGGGCUCUCCGUCUCUCAGCAGCAACGCCACUGUCCAUGUUUUUAUCCUGGACCAGAACGACAAUGCCCCCGCUGUUAUUUACCCCUCCUCGGCUGCCCUGGGCUCCCUCUCUCAUCAGAGGAUGCCUCGCUUUGCAAAAGCGGGUCACCUGGUUACGAAGGUGACGGCCGUGGACGCUGACUCGGGCCAUAACGCGUGGAUCUCGUACAAAUUAGCAGAGGCCACAGACGCCUCUCUGUUCACUGUCAAUCUGUACACAGGAGAGGUGAGGACUAAACGCGCUGUGUCCGAGCAGGACGACUCCUCUCAGAGACUGCUCAUAGAGAUUAAGGACGACGGGGAACCGGUCCAGUCCUCCACCGUCACGGUGUCUAUCCUGCUGGAGGACGGCCUCCAUGAGCCCAUCUUAGACCUGCGACAUAAAGCGGCCGAGCCCAGCAAGAAAAACGGCAGAAUCACCCUUUAUUUGAUCCUCUCUCUGGCCUCGGUGUCCGUGCUGUCUCUGGUGACUUUUCUCAUCUUAGCGGUCAAAUGCAUCAGGAACAGCAGAAGCAGCGCGAGUUGCUGCUCCAGACGGAGCGACUGUGACGAUUACAAGAACCCCAACAGAAACCUGCAGAUUCAGCUCAACACUGAUGGACCUAUAAAGUACGUGGAGGUCCUGGGAGGAGACAUGUUGUCUCAGAGUCAGUCCUUCAGGUCCUGUAUGUCCCCCAUGUCAGAGUACAGUGAUUUCACUCUGAUUAAACCCAGCAGCACCACUGACUUUAAGGAGGUCAUCAGUGUCCUGGAUGCGUCUUUACCCGACAGCACCUGGACCUUUGAGAGUCAGCAGGUGAGCACAAAGUGACCGUUAAACCUUGAUUUCAAUGGGGGGAAACAAUCAGCAGAUACUUUAUAUUCAGAACAGGUUUAAAUUUCCCAUUGUUUUUCCUAUCUAUCUAUCUAUCUAUCUAUCUAUCUAUCUAUCUAUCUAUCUAGCUAUCUGUCUAUCUGUCUGUCUGUCUGUCUGUCUGUCUGUCUGUCUGUCUGUCUGUCUGUCUGACUGUCCAAUCACUGAGAUUUUUGGGGUUGUUUCCUUCUUUUAAUUUCCUGUUCUUAAAAACAGUUUUCCUGUAACUUUCGAGUCUCAAUCCUUUUGUUUAUGCAGGUCUUUGUAUUUUCAUCACCUAAAUUUGCACUUUCUAUUUUAAAAAUUGAAUUACAAAUUCAGGAAAUAUGUCAAAUUUGAACUGAUUGUUGGCAAAGGCUGUUAAAUAGUCGUCUUGGAGGCAUGUGUAUUUUUUUGUACCACUAUCACCUCGAGACAAUUUACCACCACGGUAGCUUACAGUGACUAUAAAAAGAAGCCAUGAUUUUAGGUUGUAUAACCCGAAUCACUUGAAUCUGUAGAGGUUUUUUCCACCUUAGAAAGCAAUCACAUAUUUAUACUUUUGUAGUCCAAAUCACUUCACUGAAUCAUUUUACAAAUUUAUUUAAGAAAAACUUGCUUUCUGGCUUUUUAAAAUGUUUAAUGUUUGGCAAGGACUCGCCUUUUAAAUUUUUUAAGUCUCUGAUCCUCACUAAUAUACAUUGCAAUAACAUGGAGGCUUCACUGAUAUAAAACUGCUGUCGCUUUAAGAGUGUCGAUUAGCUCUCCUCUCAUUGGCUCGUAGAGGCUGAAGUUGUCCUCCAAUAGGAAUCAGAACUGUACAAAGCAAUCUUGUCCCUGCCCCCAUGCAGCAUCACUGGCAUCACACGUAAGAUAGAAUGAGGAGGGAGAGAGAUCACAAUGAGCUCGUAUUUGAUAGCUUGGAAUUCUUAAAAAUCCCUGCAACAACCAUGUGCAGUGAUUUUGUAAGAUUUGGUUUGGAGUAACAUCUGCAGCUAUGGAUUUUCUACAUUUUCUUCAAAUGGUGUUGAUUGGAAUAGAUGUGUUGUAGCGGACCCGGGAUGACAAAGACAAUAGGAUACCGAGACUGGAGAUGGCAGGCGCUUUGGUGGCUUCAUUUCUUUCUCUUGUGGACUACAAUAGACGGACAGACUCGUUACAGCAUAUCCGAGGAACUCCAACAGGGCUCUGUGGUUGGAAAUCUAGCUAAAGAUCUUGGUUUGGGAUUAUCAGACAUUUUUGAGCGUAAACUGCGUGUCGCCUCUGAGGCUGGUAAGCAGUAUUUCAGUGUGGAUGCGGGGAAGGGCGAGCUGGUGGUGAAUGACAGAAUAGACAGAGAGGCUUUAUGUGGAAAGAGCAACACCUGUGUUCUCCCUCUUCAAGUGGUCAUCGAAAACCCGUUACAAUCUCACCGAGUUGAGGUGGAAAUAAGAGACAUAAAUGACAAUUCGCCUCGUUUUAUAACACAGGAAAUUCAUCUUAAAAUACCAGAAUCAGCGGCACUUGGCAAACGCUUUACUUUGGUAAGCGCAGAGGAUCCAGAUGUUGGAGGCAAUGCUUUGAAAACGUACUCUUUAAGCAAAAACGAUUAUUUUUCUCUGAAAUUCAAAGAGACAAAGAACAGCAAAGCUGUCCCAGAAUUAGUUUUGGAAAAGUCAUUAGACAGGGAAAAGGUUGCCUCCCAUCAACUGCUGCUAACGGCGAUAGAUGGGGGAAACCCUGUUAAAUCGGGAACAUGUACAAUUAUUAUCACUGUCCUUGACAUCAACGACAAUUUUCCAGUAUUUAAUGAAAACGAGUACAAAGUUUCUCUGAAGGAAAACAGCACCAAAGGAACCCCUGUAAUCAAACUUUCAGCUACAGAUGCCGAUGAGGGUCUUAAUGGUGAAGUUAGAUAUUCUUUUGGGUCUCGUACUCCAGACUUUGUGUUAUCAACAUUUGAAAUAAAUGAAAUGACAGGAGAGAUCAAUUUAAAGGGAGCCUUAGAUUAUGAGAAUUAUCAAUCUUACCUGAUUGACAUAACCGCAAAAGACAAAGGCAGUCCCGAGAUGGAAGGUGAUUGCCGUGUUCACCUAGAAGUAGAGGACAUAAAUGAUAAUUCGCCAGAAAUUAUGGUUACUUCCAAACCCAGUGCUGUACCUGAGGAUGCUCCAAGUGGCACCGUGGUGGCUCUGAUCAGUGCACGAGACCUUGAUUCUGGUGAUAAUGGUAAAGUAACCUUAAAGCUCCCUAAAGGUUCUCCCUUUACACUGAAGCCAUCUUUUUCUAACAAUUACGAACUGCUUACAAGGGGUCCUUUAGACAGAGAAAGUUUCCCUGAAUAUAAUAUUGAGAUAACAGCCACUGAUUCAGGGUCUCCUCCUUUGUCCAGUAAGAAAACUGUACCUGUCAGUAUCACUGAUGUGAAUGAUAACCCUCCUGUCUUCACUCAGUCCUCCUAUACUGUGUAUUUAAAAGAGAAUGGAGUACCAGGCUCGAUACUGUACUCAGUAUCAGCAUCUGACCUGGAUUUUGGUGAUAACGCUAAAAUCUCUUACUCUAUACUGGACUCUAAAGUUCAGGACGUGUCUGUGUCCUCUUAUGUUUACAUCAACUCAGAUAAUGGCAGCAUCUACAGCAUGCACUCGUUUGACUAUGAGAAACUGAAGGUGUUUCAGAUUCAGGUUCAGGCGAAGGACCAGGGCUCUCCGUCUCUCAGCAGCAACGCCACUGUCCAUGUUUUUAUCCUGGACCAGAACGACAAUGCCCCCGCUGUUAUUUACCCCUCCUCGGCUGCCCUGGGCUCCCUCUCUCAUCAGAGGAUGCCUCGUUCCGCAAAAGCGGGUCACCUGGUUACGAAGGUGACGGCCGUGGACGCAGACUCGGGUCAUAACGCGUGGAUCUCGUACAAGUUAGCAGAGGCCACAGACGCCUCUCUGUUCACUGUCAAUCUGUACACAGGAGAGGUGAGGACUAAACGCGCUGUGUCCGAGCAGGACGACUCCUCUCAGAGACUGCUCAUAGAGAUUAAGGACGACGGGGAACCGGUCCAGUCCUCCACCGUCACGGUGUCUAUCUUGCUGGAGGACGGCCUCCAUGAGCCCAUCUUAGACCUGCGACAUAAAGCGGCCGAGCCCAGCAAGAAAAACGGCAGAAUCACCCUUUAUUUGAUCCUCUCUCUGGCCUCGGUGUCCGUGCUGUCUCUGGUGACUUUUCUCAUCUUAGCGGUCAAAUGCAUCAGGAACAGCAGAAGCAGCGCGAGUUGCUGCUCCAGACGGAGCGACUGUGACGAUUACAAGAACCCCAACAGAAACCUGCAGAUUCAGCUCAACACUGAUGGACCUAUAAAGUACGUGGAGGUCCUGGGAGGAGACAUGUUGUCUCAGAGUCAGUCCUUCAGGUCCUGUAUGUCCCCCAUGUCAGAGUACAGUGAUUUCACUCUGAUUAAACCCAGCAGCACCACUGACUUUAAGGAGGUCAUCAGUGUCCUGGAUGCGUCUUUACCCGACAGUACCUGGACCUUUGAGAGCCAGCAGGUGAGCACAGAACGAUCGUUAAACUUUGAAAUCAAUGGGGGGAAACAAUCAGCAGAUACUUAUCAUGUAGCACAGUUUUAAAUUUACAAUUUUUUGUAUGAAAAUCUAUCUAUCUAUCUAUCUAUCUAUAUAUCUAUCUAUCGAUCUAUCUCUAUCCGUCUGUCUGUCUGUCUGUCCAAUCUCUGAAAUUAUUGCGGUUGUUUCCUUAUUUUUUAAUUUCCUGUACGUUAAAAACAGUUUUCCUGUGGCUUCUGACUCACAACCUGUUUGUUUAUUUAGGUCCUUUGUAUUUUCGUCACCUAAAUUUGUAUAUCCUAUUUCAAAAAUUGAAUUACAAAUUCAGGAAAUAUAUCAAAUUUGAACUGAUUGUUGGAAAAGGCUGUUAAAUAGUCGUCUUGGAGGCAUGUGUAUUUUUUUUAUGUACCACUAUCACAUCGAGACAAUUUACCACCACGGUAGCUUACAGUGACUAUAAAAAGAAGCCGUGAUUUUAGGCUGUAUAACCAGAUUCACUUGAAUCUGUAGAGGUUUUUUCCACCAUAGAAAGCAAUCACAUAUUUAUACUUUCGUAGUGCAAAUCACUUGACUGAAUCAUUUUACAUCUUUAUUUAACAAAAACUUUCUUUCUGGCUUUUUGGUAUGUUUAAUGUUUGGCAGGGACUCGCCUUUUUAAUUUUUAAAGUCUCUGAUCCUCACUAAUAUUCAUUGCAAUUACAUGGAAGCUUCACUGAUCUAAAAAUGCUGCCGCUUUAAGAGUGUCGAUUAGCUCUCCUCUCAUUGGCUGGUAGAGGCUGAAGUUGUCCUCCAAUAGGAAUCAGAACUGUACAAAGCAAUCUUGUCCCUGCCCCCAUGCAGUAUCACUGCCAUCACACGUAAGAUAGAAUGAGGAGGGAGAGAGAUCACAAUGAGCUCGUAUUUGAUAGCUUGGAAUUCUUAAAAAUCCCUGCCACAACCAUGUGCAGUGAUUUUGUAAGAUUUGGUUUGGAGUAACAUCUGCAGCUAUGGAUUUUCUACAUUUUCUUCAAAUGGUGUUGAUUGGAAUAGAUGUGUUGUAGCGGACCCGGGAUGACAAAGACAAUAGGAUACCGAGACUGGAGAUGGCAGGCGCUUUGGUGGCUUCAUUUCUUUCUCUUGUGGACUACAAUAGACGGACAGACUCGUUACAGCAUAUCCGAGGAACUCCAACAGGGCUCUGUGGUUGGAAAUCUAGCCAAAGAUCUUGGUUUGGGAUUAUCAGACAUUUUUGAGCGUAAACUGCGUGUCGCCUCUGAGGCUGGUAAGCAGUAUUUCAGUGUGGAUGUGGGGAAGGGCGAGCUGGUGGUGAAUGACAGAAUAGACAGAGAGGCUUUAUGUGGACUAAGCAACACCUGUGUUCUCCCUCUGCAAGUGGUCAUCGAAAACCCGUUACAAUCUCAUCGUGUUGAGGUGGAAGUAAGAGACAUAAAUGACAAUUCCCCUAGUUUUGUUACACAGGAAAUUCAUCUUAAAAUACCAGAAUUAGCGGCACUUGGCAGACGUUUUCCUUUGGAAAGCGCACAUGAUCCAGAUGUUGGAGUCAAUGCUUUGAAAACGUACUCGUUAAGCAAAAACGAUUAUUUUUCUCUGAAAUUUAAAGAAACAAAAAACAGCAAAGCUGUCCCAGAAUUAGUUUUGGAAAAGUCACUUGACAGGGAAAAGGUUGCCUCCCAUCAACUGCUGCUAACGGCCUUAGAUGGGGGAAACCCUGUUAAAUCGGGAACAUGUAAAAUUAUAAUAACUGUCAUUGAUAUCAACGACAAUUUCCCAGUAUUUAAUGAAAACGAGUACAAAGUUUCUCUGAAGGAAAACAGCACCAAAGGAACCCCUGUAAUCAAACUUUCAGCUACAGAUGCCGAUGAGGGUCUUAAUGGUGAAGUUAAAUAUUCUUUCGGGUCUCGUACUCCAGACUUUGUGUUAUCAACAUUUGAAAUAAAUGAAAUGACAGGAGAAAUCAUUUUAAAGGGAGCCUUAGAUUACGAGAAUUAUCAAUCUUACCUGAUCGAUAUAACCGCAAAAGACAAAGGCAGUCCCGAAAUGGAUGGUGAUUGCCGUGUUCAUUUGGAAGUAGAGGACGUAAAUGAUAAUGCGCCGGAAAUUGUGGUUACUUCCAAACCCAGUGCUGUACCUGAAGAUGCUCCAAGUGGCACCGUGGUGGCUCUGAUCAGUACACGAGACCUUGAUUCCGGUGAUAAUGGUAAAGUAACCUUAAAGCUCCCUAAAGGUUCUCCCUUUACACUGAAGCCAUCUUUUUCUAACAAUUACGAACUGCUUACAAGGGGUCCUUUAGACAGAGAAAGUUUCCCUGAAUAUAAUAUUGAGAUAACAGCCACUGAUUCAGGGUCUCCUCCUCUGUCCAGUAAGAAAACUAUACCUGUCAGUAUCACUGAUGUGAAUGAUAACCCUCCUGUCUUCACUCAGUCCUCCUAUACUGUGUAUUUAAAAGAGAACGGAGUACCAGGCUCGAUACUGUACUCAGUAUCAGCAUCUGACCUGGAUUUUGGUGAUAAUGCUAAAAUCUCUUACUCUAUACUGGACUCUAAAGUUCAGGACGUGUCAGUGUCCUCUUAUGUUUACAUCAACUCAGAUAAUGGCAGCAUCUACAGCAUGCACUCGUUUGACUAUGAGAAACUGAAGGUGUUUCAGAUUCAGGUUCAGGCGAAGGACCAGGGCUCUCCGUCUCUCAGCAACAACGCCACUGUCCAUGUUUUUAUCCUGGACCAGAACGACAAUGCCCCCGCUGUUAUUUACCCCUCCUCGGCUGCCCUGGGCUCCCUCUCUCAUCAGAGGAUGCCUCGUUCUGCAAAAGCGGGUCACCUGGUUACGAAGGUGACGGCCGUGGACGCAGACUCGGGCCAUAACGCGUGGAUCUCGUACAAAUUAGCAGAGGCCACAGACGCCUCUCUGUUCACUGUCAAUCUGUACACAGGAGAGGUGAGGACUAAACGCGCUGUGUCCGAGCAGGACGACUCCUCUCAGAGACUGCUCAUAGAGAUUAAGGACGACGGGGAACCGGUCCAGUCCUCCACCGUCACGGUGUCUAUCCUGCUGGAGGACGGCCUCCAUGAGCCCAUCUUAGACCUGCGACAUAAAGCGGCCGAGCCCAGCAAGAAAAACGGCAGAAUCACCCUUUAUUUGAUCCUCUCUCUGGCCUCGGUGUCCGUGCUGUCUCUGGUGACUUUUCUCAUCUUAGCGGUCAAAUGCAUGAGGAACAGCAGAAGCAGCGCUAGUUGCUGCUCCAGACGGAGCGACUGUGACGAUUACAAGAACCCCAACAGAAACCUGCAGAUUCAGCUCAACACUGAUGGACCUAUAAAGUACGUGGAGGUCCUGGGAGGAGACAUGUUGUCUCAGAGUCAGUCCUUCAGGUCCUGUAUGUCCCCCAUGUCAGAGUACAGUGAUUUCACUCUGAUUAAACCCAGCAGCACCACUGACUUUAAGGAGGUCAUCAGUGUCCUGGAUGCGUCUUUACCCGACAGUACCUGGACCUUUGAGAGCCAGCAGGUGAGCAAAUGAUUCAACAAACAGUAGAAUUCCUCAGUGCUUAAAUCAAGGCUCGGUCAUAGCAAAACACACUUGCUUCUUCAUGCAUAUCUCGCCUAUUUAGGAUUCCUUUGAUGCAUUUCUGAAACAUCUGAUGAUAGUUUUCUCUUAUUUGCUAUUAUUUUUUCAACAUAGUAUUUCCAAAGUAUCUUGCAAGGAUAUAGCGAUCAUUUUGUCAUGAAGAAAACGCUAGAUGCUGAUUAGUAUUUUGAGUUGAGUGUUUCAGCACCACCAAAAUGGACAGCGACUCAAAAUGUGAGGCAUAGAAAGAGUCCAGGAUAGUGAGCACAUACUGAUGGUCUUAACUCAAUGACUUAAAAUAGCAAACUUUUUAUCAUUUGAUAUAUUUCUUAACAAUUCUUUAUAUCACCGUUUGAAUUUAUUAUAGUAAUAUAAAUGUUGACACUACUGCAUCACAAAUUGAAAAAUGUCAGUGUCUGUGAAGUCCAUUGUUAACAGUCAUCUUCAUGUCACAUAUCACAAAACGGAGUUGUGUUAGGAUAUACAGCAUAAGGUGUAGACUUUGAAUUAUGAGCUCUGUUGACACCUUUGAAUUGUAUUAAGAUAUGUUUAGAGUCUAUACACGUGAGCUGGAUUAAAUAGACAAUAGCAUGAUAAACAUCUCCUGAUGUUUAAAUUCUGAGAUUUGGUCUCAAUCCAUUUUUAGUUUAUCAUUUCAUACUGAUGUGUGAGUCUGUAAAAUACCAUAAAAAGAGAGAUUCACCCCUUGGUUUCAGGGGCAUCACAAAGAAAACUGUCCAGUAUAUUAUGCUUGGGCAUAUGUUAAGAUUGAUAUAUAUGUGUCAUGAUAAAAUUCCUAACAUGAAGUUACCUACAAAAGUGGGCUGGUGGGUUGGAUUUCUUACUAUGGCAUUAAUACAACUGAAACUGGUAUAGAAAUAUACUGGUGGUAUAAUUAUAUUUGUAGUCACUGUUAAGGGCAUCUCAUCUUUUUUUAUUAAUGCGUCUAAUGUGUUGAAAUGGAUGCAACAUUUGAGCAGUUUCAAUCCCUUAUGAAUUGCAUCGCUGGGUCUGAGGCACAUCGCUUCUGCAAGCUUAUUGGCUGAAGUGUUGGUAGUGUGCACCAAUGGCAUGAGGAGGUGUACAAAGAGAUCUACUCCCUCCCCCACCUAUCCUCGCCACUGUAGCCAGUACAUUGCUUAGUGCUCGAGAUGAGAGGAGGAUUCGCCUCUAAACCCUAAUAUUCUUUGAUGUAAAUCGGACUUGGGUCUCAUAAUGACUACGUUUGGGAUAAUUGGAACUCUACCACAUCGCUGAUGGAUUAUUACAGUCGCGUUUUUUCCUAGAUGAUAUUGAAAUGGGACAUAAGGUCGUAUUGUAACGGACCCGGGAUGACAAAGACAAUAGGAUACAGAGACUGGAGAUGGCAGGCGCUUUGGUGGCUUCAUUUCUUUCUCUUGUGGACUACGAUAGAGGGACAGACUCGCUACAGCAUCCCGGAGGAACUGGAACAGGGCUCUGUGGUUGGAAAUCUAGCCAAAGAUCUUGGUUUGGGAUUAUCAGACAUUUUUGAGCGUAAACUCCGUGUCGCCUCUGAGGCUGAAAAGCAGUAUUUCAGUGUGGAUGUGGGGAAGGGCGAGCUGGUGGUGAAUAACAGAAUAGACAGAGAGGCUUUAUGUGGACAGAGCCCCAGCUGUGUUCUACCUCUGCAGGUUGUCAUCGAAAAUCCACUUCAGUUACAUAGGAUAGAGGUGGAAAUAAGAGACGUUAAUGACAAUGCUCCCAGUUUUUUAAAAGAUGAACACAUACUAGAAAUAGCCGAGUCUACCGUUGUAGGUGUGCGUUUUCCCUUAGAGAGUGCAGCAGAUCCUGAUGUUGGUAGUAACGGGUUAAAGUCCUACACAUUAAGCAAAGAUGAAUGCUUCACUUUAAAAGUUAAAGAAAUUCAAAAUGGGAGGAAAAUCCCGGAACUGAUAUUAAACAAAUCCUUAGAUCGAGAGAAAAAAGCCAUUCACAAUUUAUUUCUCUCUGCUUUGGACGGAGGCAGCCCAGUUAAGUCUGGAACUUCAAAGAUAAUCGUACAUGUGCUCGAUAUUAACGAUAACGUGCCAAUAUUCGAAAACUCUCUGUAUAAUGCCACCGUUCAAGAAAACAGUUUAAACGGCUCAUUUGUCAUUGCAACAAAAGCCACCGACGCGGAUGAAGGUGUGAAUGGAGAAAUUGAAUACUCACUUGGCAUUCAUACACCACCAUCAGUGUUGGCAUUGUUUCAUAUAGAUCCUCUAACAGGAGAUAUAUUUUUGAAGAACAAGCUAGACCACGAAACUCAAGCCUCAUACCGAAUAGAUAUCAGUGCAAAAGAUAGAGGUGUCCCUAAAAUGGAGGGUCACUGCAGUGUGCAAGUGGAUGUAUUAGACGUAAAUGAUAAUGCUCCAGAAAUUGUGUUAACUUCGAAGCCAUCUUCUGUCCCCGAAGACUCUCGUACUGGGACAGUGGUAGCUUUGCUCAGUGUUCGAGACCUUGAUUCUGGCGACAAUAGUAAAGUCGUUCUGGGAAUCCCAAAACGUUUUCCUUUUACUCUGAAACCAUCAUUUUCUAACAAUUACGCGAUAGUAACGACUGGUCCUCUCGACAGAGAAAGUUUCCCUGAAUAUAACAUUGAGAUAACAGCCACUGAUUCAGGGUCUCCUCCUCUGUCCAGUAAGAAAACUAUACCUGUCAGUAUCACUGAUGUGAAUGAUAACCCUCCUGUCUUCACUCAGUCCUCCUAUACUGUGUAUUUAAAAGAGAAUGGAGUACCAGGCUCGAUACUGUUCUCAGUAUCAGCAUCUGACCUGGAUUUUGGUGAUAAUGCUAAAAUCUCUUACUCUAUACUGGACUCUAAAGUUCAGGACGUGUCAGUGUCCUCUUAUGUUUACAUCAACUCAGAUAAUGGCAGCAUCUACAGCAUGCACUCGUUUGACUAUGAGAAACUGAAGGUGUUUCAGAUUCAGGUUCAGGCGAAGGACCAAGGCUCUCCGUCUCUCAGCAGCAACGCCACUGUCCAUGUUUUUAUCCUGGACCAGAACGACAAUGCCCCCGCUGUUAUUUACCCCUCCUCGGCUGCCCUGGGCUCCCUCUCUCAUCAGAGGAUGCCUCGUUCCGCAAAAGCGGGUCACCUGGUUACUAAGGUGACGGCCGUGGACGCAGACUCGGGCCAUAACGCGUGGAUCUCGUACAAAUUAGCAGAGGCCACAGACGCCUCUCUGUUCACUGUCAAUCUGUACACAGGAGAGGUGAGGACUAAACGCGCUGUGUCCGAGCAGGACGACUCCUCUCAGAGACUGCUCAUAGAGAUUAAGGACGACGGGGAACCGGUCCAGUCCUCCACCGUCACGGUGUCUAUCCUGCUGGAGGACGGCCUCCAUGAGCCCAUCUUAGACCUGCGACAUAAAGCGGCCGAGCCCAGCAAGAAAAACGGCAGAAUUACCCUUUAUUUGAUCCUCUCUCUGGCCUCGGUGUCCGUGCUGUCUCUGGUGACUUUUCUCAUCUUAGCGGUCAAAUGCAUCAGGAACAGCAGAAGCAGCGCGAGUUGCUGCUCCAGACGGAGCGACUGUGACGAUUACAAGAACCCCAACAGAAACCUACAGAUUCAGCUCAACACUGAUGGACCUAUAAAGUACGUGGAGGUCCUGGGAGGAGACAUGUUGUCUCAGAGUCAGUCCUUCAGGUCCUGUAUGUCCCCCAUGUCAGAGUACAGUGAUUUCACUCUGAUUAAACCCAGCAGCACCACUGACUUUAAGGAGGUCAUCAGUGUCCUGGAUGCGUCUUUACCCGACAGUACCUGGACCUUUGAGAGCCAGCAGGUGAGCACAGAACCGAGAAUAUGAUGAAAACGCUGCUUUGUAGCUUACAGUAUCUUACAGCGCCAGCAGGUGAGCAGAAAACAGUGUUGCAUCUUUAAGUAAAUGCAAGGUUUACAUUCCAUAUUUUUAGAAAAAAAAACCUAUACGCCUACGUUUCCUUUCCUAUCAAGUAUUUAUAUAUAAGUUAAAGCCAGUAAUAAGAAUUAUACAUUCUUCAUCGUCACUUUUCCCAAAAAUUUGAUGUGUGUUGUAUGUUUUAUGUUAAUAGACUUUCGAGCUGCGCAUUUCAGCACCCCAGCAAUGGACAGCGACUUUUACCCGAAGGCUUAAGGAAACAAAAAGCUUUUUUUCCUAACCAUUUUUAUUUAGCUGUGAUUUAUGUCUAUUCCAAUUCAUCCUUUUCGUAAAAUGAGUUUAAUUUUAAAUCUUAUUAGGCUAAAUUUUGUUCUUCAAAAGAUGCAUCUAAUCAAUUACUCCAAUUAAUUAUUUCCCAUGACAGAUUUUGAUGUUGCUUAUGCUCUUGUAUCAUGCACUUCAAGGCAUGAGGUGUUCAGAGGGUUGCAAAACAUUUUUACAAUGAAAGUACAAAAAUAGUUUUUAUCAUUAAAAAUUUGUUGACAAAAACAGUAUUCCUCAUUUUGAGUACUUGAUUAAAAAUUCUAUGUUUCACUGCUUUUUAAGAAAAAAAACAUUUUAAUGAUAGGUUGAGUGGGUGAGUGCACUGUAUGAGACAGUGCAGCAGUUUUAUCAGCAGAGCUAGGUCUUUGUGAUUGGACAGCUGGGAUAGAUGCUGUGAACCAAUAGGAUGCAAGACUGUACAAAGAGAUCUUUUCCAUCCCCCCAUUCAGACAAACUGCAAGAGCCCGCACAGAGCUCAGAGCUGAGAGGAGAUGUGCGUCUUACAAAGCUUCUGGAGGAAAUUUUAUUUCCAGUUUUCGAAGGAAUUGUUUAAAUUGGAGUACCCUUAAGGAUAAUAGAUUUGGGUGUUGGGUUGUGUUGACAAAUACCUUGAUGGGAACAAGCCUAUCACCAUAACUGACCCGGGAUGACAAAGACAAUAGGAUACAGAGACUGGAGAUGGCAGGCGCUUUGGUGGCUUCAUUUCUUUCUCUUGUGGACUACAAUAGAGGGACAGACUCGUUACAGCAUCCCAGAGGAACUAAAACAGGGCUCUGUGGUUGGAAAUCUAGCUAAAGAUCUGGGUUUGGGAUUAUCAGACAUUUUUGAGCGUAAACUGCGUGUCGCCUCUGAGGCUGGUAAGCAGUAUUUCAGUGUGGAUGCGGGGAAGGGCGAGCUGGUGGUGAAUGACAGAAUAGACAGAGAGGCUUUAUGUGGACAGAGCCCCAGCUGUGUUUUGCCAUUGCAAAUUGUUAUUGACAAACCUCUUCAACUGCACCGAGUUGAGGUGGAAAUUCGGGACAUUAACGACAAUUCUCCGGUAUUUACAUCAGAGGAACGAUCGUUAAAGAUAGCGGAAUCUACUGCCACAGGCAUACGCUUUCCUUUAGAAACCGCACAGGAUCUGGACGUUGGUAGUAAUUCAGUUAAGUCGUAUACACUGAGUAAAGAUGACCGUUUCAGUCUAAAGAUUAAAGAGUUUUCUGGUAAUCGAAAAGUUCCCGAACUUGUCCUUGAGAAACCACUUGACAGAGAAAAAGAAAGUGUCCAUUAUUUAUUGUUAACAGCAUUAGAUGGAGGCAACCCGGUCAGAACUGGAACCACAAAAAUUGUUGUCACUGUACUUGACAUAAACGACAAUGUCCCUGUUUUUAAAAUGCCCCUUUAUAAUAUAACUGUGCCAGAAAAUAGUGUUACUGGUUCUGUUAUAGUGAAGGUUGAAGCAACAGACGCAGAUGAGGGUGUAAAUGGAGAAAUUGAAUACGCUUUUGCUGAACAUACACCACAGUCGCAGUUAUCUAUUUUUCAGCUGGAUUCAAGUACAGGGGAAAUGUCUCUGAUUGGGCAGUUGGACUAUGAAAGUAGUAAAAUACACGAAUUACACAUAACUGCAAAAGAUAAAGGAGUUCCUGAGAUGGAGGGACACAGUCGUGUUCAAGUUGCAGUAAUGGACAAAAAUGACAAUGCUCCAGAAAUAGUUCUUACUUCUAACCCAAACCCUGUACCAGAAGAUGCACCACGAGGGACUGUAGUUGCUUUAAUCAGUGCACGGGACCUUGAUUCCGGUGAAAAUGGUAAAGUGAAUUUGCUGCUUCCAAAAGGCUCCCCCUUUACUCUGAAACCAUCAUUUUCUAAUAACUAUGCCCUGGUUACAAGUGGUGUUUUGGAUCGAGAAAAUAUCUCUCAAUUCAAUAUUGAGAUAACAGCCACUGAUUCAGGGUCUCCUCCUCUGUCUAGUAAGAAAACUAUACCUGUCAGUAUCACUGAUGUGAAUGAUAACCCUCCUGUCUUCACUCAGUCCUCCUAUACUGUGUAUUUAAAAGAGAAUGGAGUACCAGGCUCGAUACUGUACUCAGUAUCAGCAUCUGACCUGGAUUUUGGUGAUAACGCUAAAAUCUCUUACUCUAUACUGGACUCUAAAGUUCAGGACGUGUCUGUGUCCUCUUAUGUUUACAUCAACUCAGAUAAUGGCAGCAUCUACAGUAUGCACUCGUUUGACUAUGAGAAACUGAAAGUGUUUCAGAUUCAGGUUCAGGCGAAGGACCAGGGCUCUCCGUCUCUCAGCAGCAACGCCACUGUCCAUGUUUUUAUCCUGGACCAGAACGACAAUGCCCCCGCUGUUAUUUACCCCUCCUCGGCUGCCCUGGGCUCCCUCUCUCAUCAGAGGAUGCCUCGCUCCGCAAAAGCGGGUCACCUGGUUACCAAGGUGACGGCCGUGGACGCAGACUCGGGCCAUAACGCGUGGAUCUCGUACAAAUUAGCAGAGGCCACAGACGCCUCUCUGUUCACUGUCAAUCUGUACACAGGAGAGGUGAGGACUAAACGCGCUGUGUCCGAGCAGGACGACUCCUCUCAGAGACUGCUCAUAGAGAUUAAGGACGACGGGGAACCGGUCCAGUCCUCCACCGUCACGGUGUCUAUCCUGCUGGAGGACGGCCUCCAUGAGCCCAUCUUAGACCUGCGACAUAAAGCGGCCGAGCCCAGCAAGAAAAACGGCAGAAUCACCCUUUAUUUGAUCCUCUCUCUGGCCUCGGUGUCCGUGCUGUCUCUGGUGACUUUUCUCAUCUUAGCGGUCAAAUGCAUCAGGAACAGCAGAAGCAGCGCGAGUUGCUGCUCCAGACGGAGCGACUGUGACGAUUACAAGAACCCCAACAGAAACCUGCAGAUUCAGCUCAACACUGAUGGACCUAUAAAGUACGUGGAGGUCCUGGGAGGAGACAUGUUGUCUCAGAGUCAGUCCUUCAGGUCCUGUAUGUCCCCCAUGUCAGAGUACAGUGAUUUCACUCUGAUUAAACCCAGCAGCACCACUGACUUUAAGGAGGUCAUCAGUGUCCUGGAUGCGUCUUUACCCGACAGUACCUGGACCUUUGAGAGCCAGCAGGUGAGCACAUGAACAGUUGUUCGCCAUUCGUCACUUAUGUUUCCGUAAUUCUCACACUUGCUAUACAAAAAAGCAUUUUCGAAUCAUUUUUUAAUUCUGUUCAAAUUCGUUUUAAAUGCCCUUUCUUUAUUAUUAACUGACUUUGGGCAGAGCAUUCUGGGUUUUCACUUAGUUGUCAACAUUCGGCUUCAAAGGAAAACAUAGUGUUUUAGGAUAUCAAAGACUGUACGUGUCCAAACUGUCAUUUUUUGGCAUUCGAAAGUCUUCAGUGGACAUGAUGGAUUUUGUGCCUAUGGAUAACUAUAUCCAUUUGGCUGUUAAGGGGCUUAUGGGAUCUUGAUAUUGUAACCUUCCCGUAAAAAGACAUAUUUCGGUUAAAUUUGAUCAAUAAUUCCUGGUUACUCUUUCUAAUGAUCAGAUCCUUAUCAUUAUCGUUUUGUAUUAGUAUGCACCUUCACAUAUUGUAAUAAUUGAUCAUUUAGUAAACUUUGCUUUCAUAUCAUGUAUUUUUUUUGUCAUAGGGUGUUCGUAAGGUUGCAAAAUAGAUGUAUUUAUAGUUAAAAUUUUAUUAUUAUUAUUAUUAUUAUUAUUAUUAUUAUUAUUAUUAUUAUUAUUAUCAUUAUUAUUUUAGUGAGGAUUCAUUGAUGUCUGACUUUUUAAAAACUACUUUAAAAUUGAUUUAUAUUAUCUUAAUGUAAACUCAAAUAUUUGAUUAACUCUUUUCCCCAUAAUUACUAUUUAAAAUUGAGUAACCAAGAGUUAUCAGUGUCAAAAUGCAUCUUUACAUAGAGGCAGUGCAGCAGCCCCGUCAGCAGAGCUCGGUCUUUGUGAUUGGACAGCAGUGGUGGAUAGUGUGGACCAAUAGCGUGCAAGACUGUACAAAGAGAUCUAUUUCAUCCCCCCAUUCAGACAAGCUGCAAGAGCCUGCACAGAGCUCAGAGCUGGGAGGAGAUGUGUAUUUUACAAACGUCCGGGGACAUUAUUAUCCGCACAAUAUUAAGGAAUUAUUUGAGUUGGAGUAUUCUUUUCGGAUGAUGGUUUUCGGUGUUGGGUUUCAUUGACAAAUAUCUUGAUGGGAAAUAACCUUCUCUAACGGACCGAGGAUGACAAAGACAAUAGGAUACAGAGACUGGAGAUGGCAGACGCUGUGGUGGCUUCACUUCUUUCUCUUAUGGACUACAAUAGAGGGACAGACUCGUUACAGCAUCCCAGAGGAAUCAAAACAGGGCUCUGUGGUUGGAAAUCUAGCCAAAGAUCUGGGAUUAGGACUUUCUGACAUAUUUAAACGUAGACUCCGUGUCGACACUGAGGCUGGUAAGCAGUAUUUCAGUGUGGAUGUGGGGAAGGGCGAGCUGGUGGUGAAUGACAGAAUAGACAGAGAGGCUUUAUGUGGACAGAGCCCCAGCUGUGUUCUACCUCUGCAGGUUGUGACAGAAAAUCCACUGCAGCUACAUCGAAUAGAGGUGGAAAUUCGGGACAUUAACGACAAUGCUCCGGUAUUUACAUCAGAGGAACGAUCGUUAAAGAUAGCGGAAUCUACUGCCACAGGCGUACGCUUUCCUUUAGCAACAGCACAGGAUCUGGACGUUGGUAGUAAUUCAGUUAAGUCAUAUACUCUCAGUAAAAACGAUUUUUUUAGUUUAAAAAUCAAAGAUAUUCCUGGUGACCAACAAGUACCAGAGCUUGUACUCGAUAAAUCACUUGACAGAGAAAAAGAAAGUGUCCAUUAUUUAUUGUUAACAGCAUUAGAUGGAGGUAACCCAGUCAGAACUGGAACCACAAAAAUUGUUGUCACCGUUCUUGACAACAACGAUAACGUUCCUGUCUUCACAAGACCAUCAUAUAACGUAACUUUGCCAGAAAAUAGUGUUCCUGGUUCUGUUAUUGUGAAGGUUGAAGCAACAGACGCAGAUGAGGGUGUAAAUGGAGAAAUUGAAUACGCUUUUGCUGAACAUACACCACAGUCGCAGUUAUCUAUUUUUCAGCUGGAUUCAGGUACAGGGGAAAUUUCUCUGAUUGGGCAGUUGGACUAUGAAAGUAGUAAAAUACAUGAAUUACAUAUAACUGCAAAAGAUAAAGGAGUUCCUGAGAUGGAGGGACACAGUCGUGUAAAGGUUAUCGUUAAAGAUAUAAAUGACAACGCUCCAGAAAUAGUUCUGACUUCUAACCCAAACCCCAUACCCGAGGAUGCACCGAAAGGAACGGUUGUAGCGUUGCUAAGAACGAGAGACCUUGACUCCGGUGAAAAUGGUAAAGUGAAGCUACAACUUGCAAAAGGCUCCCCAUUUUCUUUGAAACCGUCAUUUUCUAAUAACUAUGCACUGGUUACCAGCGGUGCUUUGGAUCGAGAAAGUGUUUCUCAAUUCAAUAUUGAGAUAACAGCCACUGAUUCAGGGUCUCCUCCUCUGUCCAGUAAGAAAACUAUACCUGUCAGUAUCACUGAUGUGAAUGAUAACCCUCCUGUCUUCACUCAGUCCUCCUAUACUGUGUAUUUAAAAGAGAAUGGAGUACCAGGCUCGAUACUGUACUCAGUAUCAGCAUCUGACCUGGAUUUUGGUGAUAACGCUAAAAUCUCUUACUCUAUACUGGACUCUAAAGUUCAGGACGUGUCGGUGUCCUCUUAUGUUUACAUCAACUCAGAUAAUGGCAGCAUCUACAGCAUGCACUCGUUUGACUAUGAGAAACUGAAGGUGUUUCAGAUUCAGGUUCAGGCGAAGGACCAGGGCUCUCCGUCUCUCAGCAACAACGCCACUGUCCAUGUUUUUAUCCUGGACCAGAACGACAAUGCCCCCGCUGUUAUUUACCCCUCCUCGGCUGCCCUGGGCUCCCUCUCUCAUCAGAGGAUGCCUCGUUCCGCAAAAGCGGGUCACCUGGUUACGAAGGUGACGGCCGUGGACGCAGACUCGGGCCAUAACGCGUGGAUCUCGUACAAGUUAGCAGAGGCCACAGACGCCUCUCUGUUCACUGUCAAUCUGUACACAGGAGAGGUGAGGACUAAACGCGCUGUGUCCGAGCAGGACGACUCCUCUCAGAGACUGCUCAUAGAGAUUAAGGACGACGGGGAACCGGUCCAGUCCUCCACCGUCACGGUGUCUAUCCUGCUGGAGGACGGCCUCCAUGAGCCCAUCUUAGACCUGCGACAUAAAGCGGCCGAGCCCAGCAAGAAAAACGGCAGAAUCACCCUUUAUUUGAUCCUCUCUCUGGCCUCGGUGUCCGUGCUGUCUCUGGUGACUUUUCUCAUCUUAGCGGUCAAAUGCAUGAGGAACAGCAGAAGCAGCGCGAGUUGCUGCUCCAGACGGAGCGACUGUGACGAUUACAAGAACCCCAACAGAAACCUGCAGAUUCAGCUCAACACUGAUGGACCUAUAAAGUACGUGGAGGUCCUGGGAGGAGACAUGUUGUCUCAGAGUCAGUCCUUCAGGUCCUGUAUGUCCCCCAUGUCAGAGUACAGUGAUUUCACUCUGAUUAAACCCAGCAGCACCACUGACUUUAAGGAGGUCAUCAGUGUCCUGGAUGCGUCUUUACCCGACAGCACCUGGACCUUUGAGAGCCAGCAGGUGAGCACAGAACCGAGAGAAUAAAGAAAACGCAGCUUUGCAACUUAUUGUUUACGCAUUGUAUGUAUUUAGCAAACAAGGCUGUCAAAAGAGUAAGACCCCUUGUCACAUUCCAUUUUCCUUUAACAGUGGGUAUAAUACGAGCAAAUUUAACUAAAGAAGAAUUUAAAAUGUUCUUCCAUUAUAGAAAGAUAAAGUGAUCAUUUUACGUGAGGUUUAUGUGUUAUCUCCAAUAGCCUUGGAAGCUGAGCGUUUCAGCACCACCGUAAAGGACAGCGACUUUUAGCCCUGAGGCAGAGGGAGGGUAUUCAAAGGGGCUGGUUGCAGGUUUUUUUCACUGGAAGAGAACAAUGUUACUGCAUUGUUCUUUGGUACAUAUUCCAUCGUAUACUUUUUCUUAUUGUUAAAGCCAUCUUUUUUAUGAAAUGAAUUCAAAGCAAUCACGUAUUACAAAUAGAAGAAGAAAAAAUAGGCUGCUUGCCAAUUUGAGAUUUUAGUGUGGUAUUUUGAUUACUUUUUAAAAUGUACCUAUGUUUAAUCUUAAAAUAUUUAUCCUUUUAUUAUUCUAUCUUGGUAUUAUAAACCUGCUUCUUCUGUUGGUGUUUCCACCCCUCUUUAACCAUUGUGCACAUUGGUUAGUGUGGCUUUAAGGAUGCUCCUCUGCCCCUCGUUGGGUAAUAGGGAUGGAUACUGAGAGCCAAUAGCAUUCAGCACUGUACAAAGAGAUCUACUCCCUCCCCCAUGCAGCUUCAGCACCAAAACCACAAUGCACUGAGUGAAAGGAGUGUAUGGUCCAUGUUGUCCGAGAUAUAUUUUUAUUUCAUUCAGAUAUUUUUAUGAUGUACAUGCGUCAUUUUUAAGGAAUAUGUCACGUGUUUGGGAUGUGGAUUUUGACAUUAUGUUCUCCGUUCUUGUGGACUGGACGUAAUGGCUUUUACUGAAGCAAGGAUGACAAAGACAAUAGGAUCCCGAGACUGGAGAUGGCAGGCGCUUUGGUGGCUUCAUUUCUUUCUCUUGUGGACUACAAUAGAGGGACAGACUCGUUACAGCAUCCCAGAGGAACUAAAACAGGGCUCUGUGGUUGGAAAUCUAGCUAAAGAUCUGGGUUUGGGAUUAUCAGACAUUUUUGAGCGUAAACUGCGUGUCGCCUCUGAGGGUGAAAAGCAGUAUUUCAGCGUGGAUGCGGGGAAGGGCGAGCUGGUGGUGAAUGACAGAAUAGACAGAGAGGCUUUAUGUGGACAGAGCCCCAGCUGUGUUCUACCUCUGCAGGUUGUUAUUGAGGACCCACUGCAGUUGCAUCGAAUAGAGGUCGAAAUAAAGGAUAUUAACGAUAAUUCUCCAAAAUUCCUUUCGAGUGAAAUGUCGUUGAAAUUAGCAGAAUUGGCAGCGGUUGGUACCCGAUUUCCCCUGGAAAGCGCAGAGGAUCCGGACGUUGGGAGCAAUUCACUCAAAUUGUAUACUCUCAGUAAAAAUGAGUGUUUUUCACUUAGGAUAAAAGAAAUAGAGGGGGGUAAGAAUGUUCCAGAACUUGUUUUAGAGAAGCCCUUAGACCGAGAGAAAAAAGGAGUUCAUAAAAUACUACUAACAGCAUUAGAUGGUGGUAAUCCAGUGAGAUCUGGAACAUCACAAAUUAUCAUUACUGUGCUUGACAUAAAUGACAACUUCCCCGUGUUUGAGAAAAACGUUUAUAAAGUAUCACUCAGUGAAAAAAGCGUGAAGGGGGCUGUUAUUGUGAAGCCCAAAGCAACAGAUGCAGAUGAAGGUCUAAAUGGUGAAAUUCAAUUUUCAUUUGGCUCCCGGACACCAGAUUCUGUACUGUCAGUCUUUGAUAUAGAUCCCUUAUCAGGUGAAAUCUCUCUAAAAGGUGAGUUAGAUUUUGAAACGACCAGGUCUUAUGACAUAGAUGUGACCGCUAAAGAUAGAGGUAGCCCUGAAAUGGAGGGUCACUGUCGAGUGCAAGUUGAGGUAAUCGAUUUCAACGAUAAUGCUCCAGAAAUUGUCCUUACUUCUCAGCCAAAGCCAGUGCGUGAGGACGCACGAAAUGGAACCGUAGUUGCUUUAAUCAGUGCACGAGACCUUGACUCCGGUGAAAAUGGUAAAGUGGCCUUACAGCUUCCAAAAGGCUCCCCAUUUUCUUUGAAACCGUCAUUUUCUAAUAACUAUGCACUGGUCACCAGCGGUGCUUUGGAUCGAGAAAAUAUCUCUCAAUUUAAUAUUGAGAUAACAGCCACUGAUUCAGGGUCUCCUCCUCUGUCCAGUAAGAAAACUAUACCUGUUAGUAUCACUGAUGUGAAUGAUAACCCUCCUGCCUUCACUCAGUCCUCCUAUACUGUGUAUUUAAAAGAGAAUGGAGUACCAGGCUCGAUACUGUACUCAGUAUCAGCAUCUGACCUGGAUUUUGGUGAUAACGCUAAAAUCUCUUACUCUAUACUGGACUCUAAAGUUCAGGACGUGUCGGUGUCCUCUUAUGUUUACAUCAACUCAGAUAAUGGCAGCAUCUACAGCAUGCACUCGUUUGACUAUGAGAAACUGAAGGUGUUUCAGAUUCAGGUUCAGGCGAAGGACCAGGGCUCUCCGUCUCUCAGCAGCAACGCCACUGUCCAUGUUUUUAUCCUGGACCAGAACGACAAUGCCCCCGCUGUUAUUUACCCCUCCUCGGCUGCCCUGGGCUCCCUCUCUCAUCAGAGGAUGCCUCGUUCCGCAAAAGCGGGUCACCUGGUUACUAAGGUGACGGCCGUGGACGCAGACUCGGGUCAUAACGCGUGGAUCUCGUACAAAUUAGCAGAGGCCACAGACGCCUCUCUGUUCACUGUCAAUCUGUACACAGGAGAGGUGAGGACUAAACGCGCUGUGUCCGAGCAGGACGACUCCUCUCAGAGACUGCUCAUAGAGAUUAAGGACGACGGGGAACCGGUCCAGUCCUCCACCGUCACGGUGUCUAUCCUGCUGGAGGACGGCCUCCAUGAGCCCAUCUUAGACCUGCGACAUAAAGCGGCCGAGCCCAGCAAGAAAAACGGCAGAAUCACCCUUUAUUUGAUCCUCUCUCUGGCCUCGGUGUCCGUGCUGUCUCUGGUGACUUUUCUCAUCUUAGCGGUCAAAUGCAUCAGGAACAGCAGAAGCAGCGCGAGUUGCUGCUCCAGACGGAGCGACUGUGACGAUUACAAGAACCCCAACAGAAACCUGCAGAUUCAGCUCAACACUGAUGGACCUAUAAAGUACGUGGAGGUCCUGGGAGGAGACAUGUUGUCUCAGAGUCAGUCCUUCAGGUCCUGUAUGUCCCCCAUGUCAGAGUACAGUGAUUUCACUCUGAUUAAACCCAGCAGCACCACUGACUUUAAGGAGGUCAUCAGUGUCCUGGAUGCGUCUUUACCCGACAGCACCUGGACCUUUGAGAGCCAGCAGGUGAGCACAGAACCAGGAGACGUCAUUUAGAUACACUUCGCCAGUAUUACUAAAUGAACAUAAUGCAACGCUAUAGUGUCUAUUGCUCUUUCGUCGCUGUCUGCUCAGGAUAUCUGUAAAUAUUGGCCUGAUUGAGACCUGAUUUUUGCCAUUGUCUUCUUUAAUUGUACUUUUUCAUUUUGGUGUUGCUACAGCGUGCUGUGUAGUAGACUCCCCUGUCCUUGGCGAGAAGAAAAACUUUGUUACAGAAAACGGUCAUUUAUUACUUUUUAACCAUAGCUUCUGGUUGGACAGACACAUUUUCUUUAUAUGAAAAAGUCUGUGUGCAUCACUUAGGUAGUCAGUAACCGAUAAAACACGUAUUAUUUAUAUAAAAGUUGUACGUUUUUAAUGUCAGACAUGCUUACAUGUUUUACAAAAGUACAGUAAAUUUGGUAUUAGAUGACUAAUUGAGCCAAAGCAUAAUCCCCAUACUUUAUCAUGCUUUAUUUCUUUCUGUCAAACCAUAUUUUCUCUUUAUUUUGAAUGAUGGCUGAAUGGAAUUUCUCUGUAUCACUGAAACCGCCCAUAUUUUUUUGUUGAUUACAAUACCGUUCCCGAAGUUUUUUUCUCCUGUCUGUAAUUUCUAUCUGUGGUUUAUUUCUGGUCAUUUGUGAAUUGCCUUAAUCAUUCUAUGAAGACCCGUAAUAAAGUCUCUCUUUUUUUUAAGGGAAAACUAGUUUGGAAACCCCGCCCCCCUGCGGAUACAAACAGUAGUGCUAUAAAUAUCAGCUGUUUCAUUAGUGGCUGUGUUUUGACAAUAAGUUUUCAGAAGAAGAACGUGACUCUUUGGGGGGUAUUUGGUUGAUAUAAAAAAAGAUUUAGUCCUGUCUUCAUAAAAUCCUCCUGCGUUAUUCCGCAUUUCCGGUCUUAUCAAACUUGUGCCAUUGAGGUGGGGGGUGAUACUUGCCUGUCAGUGGAAAGUGGAGUCACUGGAAAGUUUUCACAGUGAGUGUGUGUGUGAGAGAGAGAAAGAGAGAGAGGAGCAGUUCUGUGUGAGAGCUGGUCCAGCCCUGUCUUCCAAUGAGAGGGAAGGCCUCUGUGGCUCUUCCCCGCCCACGGGGGGAGUGAGGCGGAGGACACAGAGCUCAGAGUUUCUGUGGAGGCAGAAAAUCCUCAGAUUUUUUGUCUCGUUUUGUGUAAAAAACGCAGCCAUGAUCACAUCAAAACUUCCAAUUUCUCUUUUUUUAAAGCGGAAAUGUUUUCCGUCGAGCCCGACAGCCUCGUUUUAACUAUACUAUGGAUACGUGACGGUGAAAGAAGGAGCUGAAAACUUUUCCAUUCUCCGAUCCUCGGAGAGCAACACAAUGGACUCCAGACAGAGGAAGCGCCCCGGAGGAGGGAGGCUGUGGAGGCUCUGCUUCUGCCUGGCUUACCUCUCCUCUGCGUCUGCUCAGCUCAGCUUCUCUGUUUCCGAAGAACUAAGUCCGGGCUCUGUCGUCGGGAAUAUCGCUAAAAAUUUGGGUCUCACGGCUCAGCGGAUGGUUCAGAGGAGGUUGCGGGUGGUCUCGGAAUCCACAACACAGUAUUUUGAGGUAAAGCAAGCAACCGGCGAGUUAGUUAUCAAGCAAACAAUUGACAGGGAGCAGCUGUGCGAAUUGAAUUCAGCCUGUUCAUUACAUCUUCAAAUCGUUCUCGAGGAUCCUUUAGAAAUUCACCGUAUUGUGGUGGACAUUCUUGACGUGAAUGAUAACGCACCUCAGUUUUCAACAAGCAACAUUUCUCUGGAGAUAUCAGAGGCGGCCGCGCCGGGCACGAGGUUCCGUCUGGAGAGCGCACAUGACCCAGAUGUUGGCACUAACUCCUUACGCACUUACCAUCUCGCAGCAAAUGACUUUUUUACUUUAAGUGUGGAAACUAAAAGCGAUGGGAGCAAGUUUCCAGAGCUGGUGGUGGAUAAAUCGUUGGAUAGAGAGACGCAGGCCUCCUUCCGCCUGUUGCUCACAGCUGUCGAUGGGGGUCAGCCAGAGAAGUCUGGCUCAACACUUCUGCUCAUUAAAAUUCUGGAUGUAAAUGACAAUGCGCCCGUCUUUGAUGAACCGGUGAAGAAUGUCAGACUAUUAGAAAAUGUUGCACGGGGCACUUUAGUAACGAAACUGAACGCGUCUGACGCGGACGCAGGUAACAAUGGAGAAGUAUCUUUCCUGUUUAGUAAAUACACACCGGAACGUGUUCUCAACCUUUUCAGUGUGGAUUCUAAAAGCGGGGAGAUCCUUGUGAAAGGGGACGUGGAUUAUGAAAAGGCCUCAAGUUACCACAUCACAGUGCAGGCCAGAGAUGGUGGCUCUCCUGCCAUGGAGGGUUCCUGUAACGUCAUAGUGGACAUCAUUGAUGCAAAUGACAACGCACCAGAGGUGACACUGACAUCACUGACAAGCCCCAUCAGGGAAGACUCAGCACCAGAGACUGUGAUAGCCCUCAUCAGUGCCCGGGACCUAGACUCGGGGGUGAAUGGGGAAGUGAAAUUGUCUGUCCAGCCAGGUCUGCCAUUCAAACUAAAUUCAGCUUUUGGCAUGCAUUACAGCCUCACCACUUCUGGAAACCUGGACCGUGAGACUGUCUCUGAGUACACAGUGGUCAUCAAGGCCACUGAUGCUGGAUCCCCUCCCCUUUCAUCCCAAACUACGUUUGUAGUGAAGCUCUCUGAUGUUAAUGACAAUGCCCCUGUUUUCUCUCAGCCUUCAUACUCUGUAGACAUACCAGAGAACAAUGCCCCAAGUGCCCCCAUCGCUGCUGUCUCAGCCACAGAUCCAGACCUUGGUGACAAUGCUCGCAUCUCCUACUCCAUCCUCCCCAGCAUGGUGCAGGGCUCUCCCAUCUCUUCCUAUGUCUACAUAAACCCAGAGAGUGGCCACAUUUACAGCAUGCGCUCUCUGGAUCAUGAACAGCUUAAAGCUUUCCGAAUUGAAGUACAGGCCCGAGAUGCCGGGGUGCCCCCUCGGACAGCGAACGUCACUGUGCAUGUGUUUGUUGUGGAUGUGAAUGACAAUGCACCAGUGAUUGUGCACCCCUCUUACCCAAAAGACAAAAGAUUAGAACUCACUGUUCCCCCAUCUGCUGGUCCAGGUCACUUGAUAAAUAAACUUGUAGGGGUGGAUGCAGACAGCGGGCACAAUGCAUGGCUGUUUUACUCUAUUGCCCCUGGACCAAAUUCUGGCAUGUUCCGUGUUGGAUCACACAGUGGUGAGCUCCGCACAGCACGCAAGUGGGCUGAGGAGGAGGUGGGCUCAACGUAUGACAUCAUGAUUAUUAUUCAAGACAAUGGUGACCCACCUAAGUCCACUUCUGUCAAUAUUACAGUGACAGUGGAUGAGAAGGGCUCAGCUAAGGAUGUACCUGCUAGCCCUCGCCACACGCCCUUCUACCACCGCACAGGGAUGUCGGAUAUUACCCUGUACCUCAUCAUCUCUCUAGCUUGUGUAUCAGCGGUAUCCUUCAUUACUUUUGUUAUUCUCAUGGUACGUUGCCUCAGGCACCGUGGCCCAGGGCUGGGAGACUCAGACUGCUGCUGCUAUGGGCGUCACAGGCCCAGCCGCUACCAUCAGAGACCUAGCAAAGAUCUGCACCUUCAGCUCAAUACUGAUGGACCAAUACGCUACAUGGAGGUAGUGGGAGGUCCCCAGGAGCCUCACACUCGCACCUAUAGGCCCUGCUACUCCACCCUGUCCAGCCGAAGUGACUUUGUAUUUAUGAAGACACCCAUGCUGAGUCAUAACAACACACUCAACAUGACACUCAGCAGGAAGCACCUUAUGAACUCAGCCAGUGAGGUGAGGGAUUGAGCAGGAAGGGAAGUGGGAGUGGGAAUGGAGGUAUAUUGUAGAACACCAACACAGGUGUUUCAGUACCCACACACAGAUUUAAGAAAUGCAAAGGUAUUUAAAAAUGUUCUGAUAUGAUACUGAUAUUGCAGCGCUAAAAGUAUCAAAUGAAUGAGUCAAAAUUAGAUGUCCUCAUUCAUGUAGCUCUGUGGUUUUAACUGGAAGCACUGUUGAUUUAGCAGACUGCUCCCUCUCUGUGUGGUGAGAAAACUCUCACAGCUCUGUUGUCCUACUUCAAACUUUUGACUUAAUGUUUAAUCCAACCUGAGGCUAGGGAAGGUUGUUACUAUCUCUGACUUCCAGAAACUAUAGUGGCAGAAAGAAACUGAUUAAAAAAAGAUACAGAUAAAGAGAGAGUCAUGCAGCAAGAAGGGUGCUGGAAAUACCAAAACAUUUUGCUUAGCGAAAGACAAACAGAGAGGCAGAAAAAGUUCUAACAGAUGGAGGGGAGGGGACAAACAGAUGAAAAUUUGUCCUGCAGUGUUGGCUCAGGGAAAUAGGUGAAGGAGAGGAAAAAGGGGCGAGGAAAUGAAGUGAGAUGGUGAAAGGGGUAGAGGAGUCAAAGAAUAAAGCAGUAGCUGAAAAACAGGAAUUCAUGAGGUCAGUGGCCUGACCCCUGACUUCCUGUUGUCCUCUGAACCUUUGGUGAUUGGUUCCAGGACUCACAUGAGUGAGGUUAUGCUGUCUCUAUGCAUUACAGAUAUGUUUCAAUUUCACUCUUGGAUCUUGGGUCUUGGAUGUCCCCUAUUUCUAUUAUUAUACUGUGGUGGGAAAUCAAAUAAUUGUGAGCCAUUUUGUAUUCUGAUACAAUGUACUGUUAGGAACUAAACCUACCAGGCAAUACACUGACAAAAGGGAAUUUUCUUAUUCUGUCUUCUUGAAUACACUUACAGAUACUAGGUAAUGGAUAAAAACUAUGCUCUACACAUCAGGAUGUCUAUCCUUGUGUAUGUUCAGUACUGAAAGGUCCUUCAUGCCUCUGUGUUGCGUAGAAAUUCUCUCUCUCUGCUGAAUUAGGUUGUCCCUGAGGUCAGCAGGGUACCAUCUGUCUCUUUGCUCUAGUGACACGUGUGCAAUGAGGACAAGAGAGGAAUAGAAAGCGAGGGAUGGAUAAAGGGACAGGAAGGAUGGCUUUAUGCACGUGUGCGGCCGCGACAGACGGCACAGGCUGUAAAGGCUUUAGGGCAGCAGUCAUCACUCUGGUUGUUUAUGCGCUUGCGUGUGAGAUUGUGUCGACAGAACAUUAAGCACAUAGAGUUCUACAGUAGUGUGUAAUUUUAGCAGGACCCUGGGGUUAUAGCCCCAAUUAUCGGGCACUUCUCACUGGCCUUCUCUGUAUACUCUAUUCAUUUGCAGUUUGCCAUUCUGGCUAACUGUAUCAGACUGUUUGAGAUGGAAAAAAAAAGUCAAAUCCAAUCAAAGUUUUUCCUGGAAUAUUCAUUGUAGGUAUGGUGAAAUUUUUGCCUGACUUGGUAUAUAAAAGUCCUUGGAUUCAAGUUAAAUAAAUCCAUGACAGAAUAAGUUUUCUUAUGGCCAACUAUGCCAUGUAACCCUGGAGCCGUGAGUUUGACACAUAAUUUAUCUAUAUUUCUGUAAAGUGAGAGAUUUAGAGCUGGGCAUAAAUGUUUCUUUGACCAUAUGCUUGUCUUUCAGUCUUGGGGCCUGUGGAAGUUUGUUAGGAUUGGCAUGUGUGCUGACUUUGUUGAUAUAGUUCUUAUAGAUUAUAAAUCUACAUUUGCAACAAACUGACCAUGAUGUUUUAUCUUAGGGAUCUACUUUUACUUUCUUGUGAUUUUACAGUGUUUCAAAUUCAUUCAGAUUUAACAUCCUUUUUUAAUGUUGCUAGACUCUCUCUAUCGUAGUCAUUGCUCAACAUCACAGAUCCUCUUGAGACUGUGUAGGAAUAACUGUGAUGAGGGAGUGAAUGUGUGCUGAGGUUUAUAUAGUGUGGGCGGUGUGCGUGUGUGUUCAUAUAUAUUCUGAUGAUGAUCAGAGCAACAGAACAGACAUCACCUCCUUUUUCAAACAGAGCACCAGGUGGAGUCCAGCCACAGAUCUCUUAACACCAGUACAACCUGAGUGCAUGUUAGGAAAAUGAAUUUUCCACAGGAAGCACCAGAUGAACCUUUGUGUGUGCAGCAAGCGUUUGCAUGAGCUGUCGUUAUUUUUUUUACUCUUGCUGGGGUGAUAUUGGGAUGAGGCGCAAUCUUUUUUUCUUCUUUUUUUUGUACUCUUGAAAAUCUAUCAUGAUAGAGAAGUUGUUAAAAAGUAAACAAAGGUUUGUCAUUCAUAUAAAUCAUAUGAAGUCCAGCUGUACUCAUAUGCUGAUCGGUUUGGAAAAUGUGUCAUGGUAGUUCAGGAGCUCAGUCUGGUUUAGUUCAUCUAUCUAGUCUUUAAAAUAUAGAGUAGGAAGGCAGACAGGCAGUGUUUGAAGCUUACAAGGUAGAGCCUUUUAUUGGAUGGGAUUCAAGCUCACAGACCUGUAAUCUCUUUAUCGUUGUCAACUGGCCAAGUCUUCAGCUAUAGUUUAUCUGGCCUUUUUCUCUCUCUGCCCUAUAAACUAAAUUUACACUAUGAAAAAUGCCAGGUGGUUUUAGAGGGUCUUCAUCUAAUCUUUUCUAACAUGUUAGUGCACUUCAGAGUCAUAAGAAGGUAAAAAGAUGAUUUUGUUGUUGUUGUUGACAAAUGUUGAAUAAGCCAUGCGUUAUGGUGCGCAUGUGCAAACAAGCUGUCCUCCAUGAAGCUCACAGUUGCAGCAUUACAACACAUGAAGUGCAGAGCCCAAUAUUCCAGCUCAGAGUCAGUUACCCUUUAUUCCACAUGCCUGCAGUGGGACCUGACCUUGGAAAUGACUAGUGUGUGUCUGUUGGUGUUAGAGUGGUAAGAGCGAGUCACACAGCUGGAAUGCUGGGCCUCUCUGUGGAUGUUUGCCUGAACUCUGCACUGAUUUUUUUUGGCUUCCCACUGGAACUCAGACCAACUUAGUUGCCCACGCACAUAUACAUGUCUCAAAGCCCAUUCUUGAAUAAAUAUCAACCACGUUCUGGUCUGAUAAGAGCUGGAAAUAUGCCUGUAGUUUCAUAUUGAAAAGAAGACAAACUUGUGAGUCCUGGCAUUGCAGUUUGUUGUGAGGACAUGACAUGACUCUUUUGUCAGACUCUGUUUCUUUUUCCUGGAGUGUGGAAGACUCCACUGAUGGUGUUGUGUGACCACCAGAAUGAAACAGACCUUUUUGUGGAGUGCUCUAAAAUAAAUACACUGGUGGCUUUUUCACUCAACAUUUCAUAAAUUACAGGGUUGUUAACAAUUGUGCUGAAUUGCUUAAAAAAAGCUCUGAUUGCCAUGCAGCUCUUGUGUAUGUUAUCACUCUCUCUCUUUCAGACUUUGUAGUGUCCUUCACGAGUCCUGCUAGCUUUUUAUGAGAUUAUUUUUGUUGACUUUGCCCUUUUAAUGUUUUAACAAGUUGUGCCCUCAACAAGUCACCAGGUGCAUGUUUUCCUUAUUUACCUGUUUCCAUAUAGAUGCUUCAUCUAAGAUUGUCAGAAAUCCUGUUGUGUAGGUAUUUUCUCUCUCUGUUGUCCCUCCUGCACUCUCACUUCCUUACACCUUCCCUUGGGUAGAACAGCUCUUUUAAUAAUGCAGCACAUCGUCCCGCUAGCCUCUCUCUCCAGGGAGCUCUUGUGUCGAUUAGGUGGUAGAAUCUGGAGCCAGGCCAGGGGUCUAUUCACCGCAUCGCUGCACAACAAGAGAAGCUGAGAGAGAGAGAGAGAGCUGGACAGAGAGAGGGAGAGAGAGCUGGAGAGAUGGGAAAGACUUGGUGGCAUGGCCAGUGAGGUAGAGAGGAAAAGGCUGAAGUAGGCUUAGAGACAUUAACAGAGAAAAGUGAAGACAUAGGAAGUCAGCUUAACCCUGUGGAGCCUCAGAGUUAGUUUCAACAAAAUCACAGUUAACGUCUUCCAAGGACUGUUUAUGCAUCUAAAAAAAGUCUUCUUGGUUAUAUGUACUGAAAAAGAAUAAGAGUCAGGUUUUGGUUUUGUUUUGUUUAGUUUAGUUUUGUUGGGUGUGUCAGGUGAAUCAUUUAAACAGUGUUUCUGUCUCUGUGGUAUCUGAUUUCACUUACGUCUGAAACGCUUCAUUUUUAGGGCCUAUAACACAAUUUUACAAAUGACAGUCCAGUUAUUUGAUCCUUUUUAUAACUAUUAUCAGUCAUGUUUCAUAAGCAGAGCCCCAGUUGUUUGCUUGUUUGUUUGUAUAAGUAUUUGUGUGUGUGUAUACGCUCCUCCUCUGCAGCAUUUACGCCUCACUGCUCAGGAACAACAUGGAUGCCUGAGCGCACAUAUCUGUUGCCAGCUAUAAAAUUUGUCAAGAAAAGGUUUUCUACAUCACAGACCAACAUCAGGACACACACACACAAGCACACGUGUUAGCCUCAAACCAACAUCCUUGGAACACCUGAGACUCCUCCAGCUGUUGUCUUUAAUGAAAAAGAAAAUUCACGAGGCGUCUUCUUUUCUCUUCACAGCAAAAGCCCCCCAACAAUGACUGGCGCUUCACACAGGGACAGAGACCCGGACCUAGCGGGUGAGUAAAAUGGACAACACAAACAAAUGUUGUAAUGCACAAGGCAAGCUUGUUGUAAAGACAGAGGGAGUGAUGAAGGAUGAGGAGGGGGUUGGGAGAGAGCGCUCUCACUGUAAGAACUCUCUCUCCCUGCAGGAUGCUGAAUAAAAAUUACACAUGGCAUCAUGCAACCAUUUGAGUUUGGCUCUAACUCUAUUAUCACUCAGAUUCAAUUCGUAAUAGCAUGAUUUUCCAUGACACCACUCUGUGAAUUCAGAUUCUUGCUUUACACCCCUGAAUGAGCAUCUGUGCUUAGUUGCAGGCUGCUUUAUAAAAUGGCUGCCGCAGCCUCCACUCCCCCUCCCCCUCUGCUCCUCUCCUUUCCUCUCUGCGCUUUCUGAGCCUGUGUGCCAUCACUCAGUACUACUGAUGAGGGAAGGGGACCACAGCUAGUGGGGGGAUGGGAUCAUGUUUUUAUCCUUCUCACUCUCUCUAUGCAGUUUGCCAUGGGGGAGAUUGUACUGACUGUUUAUUUAAGAUGUAUAUUUUGUCAAUAGUGACCGGUUUACUGAUACACAAUAGAUAAACAGCGUUUUGCGAUCUCAGUUGUUUGUGUUUAUGGUUCAUGUUUGCUUUGCUCAUACUGUGUGGUUUAAAAUGGCGUGUGCAAUAACACAACGAUUGCACAACAUGUUUGUUAGUCAAGACUUCUCUCUGACACAUACUAGCUGGAGCCGACAGGAAAAUGCCAGACACACACCAACACACCACUGCUGUAACAGAGUACACUUAGUUAGUAGGAACAGUGGUGCAGGAAAAAGGAAUAGACACAUCAGACUCAUAUUCUGACUGAGAUUUCGAGCACAGUGUCCCAGCAUUUCAGUCAAAAGCAAAAUUACUCUGUUCAGGCUGUAUAACUUGUUGUGUUUUUAGUCCCCACAUGCCGUACGGUACACACAUACGAUGGACGCCGAAGAAUGGGACAAGGUACAGACUUAGACAUAGAUGCUGCAAUGAUCACUUUCUGUUCUUAGCUGCUGACCUGAGUUCAGUUUUGUCCAGUCAUUGUUCAAAAAAAGGGAGGAAUCUGAUCACAGAGCAGCUGAUAAGAGCAGAGAGUGCCUUGAAUCUUUUAGGUAGUGCACUGCAGUUGAGUGCUUUGCUGUGUGUAGAUGUACCUAACCCAUAGCUUUUGUUAGUCUCCCUAAAAGUUUGAUGGGGUUUGUUGAUCGAUGUGCAUAGGCCACAAUGCUUGCUGUGGCAUAGAAAGGAUUGUUCAACUUUUGAUUUUACGUGCAGUGUUUUUGUAGAUUUGUUCUGCCUUGUAUGUGUGCUGUUGCUCUACAUAAAGUCAUUACGGUCUGAGAGAUCGUGCUUUCUCUCCUACAAGACGACCUUACCAUACAGUGCUGCCUUUGAUGUAUGUCUGUGAUGGUUGUAGCUCAACAUCACCACAUUUGGCUUUUUCAUGUGAUUUAUCCUCUGAUUGACUACAUUGAAGGAUGAUACAGGCGGUUAGGUUUUAAUUAAAUCAUUUCAAAAGGCCCGUCAAAGGCGAUGAUGUCCCUUAUGAAGUAAACAGCUCUUAUUGUUUACUCUUGAAGUCACUGUCUACACAAGACAGAUGUCAGAAGGGAACAGUUUUCAAGUUUAUGUCUCAAGGUUUGACCAAAGCAACAGGGAGAGCCACUUGUGAAGAUGAUACAUGUCAUGUCAGGUUAGAGAGGAAAACCGAUAAUUCUGUCUAGCCAACCAAGCACAUCUCUGCAGACCACAGUCCACAAUCUUGCCCACAGGAUGUGAUAAUCUUGACCACAGGAAGGGUUUAACACAACUGCAGGAUGUGAUAAGUACAGAGACAUGCUAAUUUAACUCAAAUGGAGCAUUCCCUUUUAUCUGAAGUAAUGUGACGAGGAACAAAAUGGCUACCCUGUCUUUGGCGUCUGUGAUUUCAGGCUGCCUGGUUCUCAUUUGCUGUCCUGGUCAGGACGUACAAGUUUUCCUCCGUCAGUGUUUCUCUGGCACUGGACUAAAAACCAAUUUAGAGAUUUGGCAGUGAGAGCUGCCAACCUGCUCUUGAACAAAUUCCCCUUUUUUUUGUUCAAUGUCCUAUCUCAAUCCUCGCCCAGUGCCAUUUACUCCCUCAGUUCUGUGGGGCAGACAAUAUUUUUGUUCUUUUAAAUAGAAAAAAACAUUGUCCCCUGCACUUCACUAUCUAUACACAGUGAGUCUUUUAUCUCAGCAUUGAUGAGGUACCCCUAUGUCCUUCAAAUUCUUGAUGUGUUGUUAACUGCCCUCUUUGGAGCAGCUUACUCCACCAUAACCUUUUACCCACCUUCCUGUAGGAUAAUGAUCCUACAUUAAAUGCUGUCUGAUGUCCUGUCAUUACCUGAGUCAGUUAAAACUGUACAUACACCCACACAUAGAUUAGAUGGUUUACAAAGUACUGAGGACUGUUUGUAGUGUUUUUGCUUUGUGAGAACUUUUGAAGCAGCAUUAAUGAUGAUCUCCAGGGUUGUUUUAUGACUUUUGCUGGUCCUUCAACACAGUGAAGUUUCAUUGUUAUUAGUCAUACAACGAAGACACCCAGCUGGGUUUACGACACAUGAAAAAUCCCAUCUUAAAUCCAGAGAUUGAGGGUUAUUUCCACUUUGAGAACAGAGGAAGAGUCAGGUUUAGAGCAAGCUUGUGUUGUGUUGGGUCACAGGUAUGCGAAUGGAAAUAACAGAGUGAGCAUAGUAGAUCCCAGCUCUGCUCUCCCCACAUGCAAAUCGCUAACUUUAAAUAAACACGCCUUUGAAGGUGAAGUUAGGAAAAUGUUCAGUGAGUUCUGUGUGUGACUAUACAGACAGCUAUUUCCUUAAAAGGAGGGUCAUUGGAUAUAAAGAGAUAUUUUCUAGAAGUUCUCAUGGCCAUACCGGAGAGAGUGUGAGUGUUGUACAAUGUUUACCCUGUGAAUGCCAAACACGCUUGCCACUGUGUGUCUGCGUGCAGGCACAUUUGUUAAAAGAGUGUGUUAAGAGAUGCGUGUUUGAGACACACCCUGUUUUGUAAACUACACAUCCUCCUUGUGAUCCUUGCUGCCUACAGGCUGUGUACUUCACCGUCAGCUGCUUUGCCUUUACACCAUAAACCACCAACUGCCAAACCAGUCAGCUAAACACACAAACACAUGUGCACGCACACUCACACAGGUAGAUUAAGCCCCGCUUACUUACACUUGCUCUUUCCUCAUUUUUGCCACAGGGCUGCUGGAGGACCUGAGGUUGCCAUGGGAACUGGCCCCUGGCCCCAGCCCCCAACUGAGGCAGAGCAGCUCCAGGCCCUGAUGGCAGCAGCGAACGGUGAGUCCUAUACCUCCCGAUCUCCUUCCAUUCCUCUUUCAAUUCAUCCUCUCUCUUUCCAAACCAGUUACUAUCUUUUCACACACUUAUCGAGUGUGCGUGGGUGGGUACAGUUUGUUCAGGUUCCUGUUUUGUUGGAGGGCAAAAAGCCAGACUCGCUCAUUGAUGCAGUUCCCUGGCCAACAUCGAUGUUUCCAUGUAGUGGUUGUGUGAUGCACAUCCAGAGGGAGCCUGGGAUGAUAUUUAGUCAGUGGAUGAUAUUACCUGCAGUAGUAUCAUCCACACUAUGAUUUAAACAAUGAAAAACAAUAUAGCUAAGAUGUUGAGGUUGAUAACACGGCAAGAGAUCCAUGUUUCCACUGUACACACUGAUCACAAGCAGUGUUUUAUCAUAAACAGAAGCCCGUAGAGCCACAAGAACAGCAGUGUAAUAACCUGCCUGUCCAUUCAUAUGAUUCCCAUGUUUCACAGCACUACUUCCUUUAGCUGUUUCCUGUUUUUAACAGUAGUAACACUGAAUAUAUUGAUACUUCAACACAAAAUACAAAAAGAUGAAGAACUAAGAUAAGAUAUUCCUGUAAUAGUCCCACGGGGGGAAAUUCCAAAAAAACUGUUACCUAAGAGACUCUGGUCAUUUUUUCCCCUGGUUUUGUAACCAUUGACACAUUACGUUUCCCUCCCUCUACACACUUACACAAACCCUCCCCCAUCUUGGACACCGCACAGGACAUGGUGUGAUGUUUUUCCAUGAAAGUGAGAGGAAAGGCUCUGCAGUGUGCACAGUGGUGACCUGCAUGUCAGCACAGAUUUAGACAGAAUGAACAUUUGGUGCCAUCAGGAGAGGAAACAAUCUAAGCAUGUGAUCAACACAGAGGUUUAGUCUCUCUUUUAAAGGUUUGUUUAUAAGCAAAAGAAAACAAGCAAACAAAGAAUGGCAAGAGACAAAAGAUGGAAAAAUAUAUUUGGGUUAGAGCUUAUAGGCGUUUUGGAAGCCAGUGCAGUAAGCAUGACAGCUCUGUCUGCAUACGUGUGUUUAUAUACGCUGAGAGGAGCUACAGGAUGGGGGAGGGAGCGUUUGUGUCCCUGGCCCUGCAAUGCAGGGGCUGUGAGAGAAUUAUGAGAGGAGCAGCUUAGUCAUGUGCAUGCACAGAUAGUAGAGAGUGAUGGAAAACCAGAAACACAGUUUCGUCAUCCCUGUUAGAGAAAAGAAAAACAUCUGCACAUACUUAUUCUUUUUUACCUCUUCAUUGCCUCUACUGGUCCUAACUUGUCUGUUAGUGAAGAUGUAGUGCAGCUCAUUGCAGCGUAGUGUUUACAUAAGCAUUAGGUUGUGUGUGAAGUAAAUCAUCCUUUCAUCAAGCCCCUUAUCUCUAAAGGAAGCUUUAAAAAAUGAGUUGAUUCGCUCUCCUGUUUCAUCUUUUUCCUUAUCACUGUGUUAAAAUAUCAUUCUCACACUAAAACUUUCAGACUUCUGUUGUCUAACAAGUUUCACCCCUCUCUCUCACUCCCUCCUCACCCCUUAUUCCCCCACUCUGUCUCUCUUCCUCCUAGAAGUGAGUGAGGCUACCGGCACUUUGGGGCCCGGCACCAUGGGCUUGAGCACCCGCUACAGCCCUCAGUUCACCUUGCAGCACGUGCCCGACUACCGCCAGAACGUCUACAUCCCUGGCAGCACAGCUACCCUCACCUCCAACCCUCAGCAGCAGCAGGCCACGGCCCAGCAGGCCACCCAGCAGGCGCUGCCCCCACCCCAGGCCUCAGUCCAAUCCGAGCCCCCAAAGGCUGCCCAGACCCCUGCCUCCAAGAAGAAGUCUACCAAGAAGGAGAAGAAGUAA